UUCCCAGCCUUGCCUCAGGUGUAGGGAUUUGCAAGGAGAAAAACAGAACUACACAGCUAAGAAACUGUGUGGUUUUGUUUUUGGGUGGUUAUUUUGGAGGCUCAACCGUUCUCACCUUGGAUUUUCUGGAAACAUUUCUGGAUAAAGAGAUAGCUGCUGAGGCUAUAGCCAUCUGGGCACUGUCCCAUCUGUUCAAGGCACCCUUGUGGAUACAAGGUGCCGUCCACAAUGUCAACACAGGCGCCAACAUUUACACAGCCGCUGCAGAGCGUUGUGGCACUAGAGGGUAGUGCCGCAACGUUCGAGGCGCAAGUUAGUGGUAAUCCAGUUCCUGAGGUGAGCUGGUUCCGUGAUGGCCAGGUUCUUUCCGCUGCCGCUCUGCCCGGCGCACAGAUCUCGUUCAGCGAUGGCCGCGCUGUUCUGAUGAUCCCUGCUGUGACAGCCGUGCACAGUGGAAGAUUUUCUGUGAGAGCCACCAAUGGUGCUGGACAAGCCACUAGCACCGCUGAACUUCUUGUUACAGUGGAGACCGCACCACCCAACUUUAUUCAGAGACUUCAGAGUAUGACCGUGAGACAAGGAAGCCAAGUGAGACUGGAUGUUCGUGUUGCAGGAAUCCCUACACCUGUGGUAAAGUUCUACAGAGAGGGAGCUGAGAUACAGAGCUCUGCUGACUUUCAGAUUGUUCAAGAAGGAGACCUUUACAGUUUGUUCAUUGCCGAAGCCUUCCCAGAGGAUUCUGGAACUUACUCUGUAAAUGCUUCAAACAGCAGUGGACGGGCUACCUCCACUGCUGAACUACUGGUUCAAGGUGAAGAGGUAGCAGUCCCUGCUAAGAAGACAAAGACUAUUAUGUCAACAUCUUCUCAGAUGACGUCUUCUCAGUCCCGCCAGACCAGAGAGACCAGAAGAGUGGAGUCACAUUUCCAGUCCAGCUCUAUGAUGGAAAUGCGCGUUGAAGGUGGUGUAGUGACCCAGACAUUGGCACACAAGACCCCACCACGUGUGCCUCCAAAGCCAACCUCAACCUCCAAGUCCCCAACACCACCAUCUCUUGCAGCCAGGGUUGCAGGCGGACGUCAUCAGUCACCAUCACCUGUGAGACAUGUCAAGGCGCCCACUCCGGCCCCUGUCAGGUCUGCCUCUCCCACAUCUGCCUCAAGACUGUCUGUGUCACCAAUCAGACCAGUCAAAUCCCCACUGACCACACGCAAACAAGUAUCCCAUAGUCCAGAUGUGCCUCCACCAUGGAAGCAGGGAGAGGGAUUUGUGGCGGAGUCCAGCUACAGCAUGACCACUGCCUCUAGUGCCAGUCAUGUCCAGUCUUCUGCCACCCAUGCUCACAUGGAGCAGCACUGGGAGGGCUCUUAUGGAUUGAAAACGACUGGUGCCGCUGUAUCUGGUGUCGCUGUGAGAGAGGUUGAGGGUGGGAAAAAAGCGGAGGCAAAGGCUACAGUUGUUGCUGCUGUUGACCUAGCACGUGUUCGGAAGCCAAUGCAUGGAGAGAGGGGUCAUGCUGAAGAGGAAACCAUAGAUUCUGAUAUAAAACAGCAGUCGAUGCUGUCUACUACUGAGCAACAAUUCUCAACGAGGACUGAGGCUGGGCAAAUGCAAACAACAAUUCAAACACUUGCUCCUGAACAGAGUAUUCAUGUCUCCCAGAUGCAAAGAACUACCACUCAAGUGGAUACUGGCCUUGCACCAUCCCCAAUUCCACAUUUCACAGUUUCAAAAGUUAUGGUUCCUAAACCUGACCAUAGCUAUGAGGUUUCAAUAGCAGGUUCUGCUAUUGCCACACUGCAGAAAGAGUUAUCCUCUACCUCUUCACAUGCUGCUCAAAAGAUCAUCAAGCCAGUGAAGCCUCCAUCUCAUAAGAUUGUGGUGGCGACAAGAGUGACGCCAGAGCCGACCCCGCCUCCGUUUAAAGAUAUCGCAGACAGAUAUCAGACACAUUUCGACACUCAGUCACAGCAGAAACAGAUAGGCACUUCGUUUUCAGGGGGCAUGGAGCAAAUUUAUGAGGACUGGGAACAACAGGUUGUUGAAACAGCAGUUGUUCCAUCACCAAUGGAGGAGCCAACUGUGCCACCUACUCUUGUGGCUGGCUUGAACAACGUGACUGUGACUGAGGGUGAAUCUGUGACUCUGGAAUGUCAGAUCACUGGUCACCCUGCCCCUGGCAUCAUGUGGUUCAGAGAGGACUACAGAAUUGAGAGCUCCAUUGACUUCCAGAUCACUUAUGAGAGUAAAUGUGCCCGUCUGGUCAUCCGCGAGGCCUUCGCAGAAGACAGCGGUCGCUUCACUUGCACUGCUACUAGCGAGGCUGGAACCAUCAGUACAUCCUGCUACCUGCUUGUCAAAGUGUCAGAGGAGAUUGAGAGCAGAGAGGACACUACUGUGUCUGAAUAUGUUGAAACCUCUGCAGAGCAUCAAAUUAGCAUUGGAGCCAAGGAGGAGACCAUGUCGGAGGUGAGCGCUGUUGCAGAGACUGUGGAAGCAGCUCCCUUCUUUGUCAAGAAGCCAACUGUGCAGAAGUUGGUGGAGGGCGGAAGAGUUGUCUUUGAGUGCCAGAUCGGAGGCAGCCACAAGCCCAACAUUAUUUGGAAGAAGACUGGAGUGCCCCUUACUACUGGAUACAGAUAUAAAGUGCACUACAAUAAGGAGAGUGGAGUCUGUAAAUUGGAGAUCUCCAUGACGUUUGCUGAUGAUGCUGGAGAGUACUCCAUCUUUGUCAAGAACCCUCUUGGAGAAGAGUCUGCCUCAGCCAGUCUGCUUGAGGAAGAGGAAUAUGAAGAAUACAUGAAGAAACAUGAAGUGACCUAUAAGACUGAAGUGACUACAAUGGUGCAGGAGUCUAGAGUGGCAGAAGUACCAACUGUUGCUGUUAGUGGCUAUGAGACAGAACAGAGGAUGUACAUGCAAAACAGAAUGGCUCAGCAGGCCCAAGCGACACGCACCUUCAUCUCCGAGCAGGAACUCAAGAUUACUGUCGUUGAGGAGAGGAUUAUCCAUGAGAUUGAGGUCCGCAUCAUGCAGAUUACAUACCAACAAAUUGUGACUGAGGAUCGGGAAGAGAUGGUGACUUGUGCAGACCGUGAGGCUGUACAGUCAGCCUUUGCCACUCCAGUUAAAAACUACAGAAUCAUGGAAGGAAUGGGGGUCACUUUCCACUGCAAAAUGGCAGGAACUCCAUUGCCAAAGAUUGUAUGGUACAAAGAUGGCAAGCGUAUCCAUCAUGGCGGCCGUUACCAGAUGGAGAGUCUUCAGGAUGGUAGAGCCAGCCUGCGUCUUCCUGUGGUGCUGCCAGAGGAUGAAGGUGUUUACACAGCAUUAGCCAGCAACAUGAAGGGCAACUCUGUAAGCUCUGGGAAACUGUACGUGGUGCCCACUGCAGGAGCAGAAGCUCCACAGAUGCCUGAGUCACCGGCAAUGCAGAGAAUGAGGUCCACAUCCCCACGCUCUACAAGCCGCUCUCCCGGUCGUUCUCCCGGACGCUCUCCUGCUCGCAGACUUGAUGACACUGAUGAGAGUCAGCUGGAGAGACUAUACAAGCCUGUGUUUGUCUUGAAGCCACAGUCAUUCAAGUGUGCUGAAGGGCAGACUGCCAGAUUUGACCUGAAAGUAGUUGGUAGACCCAUGCCUGACACUUUCUGGUUCCACAAUGGACAACAAGUUGUCAAUGAUUACACCCACAAGAUAGUGGUGAAGGAAGAUGGAACUACGUCACUGAUUGUGGUUCCAGCCAUGCCCCAUGACUCUGGAGAGUGGACCGUGGUCGCUCAGAACAGAGCUGGAAGGACCUCUGUCUCCAUGACACUUACAGUUGAUGCCAAAGAAAACUUGAUCAGACCCCAGUUUAUUGAGAAGCUGAAGAACAUUAGUGUUAAGCAAGGCACUCUGGUUGAGUUGGCUGUCAAAGCCAUCGGAAACCCCCUGCCUGACAUUGUUUGGCUGAAAAACAGUGACAUCGUCUCCCCAAUGAAGCACCCAAAUAUCAAGAUUGAAGGCACCAAAGGAGAGGCCAAAUUCCAGAUCCCCCAAACAGUAGGCACUGAUAGUGCUUGGUACACAGCCACAGCCAUUAACAAAGCUGGAAGAGAUACCACUCGCUGCAGGGUCAACAUUGAGGUGGAAACUGCUGAACCUGCACCAGAGAGGAGACUCAUUAUUCCCAAGGGAACAUACAAGGCCAAGGAAAUUGCAGCUCCAGAGUUGGAAUCCCUGCAUCUACGUUAUGGCCAAGAGCAGUGGGAGGAGGCUGACCUAUAUGACAAGGACAAGCAGCAGAAACCACAGUUCAAGAAGAAGCUGACUUCCGUCAGGCUGAAGCAUUCUGGUGCUGUCCACUUUGAAUGCAGACUGACCCCUAUUGGUGAUCCCACUAUGGUUGUUGAGUGGUUACUUGAUGGCAAACCCCUUGCAGCUGCUAACAGAUUGCGCAUGGUUAAUGAAUUUGGCUACUGUAGUCUUGACUUUGAAGUUGCCUAUGCCAGAGACAGUGGUGUCAUCACCUGCAGAGCCACUAACACGUUUGGUGCCGAUCAGACCUCGGCUACACUGAUUGUAAAGGAGGAGAAGAGCAUGGUGGAGGAAACUCAGUUACCUGAGGGCAGGAGGGGACUACACAGAAUUGAUGAGAUGGAGCGCAUGGCUCACGAAGGAGGUCCUUCUGGAGUCACUGCAGAUGAAGGGGCUGAGAAGACAAAGCCUGAAAUUGUGCUUCUUCCUGAGAAUGCAAAUGUGCAGGAAGGUGAAAUUGCAAGGUUCCGUUGCAGAGUAACUGGUUAUCCUACACCUAAGGUCAACUGGUACCUCAAUGGGCAGCUCAUUCGAAAGAGCAAGAGAAUGAGACUUCGCUAUGAUGGCAUUUACUAUCUUGAGAUUAUCGAUAUCAAGUCAUACGAUGCAGGAGAUGUCAAAGUGUUAGCAGAGAACCCUGAGGGCACAGCUGAGCAUCUGGUGAAGCUGGAGAUCACACAGAAAGAGGACUUCAGAUCUAUUCUUCGUCGUGCACCAGAGCAUAAGGCCCCAGAGCCUAGCACCAUGGCUGAACAUGGCAGAGUUUCCUUUGAUGUGGUUAAGGUUGAAAAACCAACUGCCAUCAAAGAGACCAAAGAGGUAGUGCAGCUAAAGAAGACCGAAAGAGUCAUCCAUUCAAAAGCCACAGAGGAGACAGACGAGCUGAAGGGCAAAUUUAAGCGCAGGACAGAGGAAGGAUAUUAUGAAGCCAUCACUGCUGUGGAGCUCAAGUCUCGUAAGAAGGAUGAGUCCUAUGAGGACAUGCUUAGGAAGAGGAAGGAAGAACUGCUUCACCAUCAGAAAAUGUUGUCUGAGGCUGAAAAGAAAAAAGAGGAGGAACGCAAGGUUCAUGUUCCCUCAAUUAAACCAGAGAGAGUAAAGCUCUCUCCCAGCAUGGAAGCUCCAAAGAUCAUUGAACGCAUUGCUAGUCAGACUGUGUCUCAGAUGGAAGAAGUUCACUUCAGAGUCAGAGUUACUGGUAGACCAGACCCUGAGUGCCAGUGGUUCAAGAAUGGAAUUCUGCUGGAGAAAACAGAUCGCAUUUACUCGUUCUGGCCUGAAGACAAUGUAUGUGAAUUAGUGAUCAAGAAGGUCACAGCAGAAGACUCUGCUAGCAUCAUGGUCAAAGCCAUGAACAUUGCUGGAGAGACUUCAAGCCAUGCAUUCUUAUUGGUGCAAGCAAAGACAGUCAUCACCUUCACACAAGAGCUAGAAGAAACCAACGUGAAAGAGAAGGACACCAUGGCGACCUUUGAGUGUGAGACCAAUGAGCCUUUUGUUAAAGUCAAAUGGCUGAUGAACAAUGCAGAGAUCUUCUCUGGAGACAAAUACAGGAUGCACUCAGACAGAAAGGUUCAUUUCCUUUCUGUACUGACCAUCAACAUGAAGGACGAUGCAGAAUACAGUUGUGCUGUUAUUGAAGAUGACCACAUCAGGACCACUGCCAGACUCAAUGUGGAAGGUGCCCCACUGUCAAUUGUAAAGAGGCUGGAGAACAUUGAGGUGCCUGAGACCUACUCUGGGGAGUUUGAGUGUGAAGUGUCUCGAGAGGAUGCCGAAGGUGUAUGGCAUUUUGAGAACAAGGAGCUCACUCCCAGCAGCAAGCAUGCCAUCUCCUCCCGCCGAGGACGCCACAGUUUAUCUGUGAAAGAUGUAAAGAAAGAAGACCAGGGAAAAUAUACAUUCACCACGGGUGAAUUCAAGACUAGUGCCUCCCUGAAAAUGAAACUGCGCCCUGUGACCCUGUUGCACCCCCUCUCUGAUAUGACAAUCUGUGAGGGUGACAUAAGCCAGUUUGAGGUGCGAUUCUCUCAAGAAGAUGUUGAGGGCACUUGGAUGAAGAAUGGUGUUGUCAUUGAAGCUUCAGAUCGCAUCCACAUUGUUAUUGACAAGCUCAUCCAUAAACUUCUCAUAGAGGAUACAGGCAGGCUUGAUGGUGGAAUGUACUCCUUUGUAGUUCCUGCUCAGGACAUUUCCACCACUGCAAAGCUGACUGUUCAAACGAUUAGCAUCUUGGCCCCACUCAAGGAUAUUACAUCAGUUGAGGGCACCAAGGCUGUUAUGGAGGCUAAAAUCUCUGCUGCAGAUAUUAGCUCAAUUAAGUGGUUCCACAAUGACAAGCUUGUGAUGCCCAGUGAGAGAAUCCAGAUUGUUCCAAAGGGAUCCAAACAGCGUCUGGUGUUCAAUAGGACCUUCGCCUCUGAUGAAGGAACCUACAAGCUAUGUGUUGGCAAAGCUGACUCUAGCUGUAAACUGAUAGUCCAAAAAAUUUCAAUUGUGAAGCAAAUGGAGGAUCAAGUUUGCACAGAGACACAGCACGUCACGUUUAAUGUGGAGGUGUCCCACCCUGGCAUUGAUGGUAUCUGGACCUUCAAGAAACAACAUCUGAAAAAUGAUUCCAAGUACAAGAUAGUGACCAAGGGCAAGAACCACAGUAUGACUGUCAUUAAUGCCAUGAAGGAUGAAGAGGGGCAAUACACAUUCGCUGCUGGUGAACAGACAUCCAGCGCAAAGCUUACUGUGUCAGGUGGCGCUAUAUCCAGACCGCUGCAUGACAUCAUUGUGGCUGACUCUCAGACAGCUGAAUUUGAGUGUGAGGUGGCCAACCCAACUGCUGAGGGCAAGUGGCUGAAGGAUGGACAACCUUUUGACUUUGGUGAAAAUGUCAGGAGUGAGAAAAAUGGAGCUGUCAGACGUCUUGUUAUUGUCAUCACCAGACCCAAUGACAUUGGUGAAUACACCUACCAGAUUGCAAACUCCAAGACAACAGCCAACCUGAGAGUUGAAGCUGUGAAAGUCAAGAAGACCCUGAAGAACCAAACUGUCACUGAGACACAAGAAGCAGCAUUCAUUCUGGAGCUCACCCAUGAGAAUGUGAAGGGCUCACAAUGGAUUAAGAAUGGUGUAGAGAUCCAACCUAGUGAGAAAUAUGAAGUCACUGUUGAUGGCAUGAUCCACACCUUGAAGAUCAAAAACUGCACCAUACACGAUGAAUCAGUUUAUGGAUUCAAACUUGGAAAACUAUCUGCUAAUGCCAGACUGAACGUUGAGGCAAUUACUAUAACGAAGAAGCCUAAAGAUGUGACAUCACUAUUGGAUGCCACUGCCUCUUUUGAGCUGAGCCUGUCUCAUGAUGACAUCCCUAUCAAAUGGAUGUUCAAUAACGUUGAGCUUAAACCAAGUGAAAACAUCAAAAUGCUGUCUGAGAGAAAAUCUCACAAGCUGAUCAUCCAGAAUGUGGAUGACCACAAGGCAGGAGAGUACACUGCCAUGGUCGGACAUGUGCAGUGCAGUACUCAUUUAUAUGUUGAAUCUCUGCGUGUCACAAAACCCAUCAAGAACAUUGAAGUCCCAGAGACCCAGGUGGCCACUUUUGAUUGCGAAGUGUCACAUUUCAAUGUCCCAUCCACCUGGCUGAAGAAUGGAGUGGAGAUAGAAAUGAGUGACAAGUUCAGGAUUGUGGUGCAGGGCAAACUUCACCAGCUCAAGAUCAUGAACACUGGCAGUGAAGACUCUGCAGAAUACACCUUUGUCUGUGGAAAUGACAGAGUCUCUGCAACUCUGAAAGUUAGCCCCAUUUUGAUCACCUCCAUGCUGGAAGACCUCAAUGCACAGGAGAAAGACACCAUCACAUUUGAAGUGAAUGUCAACUAUGAGGGCAUCACCUACAAGUGGCUGAAGAAUGGUGUUGAGAUUCGGUCCACAGACAGAUGCCAGAGCCGCACCAAACACCUAACUCACUCUCUCACCAUCCGAAAUGUUCAUUUUGGUGAUGGUGCAGAGUACAAGUUUGCUGCUGGCUCUGCUGCAACUACAGCCAGCCUAUAUGUUGAUGCACGUGUUAUUGAAUUCACCAAGCACAUCAAAGAUAUCAAGAUCACAGAGAAGAAGAGGGCCACAUUUGAAUGUGAGAUCUCUGAGCCUAAUGCUCAGGUGACGUGGAUGAAGGAUGGACAGGAGCUGGAAAUCUCUGAAAGAUACAAGGUCUCCACUGAGAAAUUCUUGCACCGUCUAAUGAUCCAGUCAGUCCGCCUGUCUGAUGCUGCAGAGUAUUCUGUGGUCGCUGGUGCAAGCAUGUCAAAGGCUCAUCUCACCGUGGAGGGGCGUGACAUCCACAUCACAGAACCUGAGGAGAAAGAAUUCACGGUUGUUGAGAAACAAAAAGCGUCGUUUGAGUUUGAAGUCAGUGAGGAUGACGUUGAAGGUCGCUGGCUGAGGAACGGUGCUGAGAUCCAGUUCAACCUUGACGAUAGGCUCCACUACAUUGCCAUUAGAAAGGUCCAUCGCAUGACCAUCUCUGAAACCUAUAGAAGUGAUGCAGGGGAGUACACCUUCAUCGCUGGCAAGAACAGGGUCGUGGUGACUCUACAUGUCAAUAUCCCUGAGCCACCUCAGAUCAUUCGCGGCAUGCAGGCCCUGUCUGUGGAGGCCGGCAAACCUGCUCGCUUCUCUGUGGAAGUGACUGGCGUCCCCCAGCCCCAGGUGUUAUGGUACAAGAACUCCCAGGCUCUCUCCCCUGGCUUCAAGUGCAAGUUUCUGCGUGAAGGAAAUGAGCACACUCUGCUUCUCAUCGAAGUGUUCCCAGAGGACGCAGCCUUGUACAACUGCGAGGCCAAGAAUGACGUUGGGCUUGCCACCAGCUCAGCACCACUCAAUGUGGAAGUUUCAGAAGUCGUUUCUCCUGACACUGGAUCUCCACUGUCCAAGCCUGUGAUCAUAACACCAAUGAACAACACCUCAGUCAAUGAGGGAGAGGCUGCUAGGUUCCAGUGCAGAAUCUCUGGUGAAGAUCUAAAGAUCUCUUGGUACGUCCAUAAGAAAGAGAUCGGCCAGUCCGAUGCCUUCAGGAUGUCUCAGUUCGAUGACACCUGCCAGCUGGAGAUUUCCAGAGUGUACCCCGAGGAUGAAGGGGAAUACACCUGUGUUGCCAGAAACUCGGCAGGAAUGGUCACUUGCGCAGGAUAUCUGGCACUUGAAGUGGUUGAAAAGGAGGUGGAGAAAAAGGAAAAGGAAGUUAAAGUGCCACCGGUUUUCAGGUACAAAAUCCAGCCCCUGGAGAUCAAUGUUGGCAGCGAAGCCAAGUUCGAAUGUGAGAUUGAAGAUGCACCAAAUGUGCAGUUCAAGUGGUUCAAGUCUGGCACUCCUAUCAAAGAGAGUUCAAAUUGCAGGAUCAUCAGUCGGCAACUGAUAUCUUCAUUGGAGCUUCUGAGCCCAACCAAAGCUGACAGUGGUGAAUAUACCUGCAAGGCUACAAACCAGAAUGGCAGUGACACCUGCGCCGCCAAACUCAACGUAACUGAACUUUUCCCACCUGCCUUUAUUACUAAGCCUGAUCCAUUGACAUUGUAUGUUGGGAAAAAGGCAAACAUUCAGUGUGUAGUCACUGGAUCUUCACCGAUGACUAUUGUCUGGCAUAAAGACAACAAUGCCAUUUCUUCGGGGGGAAACUACAAAAUCUCCUCAGAAAAGAAUAAAUAUAUUCUUGAAAUAUCAAAACUUGAACUUACGGAUCAAGGUGUUUACCUGUGUAAAGCGUUCAACAGUGUUGGAACUGCUGUGUGCAGCAUGGAGAUGAAGGUCAUCAACAAACCCUAUUUUGUGAAAACACUUGAAUCAGUGUCAGUCGCUGUUGGAAAUCCACUGCACCUUGAGUGUCAGUUGGAUGAGGAUACCGGAGUGUCCAUCACCUGGAUAAAAGAUGGCAAAAAGCUCCAUCAAACAAUGGAUUGUAAACAGUCUUUUGAAGAUAAGAUGGUCACUCUUGAUAUUUCAAAAGGAAAACUUAAAGACACUGGAAACUAUGUCUGUACAGCUGCCAAUGAUGCUGGAAGCACAAGUUGCUCCACUUCAAUAAAGGUUCAAGAACCCCCAGUCUUUGUAAAGAGACUGGAACCCAACUUGGUUUGGAAGCAAGGCAUAAGUGCACGUUUGCAGUGCACAAUCAAAGGGUCACCUGAACUCCAUGUCACCUGGUUUCUGAAUGACAAAGAGCUCUCGGCUGGCGAGAAAUACAAAAUCACUUUCAAGGACGGUUUUGCUACUUUGGAGAUCAGUGAAAUUGCUUUGUUAGACAGUGGAAAUUACACAUGUGAAGUCCUGAAUGAAGCUGGCUGUGAGAGCUGUAGCACCAAGUUAACUAUAAAAGAACCACCAUCCUUCAAAAAGGAAUUGCAAAUGGUUGAAGCAGUCAGGGGCACUGUUGCUCUCUUCCAAUGUGAAGUUGCAGGCACUGCCCCAUUUGAAUUCAAUUGGUUUAGGAGUAAGAAAUCACUCACUUCCGAUAGGAAAUACAAGAUUGUUUCUCAGGACUCGAUUGCUUCUUUGGAGAUCUGCUCAUUUGAAAGUGCAGAUGUUGGGGAAUAUCGAUGUGUUGUGUCAAAUGAUGUUGGUUCAAUCACUGCAAAGACAAUUGCCAAACAGAAAGAACCACCAUCAUUCACAAAGAAGAUUGAGAACACUACAGCAGUUUUGGGCAGUGCUGUUAAACUGCAGGGUACUAUAAAAGGCUCUGCCCCUAUUACUGUCAAGUGGAUGAAGGAUGCUGAAUGGCUUAGGGAUGAUGACCCUAAUAUCACCAUGGCAUUUCAGAAUAAUAUCGCCAUUUUGACAAUAGCAGCUGUUGACAUUUGCCAUGGUGGAAAGUAUACUUGCCAAGCAGAGAAUGAGGCUGGUCAACAAAAAUGUGAAACCUCUUUAGCAGUUCAAGAACCCGCUAGAAUCUUAGAGAAAGCCGCAUCCAUCAACGUGACUUCAGGGGAAUCAGCAACCUUGGAAUGCACAAUUGCAGGAAGCCCGGAUCUUAAAGUGAAAUGGCUCCAAGAUGGAAAGGAGAUUACAGGAGGGCGAAAAUAUAAAAUCACUCUUAAAGACAAUGUAGCCAUCUUAAAGAUUGUUGCGGCAGAGAAAGGAGGCACAUGUGAAUACACGAUGGAAGUGUCCAACCGCGUCGGAAAAGACCAGUGCUCUUGUUCAGUCACAGUGCUAGAUCGUGUUCUUCCACCAUCUUUCACAAAAACUCUUAAGAAAGUUGAUGGAAAUAUUGGUAACAACAUUACUAUGGAGAGCAAAGUAUCUGGAUCUCAGCCCAUGUCCAUCUCUUGGUACAAAGAUGAUAAAGAAAUAACGUCUGGACAGAAAUAUCAACUUGAAAUAAAAGAAACCACAGCUACAUUGGGAAUAACCCAAAUAGAAAAGUGUGAUGAGGGAGUAUAUACAUGUCGGGCAACAAAUUCUGCUGGAUUUAAAGAGAGCAGUGGAACCUUAUGUGUUAAAGAACCUCCAAUCUUCACAUUAAAACCUGACAACCAAGAUGUCGUACCAGGAUCUACUGUUGUCUUGAAGUCUGCUUUCACUGGAUCAGCUCCUUUUACGAUUAAGUGGUUCAGAGAGGACAAGGAGAUAACCACUAGAGGCGCAAGUUUUAUCAAGAAAGACGCUUCUUCAAGUUUCUUGGAACUUCACUCAGUGAAACCCAGUGACUCGGCUAACUACACUUGCCAAGUGGCCAAUGAUGCCGGGAAGGUGGCACACUCUGCAGUCUUGUUUGUGAAAGAACCUCCUCAGUUUUCAAUGAGGCUUGAGCCAUUAAAACUGGUGAAAAAUGGACAACCACUUACAUUGACGUGCAAAGUCACUGGCAGUCCUGUGAUCAAUGUUAAGUGGCUUAAGAAUGAGACUGAAAUCACUUCAAAUGAUAAAUGCAGACUGUCCUUCACUGACUCAGUUGCUACACUUGAUAUUGUGAACUGCUCUGUUGAUGAUAGUGGAGAUUAUGUUUGUGUGGCAUCAAGUGAUGGUGGUAGUGACCACUGCAGCAUCACAGUUACAGUCAAAGAACCUCCCAUGUUUGUGACAGCGUUUGAGUCCAAAGAAGUUGUGAAAGGGUCUGAUGUUAUAUUCGAAGGAGUUAUUUCAGGCUCAGCUCCAUUUGAAAUAUCUUGUUAUCAGGACACCAAGCAGAUCAGAAAUGACAAAAGGCAUAAGAUAAAUAUACAAGAUGGUGUAGUCACUCUUCAGAUUCUUAAAUGUGAGUCUGGGGAUGCUGGAAAAUACCAAUGUAACAUAGAAAAUGAAGUUGGGAAGACAACAUGUGAUUGCCAAAUUACAUUAAAAGAACCACCCUCGUUUGUACAGAAAAUAGAGAACAUCAGUUCUUUAGUUGGCUCAGAGAUUUCUAUGCAGUGCACUUUAAAGGGAUCACUGCCCAUGACUGUAUCAUGGAUAAAGGAGGAUCAUGAAGUUAAAGAAGGCGAACAUAUACAGAUAUCUUAUGAGACCAGAACGGCAGUGUUAACUUUAAGAAACACUCAGAUGAAACACGGUGGAAAAUAUAUUUGUCAGGCACAGAAUGAGGCUGGAAGUCAGAAAUGUCUUGCCACGCUUACAGUCAAAGAGCCCCCAGCAUUUAUUGGAGAGUUAACGCCUGUUGAAGUCGUGAAGGGCUCUAUGACUGUUUUUGAAUGCCAAGUGGCAGGAACUGGUCCAUUUGAGGUUACAUGGCACAAAGAUAAAAAGCAGAUCAAAACCAAUAAGAAGCAUGCAAUUUAUGAAUAUGGUAAUGUCAUGAGCCUGAAAAUACAGGAAUGUGAUGCUUUAGAUGUUGGUGGUUAUCAGUGCACAGUUUCAAAUGAGGUGGGAAGCUGUUCGUGUAGCACCACAAUGUCUAUGAAAGUGCGACCGUCUUUUGUAAAGAAGAUGGAAAAUGCUUCCUCUGUUUUGGGGAGUGUCGCUACAUUUCAGUGUGUUGUGAUGGGAUCGCCAUCUCUGUCUGUACAAUGGAAAAAAGAUGAGAACUGGAUCUUGGUAGAUCCUAAAACUGAAAGGAUCUUUGAAAAUAAUGUGGCAACUCUAAGGAUUCCGAUCUGUGAGGCCUGUCACAGCGGAAAAUAUACCUGCCAGGUUGCAAAUGAGGCUGGACAGGACAAGUGCUUUGCAACCCUGAUGGUGCAAGAACCACCUAAGAUUAUAGAAAAACCAGAGGUGAUAAAUGUCACUCUAGGUGAUGCAGUCAGUUUGGAGUGCAAGGUCUCCGGCACCCCUGAGAUCAAAGUAAAGUGGACAAAAGAUGGAAUAGAACUCACACCCAGCAGGCAAAAUAAACUUAACUUUGAGAAUAACCUCAGUAGUUUGAAGAUUCAGUCUACACAACUGGAAGAUGCAGGGGAUUACCUGUUUGAGGCGACAAACUCUGUUGAUACCUGCAGCUGCAAGGUUAAAUUGAUUGUCGUAGAACAAGUCAUUGCGCCUACAUUCAUCAAGAAAUUAAUGGAGACUCAGGAGGUUUUGGGCUCUGUAGUUUAUAUGGAAUGCAAAGUCGCUGGUUCUUUGCCAAUAUCAGUGCAAUGGACCAAAGACGGCAGUGUCCUUGCAAGUAAAACCAAGUAUCAGUUAGAGCAGAAAGACAACACUGUGUCUUUGGAAAUUAAGAAUUUUGAGGAAGAGGAUACAGGGGAGUACUUGUGUAAAAUCACAAACAAAGCUGGAAGUAGUGAUUGCAGUGGUGCAUUAAAAGCAAAAGUGCCACCAAGCUUUGUAUCUGAACCUGAGUCCCAGGCUGUCAUUCCCAAAGCCACUGUACACUUCCAGGGUGUAUUUCAAGGAACACCUCCUUUUACAGUCAAAUGGUUCAAGGAUGACACUGAACAGAUAACUGGACCGUCAUGUUCAGUUGGACUGGAAGGAUUAUCUUGCUUCUUAGAUCUUUACUCAGUUGGAUUUUUGCAAAGUGGAACGUACUCUUGCCAAGUUAGCAAUGAUGCUGGCACUGUGAAGUGUACAACCAAUUUAUUGGUGACAGAACCUCCUGAAUUCGUACUGAAAUUGCCACAUACAACGUUCGUGAAGCAGGGCGAGCCACUCCAUCUUGAAUGCAAAGUUACAAGUGCGCCCUCUCUGCGAAUGCAGUGGUACAAAAAUGACAAUAAGAUAACAGAUGGUGACAACUGUAGAACUUCAUUUGUUGACUCAAUGGCAGUCCUUGAGCUGUGCUCCACAAGAUCUGCUGAUGAUGGAGUAUACACCUGUGAGGCACAGAAUGAUGCUGGGGCUGUAAACUGCAGCACCAUCAUCACAGUGCAAGAUCCACCAAGUUUCAUGAAAGUACCGAAACCUGUAGAGGGGAUCAAAGGAAAAGAUGCUAUGCUAUACUGUGAACUGAAUGGCACAGAACCCUUUAAGAUAAUCUGGUACAAAGACAAAAAGCCACUUAAGGAAAGCAGGAAAUAUAAGAUGAUGAAUGAGAGUAGCUCUGCCACUCUCCAUAUUCUUGCAGUGGACCCCUCAGAUGUUGGUGAAUAUGAGUGCGGGGUCACAAACAAAGUAGGAUAUGAAACAUGCCAUACAACAGUUACGCUCAGAGAAGCACCUGUUUUCGUGAAGAAACUGGUAAACCAGUCAGUCAAAUUGGGUGAAGAAGUCACUCUGAUGGCCACCGUCAAAGGCUCUCAGCCUAUAACUGUUUCUUGGGUGCAAGAUAAGGAUCAUGUUCUUAGGGAUGGAGACAACCGGAAAAUCACAUUUGAGAACAGCGUGGUCACCCUGAAGGUCUUUAAGGCUGACCACACCACAGGUGGCAAAUAUACCUGCCAACUCAAAAAUGAUUCUGGAGUUGUGGAAUGUGUUUCCAACCUCACUGUCUUAGAACCGGCUACCAUUGUGGAUAGCCCAGAGUCAUUCAAUGUCAAGGCAGGUGAUUCAGCAACUCUUGAAGUCACCGUAGCCGGAACACCAGAAUUGAAAUCUACGUGGUUCAAGGACGGUGUCGAGCUCUCCUCUGGCACCAAGCAUAAGAUAACCUUCUCAAAGAAUAUCUCCAGCCUGAAAGUCCUGUCGACAGAGAGUGUUGAUACAGGAGAAUACAAAUGUGAGGUCAAAAAUGAGGUUGGCAGCGUUUCCUGCAAGACAACCCUCACGGUCCUAGAUAAAAAGAUUCCACCCACAUUCAUCAGGAAACUGAGAGACACCCAUACUAUUGUUGGUAAACCUGGUGAAAUGGAAUGCAAAGUUGCAGGUUCUCCACCUUUCACUAUCUCUUGGCACCACAUUGGUCAGGAGAUCAAGAGUGGACCAAAUCACGAGAUUAUUUGCAGUGACAACACCUGCAAAGUUAAACUGCCAACUCUUAAGUUGUCAGAUUCUGGAAAAUACACAUGCAAAGCCGUUAACACAGCAGGAGCCAGUGAAACAAGUGCUUCUAUGAUUGUACAAGAACCUCCAUCCUUUGUGGAAAAACCUCAGGCAAAGGAAGCUCUGCCUGGUGCAAAUGUAACAUUUUCAGCAACAGUCCAUGGAAGUGCCCCACUGAAACUUAAAUGGUUCAGGGGCACCAGGGAAAUUGUGUCUGGAAAGGGCUGUGAAAUUGCUCUCCAGGGCAAUGCAGCUACUUUGGAGCUAUACAAAGUGGCCAAAUCAGAUGCUGGAGAGUAUACAUGCCAGAUUAUUAAUGAUGCUGGGAAGGAAAGUUGCCCAGUUAAUCUGUUCAUGAAAGAACCAGUACAGUUUGUGAAGAAGCUGAAGGACAUGUCUUCUGAAAAGGGGAAACCUUUGAAACUUGAAUGCACAUACAAUGGAACUCCCAAAAUAUUUGUUACUUGGUUGAAAGAUGGGAAACAGCUCUAUGCCUCUUAUCAGUAUAACGUGUUGACCACAGAGACUUCCUGCGUCUUGGAAGUACUCAAUAGUGAUAGCAUGACUGCAAGUGGGAAAUACUCUUGCGAAGUUACCAAUGGAGUUGGAACUGAUAUCUGCCAUGCUCAAGUGACCUUAUUAGAACGACCAUUCUUUGUUGAGGAACUGGAACCAAUGGAAGUCACUUCUGGUGAUCCAGUUUGCUUGAAAUGCCGCAUUGGAGGAACCCCUGAUAUUAGUGUGUCCUGGUUCAAAGCUGACGGAAAGCUUUAUGCUACCAAUACUUGCCAAAUGGCAUUUUCAAAUGGCAUUGCGACUUUGAUACUAAGCAAACCAUCAAAGGUUGAUACUGGUGAAUACACAUGCAAAGCUGAGAACAGAAUUGGAUCUGCCUCAAACAGCUGCCGCUUAUCAGUGAAAGAUGUCAAAACACCACCUUCCUUCCCGAAGAAAUGUACUAGUCUUGAACAGGCUGUAGGACAGCCAGUCAUAUUUGAGUGUCGUGUUGUAGGAUCCUCUCCUUUAGAAGUCUCCUGGCUAAAAGACAAUGGAUCUUUAAAAAAUGAUGGAGAAUACUUAAUGUCUUAUGAUGAUAACACUGCUGCCCUAAAAAUUGCACGGGGUGAAAUGAAACACUCUGGGGAAUACACUUGUAUAGCUACAAAUAGUGUUGGAACUGCAUCUUGUAAAGCUAAACUCGAGCUUCAAAUUCAAGAACCAGUACACUUCAUCAAGAAGCUGGCAGACAUUUCAGUUGUCAAGGGCAAACCUUUGAAACUCGAAUGCACAUACUCUGGAACGCCCAGCAUAUUUGUCACCUGGCUGAAGGAUGGGAAACAACUCUAUGCCUCUUAUCAGUAUACUGUGACAACCACAGACACCUCCUCUAUGUUGGACGUCCUUAACAGUGACAGUUUUGAGGCAGCUGGGAAAUACUCUUGCGAAGUUACCAAUGGAGCCGGAACUGAUAUCUGUCAUUGUCAAGUAAAAAUAGAGCGCAAAAUCUCCCCCAACUUCACCAAGAAGCCUGCAGAGACAAUGGAAGAUACAGAGGGUCAUUUGGUGAAGAUUGAGGGUCGUUUAUCUGGAUCUCAACCCAUUGACAUCGUUUGGUCCAAGAAUCACAGUGAAAUUCACGCCUCUGAUAAGUACGAAAUGGAAUUCAAGAGCAACGUGGCCAUACUGCAUAUCAAGAGCUCCCAACUCUCAGACAGUGGUGCUUAUACCUGCACAGCCACCAAUGAAGCUGGUAGUGCCUCCUACCAAGUGUCACUUAACAUUUCAGAACACAAGAAGGGCCCAGUAUUCGACAUCCCUCUCAAACCUGUGACUGUAAACGAGGGUGAGAACCUGAAGCUUAGCUGCCAUGUCCAUGGAGCCCCUCCUCUGAAGAUUAAUUGGUUGAAGGAAAGGAAGGAGAUAAAAUCCUCCACAAACUGUAGAGUUGUUUUUUCUGAUGGCACUGCCUCUUUGGAGGUCCUCCGCACAUCGAAAACAGAUGCAGGGGACUAUCUCUGCAAGGCUACCAACGAUGUUGGAAGUGAAUUUGCAAGGUCCAGAGUGACAAUUAGAGAAAAAGAAGUCAAACCUGAGGCCACUGCUGCAGCCCCAGCUCCAGCUCCAGCAAAGACUCCAACAAAGAGAUUUGACAACUUGUUCUUUGUAGAUGAGCCCCAGAGUGUCAAUGUAACAGAGAAGGGCACUGCAACUUUCAUUGCCAAAGUUGGAGGUGAUCCUAUUCCUAACGUGAAAUGGAUGAAGGGCAAGUGGAGACAGAUCACUCAUGGUGGUCGCAUCACUAUUGAGCAGAAAGGCCCAGAUGCCAAGUUGGAGAUCACAGAAAUAACCAAAUCUGACUCCGGACAGUACAGAUGUGUCGCAACUAACAAAGCAGGAGAAAUAGAAUGCAGCACCGACCUGAAUGUUGACGAAAGGAAAGGCACCGGGGGAGUAGAUGGAGACUUCAGAGCAAAACUGAAGAAGACACCAUCCAAACAGAAAAGUCCAAAGAAGGAGGGAGAGAUUGACCUCGUGGAGAUUCUUAGGGGUGUGGACCCCAAAGACUAUGAAAAAGUUGUUAGAGAAUACGGAAUCACUGACUACCGUUGUCUUCUUCAGGCCAUUGAGCAGCUAAAGAGGGAGAAAGAAGCGGAAAGUGGAAAACCGGAAACUGAGCAUGGAGGAGAAUCUAAGGAUACGGCCAGGUUUAUGGCUGAGUUGCAAUCAAGAAUGCAGGCUGAGCCUGUCACUCUGGUGAGCGACAUCGAAGACCAAGAUACCACUCCAUUAAGCACAGCAACCUUUGAGUGUGACAUCAAGAUCAACUACCCUGAGAUCACCCUGUCCUGGUACAAGGGAACUCAGAAGCUUGACAACAAUGACAAAUAUGAAAUCAGCAUUGUUGGUGACCGUCACAUCUUGAAGAUCAAGCAGUGUCAAACCAAAGACCAGGGCAACUACCGUGUUGUAUGUGGCCCACAUAUCUCCAGCGCCAAACUGACCGUUGGGGAUGGAGAUCAACAAGCUGGCAUAAUUCACUUCACCAAACGCAUCCAGAGCAUUGAAGUGAAUGAGAACCAAUCUGCUACCUUCGAAUGCGAGUUGUCCUUCGACAAUGCUAUCGUUACAUGGUACAAAGACACUUGGGGACUUAAAGAGAGCCCAAAGUAUAACUUCAGAAGUGAAGGCCGACGACACUUUAUGACCAUCCGCAAUAUAACCUCUGAUGAUGAAGGCGUUUACUCGGUGAUUGCGCGGUUGGAACCCAACGGUGAAGCUAAAAGCACAGCUGAACUUUACCUUUCAGGCAAAGAAAUUGAAUUAGGAAGGGUUCCUUUUGAUGUCCCAGAUUCAUCAAUACAAGCAUACAAAGAAGAAUCAGCUGAAUACUAUUAUGAAGAGAGGACAGAAAUGAGAGAAUUUGAGCGAGAAAUGCAAGAGAGUUGGGAAAUGCAAGAAGAAAAGAUAGAACUCCAGUUCUCUUCAUACACAGGAGAAAGGAUACCCGUUGAUGAAAGUGUUUCCAAAACUCAAGUGGGAACAAGAGAAGGAGUACCUAAAGUUCCUGAAGCUUACAAGGAACCUGAGGAAAGGCCAUCAGCUCCAGCUCCGACCAAAGUACCUGAAGCAAGGAGGCCUCAUGAAGAAAAGAUCACUCCACUGGUUGAACAUGAAAAGCCCUGUCCCACUCCUACAGAAGAAUAUGUUGAACCAAAGCGGGCCAUUUCACGACCAGAACCCAGCAAAGAUGUGCCUACACCCAUACCUCAUAUGGCUACUGAGCCCAAAGUGGCCCCUGAGACAAAAAUGGCACCUGCAGCUAGGGUUGAAGCUCAACCAAAGCCAAAACCCAUUCCCACAAAGACACCAGAAGCUCCUCACCCCAAAGUUCCUGAGGAAUAUCCCAAAGCUGAGCCCAUUAGAAAGCCAGAGUCACCUCCACAAGAGGAAAUUUCAAAAAAAGUACCAGAGAUCACAAAGAAAGAAGAACCCACACCUCAACCACCUGCAGCUAAGGUUGUUCCCAAAAAAGUACCAGAGAUCACAAAGAAAGAAGAACCCACACCUCAACCACCUGCAGCUAAGGUUGUUCCCAAAAAAGUACCAGAGAUCACAAAGAAAGAAGAAUCCACACCUCAACCACCUGCAGCUAAGGUUGUUCCCAAAAAAGUACCAGAGAUCACAAAGAAAGAAGAAUCUGCGAUUCCACCACCUAAACCUAAAGAUGUUCCCAAAAAGACAGACACUACUCCAACAAAAGUUAUCACGGAUGUUAAAACAACGGAGAGGCCAAAGACAGAUGCCGAUAAAAAGCUGGAAACUAGCAAGCCUAGGCCAGUUGCAGCACCAACUGCACCAACACCAACAGAUGCCGAUAAAAAGCUGGAAACUAGCAAGCCUAGGCCAGUUGCAGCACCAACUGCACCAACACCAACAGAGGCAGCUAAAAAAACAGCAGUGAGCAAAUCAGAGCCAGUUGCAGCACCAAAGGAAGUGGCAGUUAAAAAGCCACAGCAAGCAACAAGCACGGCAGAGCCAGUUGCACCAAAGGAAAUCCACACAGAGAAAGUGCAACAGAAGGAUGAGCCGCCUGUGAGAACACCAGUAACUAAACCUAAAAAGGAGGAUGAAGUUGCUGUCACAAAAGAAGUCCCCCAGAAACCAGAGAAAGUUACUCCAGCUGCAAAAUUAGAAGUCACACCUAAGCCCAAAGAAACCCCUGAAGUAAAAGCCAUCACAGUUCCUUCAACAACUGAGCUAACUGUAACAACAGAGACUGAAGCCAGGAAAGAUGUUUCAGUGAAGAGGGAUUCAGUAAAUGAACAGCUGAAAGAAGUUUCACCAAACCUUAAUUCAGCUUCUGAAGUGUGGCAAGAACUUUCAGUGAAGAAGACUUCAGUAACUGAAAUGAGACAAGAAGUUUCAGUUAAGAGGGAUUCCAUGACUGAAACAUGGCAACAAGUUCCAGUGCAGAGGGAUUCUGUGACUGAAGUGCCACAAAACGUUUCAGUGAAGGUGGAUUCAGUGGCUGAAAAGAGGCCAGAAGUUUCAGUGAAGCGAGAUUCGGUGACCGAAGCACGGCAAGUAGUUGCAGUGAAGAAGGCUUCAGUAACUGAAGUAAGGCAAGAUGUUUCAGUGAAGAGGGAUCCUGUGACUGAAGCAGGGCAAGUUUCACAGAGAACAGGUUUCAUUGAGAAAAUUUCCCUGGCAGAGGAAGUUAGUUUCAGAGAAGAGGUAUCAUAUGGAGACAAAGCUAUGAUAUAUGAGAGAGAAAAGGAAUUGACUCAGAUAAACGUAAGGGAUGAUAUUUCUUUACAAGAGGAAGAUAUACAACAAACUGAGAUAGUAAGGCAAGAAGUUCCAAUAAAGAAAAUAGAUGAUCAACCAAUUCAAGCCAUUGUUGCAAAGAAAGAGGAAGAUGCAACCCAAAGAGAUAGUGUUAGACACAUUGACCCUACUCCUACCACUAAGAAAGAAGCUAUCUUAAGUAUAAAGGUUAUUCCUCAAAGGAAAGUUGUCUCACCUAAGGUAGAAGCCAUUCCUUCUAAGAAAGCUGUCUUAUCUGAGGUAGAAGCCAUUCCUUCUAAGAAAGCUGUCUUAUCUGAGGUAGAAGCCAUUCCUUCUAAGAAAGCUGUCUUAUCUGAGGUAGAAGCCAUUCCUUCUAAGAAAGCUGUCUUAUCUGAGGUAGAAGCCAUUCCUUCUAAGAAAGCUGUCUUAUCUGAGGUAGAAGCCAUUCCUUCUAAGAAAGCUGUCUUAUCUGAGGUAGAAGCCAUUCCUUCUAAGAAAGCUGUCUUAUCUGAGGUAGAAGCCAUUCCUUCUAAGAAAGCUGUCUUAUCUGAGGAAGAAGCCAUUCCUUCUAAGAAAGCUGUUUCACCUAAAGUAGAUGUCAUUCCACCUAAGAAAGCUGUUUCACCUAAAGUAGAUGUCAUUCCACCUAAGAAAGCUGUUUCACCUAAAGUAGAUGUCAUUCCACCUAAGAAAGCUGUUUCACCUAAAGUAGAUGUCAUUCCACCUAAGAAAGCUGUUUCACCUAAUGAAGAUGACAUCCCGUAUAAAACUAAAAUAUCACAGAAGACAAUCAAACAAAAGGAAAAAGAAGAAGAGAGAGUUCAGCCUCCAACACCUCACAAAGACCAAAGGGUCGCCCCUGAAGUGGUCCCUGUUUCAAUUACAGAUGAUACCACUCGUCCACAAGAACCACCAGAGGAGAAGAAAAUCUCUCCUCCAACACCAAAGCCUUCACCUGCUCCCUAUGUAGAAAAAGUAUCAUCCCCUGAAGCGGCACCAGACAAGAAAAUCUCUGCACCGAAGCCAAAGCCUUCAGAUGCCCCCCAUGUGGAGAAAGCUUCUCCCCCUGAAGUGAAACCAGUGCAGAAGAAAGCCUCCCCCCCACCACCUCAGAUACCAAAGCCUUCACCUGCUCCUCUUGUAGAAACAGUGUCUCCUACUGAAGCUGAAAAGAGAUCCUCCCCACCGAUGAAAACGCCUUCACCUGUUUCACCUAGUGCUUCACCCCCUGAAGAUAAGGGCCCUGUAACAGCACCCGGGGGAGCUGGCAAAGAUGGGAAACCAAAAGAGGAUGCUGCCGGUAGAGGUAGAGGUAGAGGCAUUCAAGCUAAGCAAACCCCCUCACCUGGUGGUGGUCGGGGUAGAGGACUGAAGCCCGGUGCUGGAGGAGACAAACCCCCAGAUGCUAAUCCUUUUGGAUUCCAGCUCAAAGCAGUUCCACUGAAGUUUACGAGACCACUCAAAGACAUAGUGUUACAGGAGGCUGAGUCAGUCGGCGCUUCUGCUACGUUUGAGUGCGAGGUUUCGCCUUCUACUGCAAUUACUACAUGGAUGAAAGAUGACGCCAACAUAAGAGAGAGCCCAAAACACAAGUACUACUCGGAUGGCAAAGAUCGCAAACUGCUCAUCAUUGAUGUGCAAGUUUCUGACACUGGUGAAUAUACUUGUGUUGCCAAGCUGGGCAACAAGGAAAAGACAACAACCGCCAAACUAAUAGUAGAAGAAUUGCCUGUGAAGUGGGUAAAGACUCUGGAAGAGGAUGGUAUGUCGGUCCUCAAGAGUCAGCCUAUGUACCUGACCUGUGAGUUGAACAAAGAGAGAGAUGUGGUCUGGAAGAAGAGUGGUGUCCCUCUUAAAAACAUCCCUGGAAAAGUGGCUAUCAAUGUCAUUGGAAUGCAGCAUGCCAUUACAAUCCAGGACACAGGAGAUGACGACGCUGGCAUUUACGCUUGCGAGUGUGAUGACAUCAGGACUAAAACAGAUGUCAAAAUCAUUGAAAUUAUCAGAGACUGGUUGCAGAAACCAUUGAGAGAUCAGCAUGUGAAACCCAAGGCCACUGCCACUUUCAAAUGUGAGCUCUUCAAAGAAACCCCCAACUGGAAGUGGUUCCAUGGCGACAAGGAGAUUCCUAAUGAUCCCACUGACAAGACUGAGGUCAAGAAAGAAGGAAAACAACUGACUCUCAUAGUUAAGAAAGUAUCACCUGAUGAUAUUGGGCAAUAUGCCAUGGAGGUUGAAGGCCGCAGAUACACAGCUAACCUGACUCUUGGAGAACGUGAAGCUCAGAUCUUGAAGCCUCUCUCUAGUAUGGAGGUUGUUGAGAAAGAGGAGGUUACGUUUGAAACUGAAAUAUCUGAAGAGGAUGUGGCUGGAGAAUGGAAACUUAAAGGGCAAGUCCUGCAAAGAUCACCGGUGGUUGAAAUCAAAUCUGAGGGCCAGAAACGUUUCCUCACUCUGAAAAAUGCUCAGCUUGACCAGUGUGGCGAAGUGUCUUAUCAAGCUCUGAACGCUAUCACGAGUGGGGUGCUCACAGUCACAGAACUGGAAAUGGACUUCACAGUCCCCUUGAAGGACGUGUCUGUACCUGAAAAGAAACAGGCUAUGUUUGAGUGUACUAUCACAAAGGAUGUGCCUAAAGUCAUGUGGUUAAAGGGGUCAGACAUCCUGUCGACAGGCGAUAAAUAUGACAUUAUUGAUGAUGGAAAGAAACAUAUAUUGGUCAUAAACAACAGUGAAUUUGAUGAUGAGGGACAAUACACUAUUGAAGUCUUGGGCAAAAAGUCAACAGCCCAGUUGACUGUGGAGGGUAUGAGGCUCAAAUUCAUAACACCACUAAAGGACCAAACUGCCAAGGAAGGUCAAACAGCUCGGUUUGAGGUUGAGCUCUCUCAUGAGAAGGUACCCCUGACAUGGUACAAAAAUGAAAUCAAACUCCAUGUGAGCAGGACCGUGCUCAUCCAUUUUGAAGGAAAGAAACACACCUUAGAAAUCAAGGAGUUGACUCUAGAUGAUACCUGCCAGAUUAAGGCAGAGGCUAAAGGAAUUCCCUCAACGGCAAACUUGACGGUGCUAGAGGGUGACGCAUACUUCACAGUGAAGUUGCAGGAUUACACCGCAGUCGAGAAGGACGAGGUCACUCUGGACUGUGAACUCAGCAAAGAUGUCCCUGUGAGGUGGUACCAUAAUGAGACUGAAAUUAAGGCCUCUAAGAUGGUAACCAUAAGGGCUGAGGGCAACAAAAGAACGUUGUCUAUCAAGAAAGUGGAAGGAAAAGACAAGGGACAAUACCUAUGUGAUUGUGAUACGGACAAGACCAUGGCAACCAUUAGCAUUGAAGCUCGUGAUAUCAAGGUAUCUCGCCCAAUGUAUGGUGUUGAGCUCUUCGAUGGCGAGACCGCUCGUUUUGAAGUGGAAAUCUCUGAAGAUGAUGUCCAUGGCCAGUGGAAACUGAAGGGAGAAACCCUUUCACCUUCCCCAGAUAUUGAAAUCAUUGAGGAUGGUGCCAAGCACACUUUCACAUUAUACAACUGCAAGGUCUCCCAGACAGGAGAGGUUGGAUUCACAGCUGCCAAUGCUAAGUGUACAGCCAACCUGAAAGUGAAAGAACUGCCACUGACCUUUAUCACACCUUUGAGUGAUGUGCAAGUGUAUGAGAAAGAUGAGGGAAGAUUUGAGGUUGAGAUUUCAAGACCAACCAAGACCUUCCGUUGGCUCAAGGGAUCUCAGGAGUUGGAAAAUGAUGACAAGUUUGAGAUUAUCCAUGAAGGAAAGAUACACACUCUGGUGGUCAAAAAGGCUGCAUAUGAGGAUGAAGCUAAAUACAUAUUUGAGGCUGAGGACAAGAGGACCACAGGAAAACUAGUUAUCCAAGGUAUACGCCUUGAGUUUGUCAAGCCCAUCAAGGAUGUCACAGUGAAGGAGCGUGAAACAGCAGAGUUCAGUAUUGAACUGUCACAUGACAAAAUCUCUGUCGUCUGGUACAAGAACGACGUCCGUCUGCACCCCAGCAAGGUUGUGCACAUGUCAGACAAUGGCAAAAUGCACACCUUGACUUUCAAGCAGGUGUCCAUUGAUGACACAUCCAUGAUCAAAGUGGAAGCCUUGGGCAAGAGCUCUGAGGCCAUGCUCACUGUUCUUGAGGGAGAACCUUACUUUGUCACAAAACUGCAAGACUACACUGCCGUUGAGAAGGACGAAGUGAUGCUGGUUUGUGAACUUAGCAAGACCUCUGCUGAGGUGAAAUGGUUCAAGGACGGCCAGGAGAUCAUGCCUAGCAAGAAUCUGAUCAUUAAAACCGAUGGAAAGAGGCGUUUGCUGACAGUGAAGAAAGCAGAGAAGGGCAACAUUGGAGAGUACACUUGCGAUUGUGGUUCUGAUAAAACCACAGCCAGGCUGGACAUUGAGGAGCGUGACAUUAAGGUUGUUCGUCCACUGUACAGCGUGGAAGUGACAGAAACUGAAAUUGCCAAGUUUGAGACCGAGAUCUCUGCCGAUGAUGUCCACGGUCACUGGAAACUCAAAGGAGAGGCCCUUCAUCAGUCUCCUGACUGUGAGAUUAAGGAGGAGGGUACAAAGCAUGUCCUCAUCCUGUACAACGUUCGCAUGGAUCAGGCCGGAGGUGUCGACUUCCAGGCUGCCAAUGCUAAAUCCAAUGCUCAGCUCAGAGUUAAAGCGCGGAGUAUAGGGCUUAUGCGGCCUCUCAAGGAUGUUACUGUUACUGCCGGGGAGACCGCCACUUUCGACUGUGAACUUACUUAUGAAGGAAUCGUUGUAGAAUGGUUCUUGGGAAGCACCAAGAUGGAGCUAGGUGAAAGGGUGGUCACCAGAGCAGAAGGCAAAGGACACAGCCUAACUAUCAGAAAUGUCAAGCUGACAGAGGCUGGGGAAGUCAGGCUCACUGCAAAGGACUUCAAGACCCAGGCCAAACUCAUUGUCAGGGAGCCACCAGUUGAGUUUACCAAACCUCUGGAGGACCAGACAGUUGAGGAAGAGGCCACUGCUACAUUGGAGUGUGAAGUCUCCAGGGAAAACGCUGAGGUCAGGUGGUUCAGAGACACACAGGAGAUCCGCAAAACUAAGAAAUAUGACCUUAUUGUUGAUGGCCGAAAGAGAAGACUCAUCAUUCAUGGCUGUACUCUAGAUGACUCAAAGACAUAUACAUGUGAUGCUAAAGAAUUCAAAACCUCUGCUUUCCUGAAUGUUGAACCUCCACAUGUUGAGUUCUCUAAGCCACUCCAUGAUGUUGAGGUCAAAGAAAAGGAAAAUGCCAGAUUUGAGUGUGAGGUGUCUCGUGAGAAUGCCAAGGUCAAAUGGUACAAGGACGGCAGCGAGAUCAGAAAGGGAAAGAAAUACGAGAUCAUUGCCAGUGGUGUCAAACGUAUCCUUGUGGUCACCAAGACAGUCUUCGAUGAUGAAGCAGAGUACGAAUGUGACGCUAAGACCUCCAAGUCCUCUGGCAUGCUGACAGUUAUUGAGGAAGAGGCUAAGUUUACCAAGAACCUGUCUAAUGUGGAGGGAACAGAAACAGACAGUGUGAAGAUGAUUUGUGAAGUGUCGAAGGCCAGCGCUGAGGUCACCUGGUGGAAGGGAGACCAGGAACUGCCAGAAGGAGGAAGAUAUGAACAGGUCACGGAUGGAAGGAAGAGAAUCUUCAUUAUUCAAGAUCUCAAGAUGGAGGACGCUGGAGAGUUUAACUGCAGACUGCAUAACGCCAAGACAUCUGCAACAUUAACACUGAAUGAACUGGCUGCGGAGUUCAUUGCCAGGCCUCAGAGUCUUGAGGUGGUUGAGGGAGAAAAGGCUGAAUUUGUCUGCUCAGUCUCUAAAGACACCUAUGAAGUCAAAUGGCUCAAGGGUGACAAGGAGAUUGUAUCUGGAGAUAAGUAUGACGUUGUCUGUGAUGGCAAGAGAAGAGCACUGAUAGUGAAGAAUUGUACACCACAUGAUGAAGGAGGCUAUGUCGCCUUCAUUGGGACUACCAAAGCCUCAGCUGACUUGUUUGUCAUUGAGAAACUCAGAAUCAUCACACCCAUCAAGGAUAUGCAAGUGAAGGAAGGACAGGAGAUCAUUUUCAACUGUGAGGUGAACACUGAGGGAGCUAAAGCUAAGUGGCUGAAGAACGAGGAGACCAUGUUUGAGAGCAGCAAGUUUGUCAUGAUCCAGAAAGACAACGUGUUCUCUCUGAGGAUCAAGGGUGCUCAGAAGGCAGAUGAAGCCACGUAUACUAUUACAUUGACAAAUCAUCGUGGUGAACAUGCCAAGAGCGAUGCCAAUGCCAAAGUACAAGAGGAGAAGCUCAAGAUUAUUGAGCCUCUUGAGGACUGUGAGACACAAGAGAAGAAGACCAUCAGCUUCACUUGCAAGGUGAACAGACCUGAUAUCACCAUCAAAUGGAUGAAGGCUGGUCAGGAGAUCACCAUGAGCAAACGAAUCCUGUACCGUGUGGAGAAAGAUAAGCACACACUGACCAUCAAGGACUGUGUCAUGGACGAUGAGGGUGAAUACACCGCCAUGGCUGGUGAUGACAAGUGCACUGCUGAGCUGAUCCUCAACGAAGCUCCCACUGACUUCUCCACACCACUCAAAGACCAGACCAUCACUGAGUUUGAAGAUGCUGAGUUUUCUUGCAAGCUGUCUAAAGAGAAGGCUGUUGUUAAAUGGUACAGGAAUGGUCGUGAGAUCAGAGAGGGACCCAGAUACUCAUUUGAGAAAGAUGGCAGGAUUUGCAAACUCAAGAUCAAGAAGUGCAGACCAGACGAUGAGUGUGAAUAUGCCUGCGGCCUGGAAGACAGGCGAUCCAGGGCCCGCCUCUUUGUUGAAGAGACCCCAGUUGAGAUCGUCAGACCACCUCAGGAUGUGUUUGAGCCUCCAGGCUCAGAUAUUGUGUUUGAGGUGGAGCUCAACAAAGACAGAGUUGAGGUCAAAUGGAUGAGGAACAACAUGAUCAUCGUCCAGGGUGACAAGUACCAGAUGAUGAGCGAGGGCAAGGUCCACAGACUCCAGGUGUGUGAGGUCAGGCCUCGGGACCAAGGAGAGUACAGAGUCGUUGCCAAGGAGAAGGAUGCCAGAGCCAAGCUGGAACUGGCAGCUGUGCCAAAGAUCAAGACAACUGAUCAGAACCUGGUCACAGACGCUGGAAAGCCUUUUGUCAUGGCGAUCCCCUACGAUGCCUAUCCUCGUGCAGAGGCUGAGUGGUUCUUCGACAUAGUUAGCCUGCCUGUGCAGAACAUUGACACCUCCGCAGACAAGACAGAAUACAGGCUGAAGAGCCCCAAAAAGACAGAUCAGGGCAGGUACAAGAUCGUCAUCAAGAACAAACAUGGACAGGGAGAGGCAUUCAUCAAUCUGGAUGUUAUUGAUGUCCCUGGACCUGUGAAGAACCUCAAAGUGGUUGACACCGCCGACGGUGAGGUCAGCCUGGCCUGGGAAGAGCCAGAGAGUGAUGGUGGCAGCAAGAUCAUUGCAUAUGUGGUGGAGAGGCGUGAUAUCAAGCGCAAGACAUGGACCCUUGCCACUGACCGUGCUGACGCUCCAGAAUACUCUGUUAGCGGUCUCCAGAGGGACAACAAGUACCUCUUCAGAGUAUGUGCUCGCAACAGAGUGGGCAGUGGACCCACUGUGGAGACAGACGAAGCUGUCCAGGCCAAGAAUAAGUUUGAUGUGCCAGAGGCACCUGAGGACGUUGUGGUUGGCAUCGUGAACAGGUUUGGAGCCACAGUCUCCUGGGAAAAACCAAAGUCUGAUGGUGGAUCUGAGAUCACCUCCUACAUCAUUGAGUUCCGUGACAGGACCUCUGUGAGCUGGGAGGUAGCUAUGAUCGCCAAGGCUCUGGACCGCACAGCCACUCUCACUGAUGUCGUUGAGAACAAGGAAUACAUCUUCCGUGUCAAAGCCGAAAACAAGGCUGGCAUUGGCAAACCAAGUGCUGCAACCGAUCCAGUUAAGAUCAUGGACCCCAUUGAGAAACCAAGCCCACCAUUGAACUUCAACUACACUGACCAGACAAAGAACUCUGUCCAGCUGACAUGGGAGACCCCCGCCAGCAAUGGAGGAAGCAUGAUCACUGGCUACAUUAUUCAGAAGUGUGAGGAUGGAACAGACAAGUGGCUCAGAUGCAAUGCCAGGCUCUGUCAGGACCUUAACUACAAGGUAUCUGGACUGAAGCAGGGGAUGCAGUACCACUACAGAGUGUGUGCAGAGAACGCAGCUGGAGUUUCAGAUCCAGCUGAUAAGCUUGGACCUCUCUUGGCAGACGAUUGUCAUGUUGGACCUUCCAUGGAUCUCAGUGGAUUUAAGGAUGGCCUGGAGGUCAUUGUUCCUCAUCCACUUGUUAUCCGCGUCCCUCUUCUUGGAUAUCCCACACCCACCGCCAAGUGGAGCUGUGGUGAUAAAGAGCUCACUGCUGGUGACCGUGUGUCCAUGGUUACAAGGAGCACCUACACAGAACUGACAGUGGCUCCAAGUGUGCGUCCAGACAAAGGCACAUACACUCUGCACCUGGAGAAUGAUGUGACCAGUGCCUUUGGAGAGAUUGAAGUCAAUGUUAUUGCAUCACCAAGUGCACCCAAAGACUUCAAGGUUUCCGAGGUGACAAGACACCAUGUCCACCUGAUGUGGGAGGCACCAGAGCAUGAUGGAGGAAGCCCAGUUAUUGGCUACCAAAUUGAAAAGAAGGAAGUGUCCCGCAAGACCUGGGUCAAGGUUUGCAUGGGUGUACAGGACCUGGAGUUCACUGUGGCAGAUGUCAUUGAAGGCAAAGAGUAUUUGUUCAGUGUUACUGCAAUCAACAAGUGUGGCCCAGGAGAGCCUGCCUACAUUGACGAGCCAGUCAAUGUGUCCUCGCCUGCCACUGUGCCGGAUCCACCUGAGAACCUGAAAUGGAGAGACAAGUCAGGAAAGGGCAUCUUCCUGUACUGGGAGCCACCCAAGUACGACGGCGGAGCUUCAAUCAAGAGCUACGUUGUAGACAAAUGCCAGCGUGGCACAGACAAGUGGGAGCCAUGUGGAGACCCACUGCCUGAGCUGAAAUUCCAGGUGACAGGUCUGAUUGAGGGACAGUGGUAUGCCUACCGUGUGAGGGCCAUCAACAGGCUGGGAGCAGGCAAACCCUGCAGGGCUACAGAUGAGAUCCUGGCUGUUGAUCCCAAAGAGCCUCCAGAAAUUCAACUGGACGUGAAGUUGCUGGCUGGUUUGACCGCCAGAGCCGGAACCAAGAUUGAGCUUCCAGCUGAUAUUGUCGGAAAGCCCGAACCCAAGGUAAAAUGGACCAAGGCUGACCUGGUCCUGAAGGGAGAUGAUCGCAUCACCAUCGAUACCAAGACGGGAAACUCCACUUUGUCUAUCGCCAAAACUGUCAGAGAAGACACAUCUACCUACAUCAUUGAGGCAGUCAACAGCAGUGGUCGUGCUACCGCAACUGUUGAUGUCAACAUUCUUGAUAAGCCUGGUCCUCCAGCUGCGUUUGAUAUCUCUGAGAUCACCAACCACUCCUGCUACCUGGCCUGGAACCCUCCCAGAGAUGAUGGAGGUUCUGUCGUCACCAACUACAUUGUGGAGCUCAGACCCUUUGACAAAGAGGAGUGGACCAAACUGUCAUCCACUGUGAAACAAACCACCUUCAAUGCCACCAAACUCACCCCUGAAAAGGAAUACGUCUUCAGAGUACAAGCUGAGAACCAGUAUGGCAUCGGCGCCCCUAAUGAGCAUGUGCCAAUCAUCGCCAAAUACUCCUUUGAUCCUCCUGGUGCUCCAUCCAGAUUGCAGCCUUCUGAUAUUGCUAAGGACUCUCUGACUCUGACAUGGUACGAGCCUGAUGAGGAUGGUGGCAGUCCUAUCACUGGGUACUGGAUCGAGAGGUUCGACCCAGAAAAUGACAAAUGGAUCAGAUGCAACAAGCUGCCCAUCAAGGACAUCACCUUUAGGGUGAAGGGCCUGCCUACCAAGAAGAAGUACAAGUUCCGUGUCUUGGCUGAGAAUCUUGCAGGACCAGGAAAACCAAGCACUGAGACUGAUCCAGUCUUGGUCAAGGAUCCAAUUGAUCCUCCAUGGGCUCCUGGCAAACCCUUCAUCAGAGAAAUAGCUAAGACAUCUGCCUCCCUGCAAUGGACCAGGCCAGAGCAUGACGGCGGUGCCAAGAUCGAGGGUUACAUCAUUGAGUUCCUGAAGACUGGUACCGAAGCAUGGAUCAGAGCAGCAGAGGACGUGCCCCAGACUGAGCACUUCCUGAAGGGUUUGAUGGAGAAACAGGAGUACUCAUUCAGAGUCAAGGCCGUCAACUGCGCAGGAGAGAGUGAGCCCAGUGACCCAAGCGAUCCUGUGGUCUGCAAGGAAAGACUCUAUCCUCCAUCACCUCCUCAAUGGCUUGAGGUGGCCAACAUCACAAAGAUCAACGCUGAGCUGAAGUGGCAGGCUCCUGACAACGACGGUGGCUCUCCAAUCACCAACUACGUUGUUGAGAAGAGGGAUGUCAGGCGUAAGACCUGGACUGCGGUGGACACCACUGUGAAGGAGCUGAAGUACACUGUCACUCCACUGAAUGAGGGCUCUCUCUAUGUGUUCCGUGUGGCUGCUGAGAACGCAGUCGGACAGAGUGAUUACUGUGAACUGGAAGACUCUGUUCUAGCUAAAGAUACUUUCACCACUCCUGGGCCACCCUAUGCCUUGACUAUUGUGGAGGUGUCGAAGAGACACGUUGAACUGAAAUGGGAAGCUCCAAAGAGUGAUGGUGGGAGACCCAUUACAAAGUAUGUCAUUGAGAAGAAAGAGAAACUUGGAACCCGCUGGGUGAAGUCUGGAAAGACCCCUGACGCUCUGUGCACCUACAAAGUCACAGAUGUGGAUGAGGGCACUGAGGUUCAGUUCCAGGUCCGUGCUGAGAAUGAGGCUGGUGUUGGACACCCUAGUGAACCAACAGAAGUAGUCACCAUUGAGGAUGCUAUAAGUCCACCAUCUCCUCCUGUUGACUUGGUCAUAGUUGAUGCCAGUAGAGAGCAUAUCAACAUUACCUGGAAGGUACCAUUGAAGAAUGGAGGUAGCCCCAUCACAGGAUACCAUGUUGAGCUCCGAGAGGCUAAAGCUGAGAAGUGGAUGAGAAUCAACACUCGCCCAGUCAAGGAGCUCAAAUACAAAGCAGAGGAAAGCAUCAAACCAGAGAAACAAUAUGUCCUGAGAGUCCGUGCCAUCAACUCUGUCGGUGUCAGCGAUCCUUCUGCCAUUUCUGAGAAGGUCUUUGCCAAGGAUCCAGACAGUAUUCCUACUAUGGAUAUGGAGGCCCUAGACAUUGUGGUGGUUGAGGGUGACAAGCUGCAUAUCAACAUCCCAUACAAUGCCGUCCCCAAACCAGAGAUGGUCUGGAGCAAAAUCAUCCACACAGAUACUGCCUCUGACACAAAGUUACAGAAUGACGACAGACGGUUGAUGACUUGUGAGCUCAACAGUGUUCACCUGGAAGUGAUGAAGUGUGUGCAUGAUGAUGCUGGAGAAUACUCCGUCACUCUGGAGAAUGCGAUUGGAACAGCCACCAGAAUCAUCAACGUUAAAGUUAUUGGUCUGCCCGGCCAAUGCAAGGACAUCAAUGCAGAUGAGAUCACUAAGAACUCCUGCAAGCUGACAUGGGAGGCUCCAGAGAGUGAUGGUGGUACUCCAAUUCUCCACUACGUUCUGGAGCGUAGAGGGGCUUCUAAUAAGACUUUCAGGCCUCUGAUGUCAGGAGAAAACAUCCUGACCUACCAGGUCAACGAUCUCAAGCUGAACGAAGAAUAUCACUUCCGGGUCAAGGCUGUCAACAAGGUCGGCUCUGGGCCAUUCCUGGAGCUCCGCAACCCUGUCAUCACUAUGGAAGUGAAACAGAAACCAGAUCCACCCAUUGAUGUUGAGGCUCAUGAUCCAACCGCCAACUCUAUCACACUGACCUGGAAACCACCAGUGUCUGACGGUGGUUGCGCCAUCACUGGCUACAUCCUGGAAUGCAUUGAGAAGGAUGGUGAUAGAUUCCAGAGAAUCAACCCAUCCCUGGUGCCUGGUUUCACCUAUGUGGUGAAAGAUAUGACAGAAGGCAAAGAGUAUCAGUUCCGUGUUCGCGCUGAGAACGCUGCUGGAGUCAGCGAGCCGUCUCGCAGCACUCCACUGACCAUGAUCGCUGCUCCCGUUGAAAAACCCAAGGUGUCCCUCCAUGCUCGCCUGCAGCAUGGCCUGUGCAUCAGGAAGGGUGAAGAGAUCCGCCUGGACGCCUACAUCUCUGGCGCUCCAUACCCAACUGUCACCUGGCUCAGGAACAACGAAGACGUCAAGAAUGUACCAGAGAAGAAGCCAGUACUGCCUAUUCUGAAGAAGAAGGGGGGCAAGGUUGAACCUGAAGAACCUGCGGUGUUUGUAACCCCUCUUCAUGAGCGUCUUUCUUAUGCUGUAAAGAAGGGCGAGACCUCAAUCAUGGUGCGAGACUCCAUCAGAGCUGACCACGGUCACUUCUGCAUCCAGGCCGAGAACUCUCAUGGUGUUGCAACUGCAUACUGUGACGUCAACGUCCUUGAUAAACCUGGACCUCCAGUGAACUUUGUCUUUGAGGAGAUCAGGGACACCUCUGUCAUCUGCAAGUUCGACCCUCCUCUUGACGAUGGUGGUAGUGAGAUCCUGAACUACAUCCUUGAAAAGAAAGACAACAAGAAUGAAGAUAUUGGAUGGAUCACGGUAACUUCAACCCUCAAGGUUUGCAACUAUCCUGUUACCAAACUGAUUGAAGGAAAGGAGUACAUCUUCCGUAUUACCGCUGAGAACAAGUUUGGCUGCGGACCUUCAUGUCUCUCUGAGCCAGUCGUUGCCAAGAACCAAUUCGAUCCACCCGAUGCUCCAAACACACCCAGAAUUGGAGAGGUGACUGCCAACAGUGUGUUCAUCUCCUGGCAUGAGCCCAAGGACAACGGUAGUCCCAUCCUGGGCUACUGGAUCGAGAGGAAGGAAAUGAACAGCAAACACUGGACUAGGGUGAACCGAUUCCUGCUCAAUACCCUCUCUGUGAAGAUUGAGGGUCUUAUGGAAGGCCUGGUAUACAUAUUCAGAGUCUGUGCAGAGAAUCUGGCUGGCCCCGGACCCUUCAGUGUCCCAACUGAUCCCCAGAUUGCUAUGGAUCCAAUCUUGCCACCUGGCCCACCCACUCCAAGAGUUAUUGAUACCUCUGCGACAACAGUUGAUAUCGCCUGGGUUCCCCCCCUGUACAAUGGAGGAGGGGAUAUACUUGGCUACCAUGUUGAGAGUGUUCUGGCUGGAGAGAAGGAAUGGAAACGUAGUACAGAGUUCAGAUGCAAGGAGCUGAAGUAUACAGUGACUGGGCUGACAGAGGGCGCUGACUAUUACAUCCGGGUUAUUGCUGUCAAUGACGCCGGACCGGGAGCACCUGGCAUGACUGAACCAGUUACUGUGAAGGAGCCUCAAGAGCCCCCAGUGGUUGACUUUGAUGCCUCUGUGAAGAACGGAGUCAUCAUCAAAGCCGGCGAGGCACUGAGACUGCCAGCGUUCGCCAUCGGCAGACCACAACCGGAAGUGAAAUGGAUGAAGGAUGAGGCUGAAACUGACAAAGAGCAUGUUGUGAUCGAAACAGAAGGAAAGAACAGCCUUCUGUUCAUCAAGUACGCCAAGAGAACUGAUCACGGAAAGUACCAGAUCUCUGGAACCAACAGCAGUGGAACCAAAUCUGCUGUCACUAGAGUUGACGUCAUGGAUGUCCCUGGGCCUGUGGUUAAUCUGAAGACUACUCAUGUCACCAAGAAGAACAUCAGCUUGAGCUGGGCAGAUCCUCUAGAUAACGGUGGCAGCGAUGUCAUCGGCUACGUAGUGGAGAAAAAGGAUGCAAAAAUGAAGCUAUUCAGACAACCUAUCGAGAUUGCUUCAUGCAAGUGUGACAUUCAGGGUUUGCUUUCAGAGGAAGAGUACGAUUUCCGGGUUUUUGCAAGGAACAAGUACGGUGAUGGCGCCCCAACGGACAUUGGGCCUAUUCUGGCUUCGGAUCCCAAAGCUGUUCCAUCUCCACCAUUGAAACUGCACUACACCGAAAGGUGGACUACUGCUAUUGCUCUUGCUUGGGAGCCACCUCGCAGCGAUGGAGGUAGCCCAAUCACGGGUUACUAUGUUGAGAAGAUGAGAGCAGAUGGAACUGAGUUUGACGUGGCCAAUCGCAAGCUCUGCAAAGACUUACACAUCAAAUUGGAGAACCUAUCAGAGAACCACGUGUAUCAGUUCCGUGUGUUUGCCGUGACUGAGGUGGGAGAGGGCGAACGCUCCAAACCAAUCAGUGCUAACAUACAGGAUGAUGAAAUUCCCCCCGAAAUCUCAAUCUUGGAGCAUUUCAAGAGAGAUACAAUCAUUGUGAGGAAGGGAGCAGCAAUUGAGAUCCCUGCUGAGGUGGUGGGUCUGCCAAUGCCAGAGGUUCAGUGGUCUAAGGAUGACGUUGUCAUCCCCAUGGCUACUGAGACACUGUUGAUGGAGUUCGAGGAGGUGGCCCGCACCAAAUGCACCACCAAGAUCAGCAUCCCUGAGACUAUCAGAGGAGACAAGGGAGACUACAAACUGGCUGCCACCAACUGCCAUGGCAAAGCACACCGCAUCAUCCAUGUGGAGGUUCUAGACCGCCCUCUGCCACCACGUGACAUUGUGGUGUCUGACAUCCAGGCUGAGUCUUGCUAUCUAACUUGGGCGGUCCCAGAGGACGACGGGGGAAGUGAGAUCACCAACUACAUCAUCGAAAGGAGGGACGCCAGCAGGAAGAAGUCUGACUUUGAGCAGCUCACCUGCAAUAUCAUUGAUAGGAGAUAUGGGGUGUACAAAAUGGACAGAAUGGGCCAGUACCAAUUCAAAAUCAAAGCUGAGAACAAGUUCGGAAUCAGUGACGGUUGUGAAUCCGAGAAGGUCGUUCUCAAGGAUCCAUUCGGGCUUCCUGGUCCACCUCGCAAACCAAAGGUCAUCGCAGCAACUUCCACUACUAUGACGAUCACCUGGGAGCCUCCACUGCAGAACGGUGGCUCCUCCAUUCAGGGAUACUGGCUGGAGAAAAGAGAGAGAGGAGCUGGGAUCUGGGGUCGUGUGAACAGAGCUCCAGUCACCAAGCCUGCAGUGAAGGGUUUGGAAUACACAGUCCUCCGCCUUAAUGAAGGGGCUGAGUACCAGUUCAGAGUUAGGGCUCAGAAUGCUGCUGGAAUCGGACCUCCCAGUGAAGCAUCUCCAUGUCAAUUCGCUGUUGAUCCACGCAAUCCCCCUAGUGCACCAGGAGUGCCAGUUGUUAAGGACAAGACCAAGACCAGUGUCACUCUCACCUGGACCCCACCAGAGAAAGAUGGCGGCAGCCCAGUCAAGGGCUACAUCGUUGAGGUUCAGGACACAGACUCCCUAGAUUGGAAGAGAGUCAGUGACCCUGAGAAGCUGCACCCUACCACUGAGAUCACUGUUCCAGACCUGAAAGAAGGCCAGAAGAUCAGAUUCAGAGUCACUGCUGUCAACGCUGCUGGCAAAUCUGAACCAAGCGCACGUUCUGCUGACAUCACUGUCCAGGACAUCUUAACUGAACCAAACAUUACUCUGGAGGUCAGCGCCCAUGAGCUGUUGUCCUGCAGAGCUGGAACUACCAUUAAAAUACCAGCUCUCAUCACCGGCCGUCCCACUCCUAAAGUUACAUGGGAGUUCAAGGAUGGAACAGCAGAGACCGAGAAGAAGAAUGACAUCCAUAUCCUUCCAAUCGAUUCAAAGAUCGUGUCAACUGAUACAACAUCAGUCAUUACCAUCCCUGAGAGUCACCUCAAACAUGCCGGACGUUACAUCAUCACAGCGGAAAACGCAGCUGGACACAAGAACAUGAAAGUCAGAGUCAAUGUCCUUGAUCUGCCUGGCCCACCCAAAGACCUCAAAGUCACAGACAUCACAAGGGGCACAUGUAGACUUACAUGGAAGGCUCCAGAUAGUGACGGUGGUGAGAGGAUCAAGAGUUACUUCAUUGAGAAGAAGACUGUGGAAGGAAAAGCUUGGACCAAGUGCAACCCAGCCUGUGCCGCCCAGUCCUUUAUUGUGCCCGACCUCAUUGAGGGACAGGAUUACCUGUUCCGUAUCCGGGCGGAGAACCGCUUUGGAUUUGGACCACUAGUUGAGACCAUUGAAUGUUCAAAGGCUAGAGAUCCUAUCCAUCCUCCUGAUGCUCCCACAAGGGUAAAGAUUCAAGAAGUGACUAAGGGCACAGCCACCCUGACUUGGAAGCCACCCAGGAAUGACGGUGGAGCUCCAGUGACACACUACACUGUUGAACGUCUGUGCUGGGACAGUAGUGGAUCUCAGAAGCAGUCCUGGAGACAGUGCAACAGACGUGAUAUUGAAGACCUCACCUUCAAGGUUGAGGACCUGACUGAAGGAGAAGAGUAUGAGUUCCGUGUCAAGGCUGUGAACGAAGCCGGCCCCAGCAGACCAUCAUCUACUGUUGGACCAGUUGUCAUCCAAGACCAGACACGUGCUCCUGCUAUUGACCUGGAGGAGUUCAUGGAGGUUGAACAAGGAGCUGAUAUCAGCAUCAAGGCAAAGAUCAGGGGCUGUCCAUUCCCCACUCUCACCUGGCUCAAGGCUCCAGCCCACAAGGGUGACGACAAGGUUGAGGUUGCAUAUGACGAGCACAUCAACAAGAUUGUGUCUGAUGAUAGCUGUGUACUGCUGAUCCAGCAGGGAAAGCGCUCAGAUACAGGCCUCUACACUAUCACAGCCAGUAACAGCCUAGGAAAGGCCUCCAAGGAGAUGAGACUCAACGUCUUGGGACGUCCUGGACCACCAUCCGGUCCUGUGAAGUUUGAGGAGGUCGAUGCUGAGAAGAUCACCCUGUCAUGGCUGCCACCUAAGGAUGACGGUGGCUCCAAAGUGACCAACUACGUCAUUGAGAGGCGUGUAGCCAACAGGAAGACAUGGAUCCCUGUGACCAAUGAACCCAAGGAGCGUAUCUGGACGGUGGAGGGCCUGAUGGAAGGGCAUGAGUAUGUGUUCCGAAUUUGUGCUCAGAACAAAUAUGGAGUUGGAGAGCCCCUGGACAGUGAACCUGAAGAAGCCAGGAAACUCUAUGCUGUUCCCGGCCAAUGUGAAAAGCCAACCAUUUCAGCUGUUGACCAUGAUUCCAUGAUGGUCAACUGGGAAGAGCCAGAAGACGAUGGAGGCAGUCCAGUGACUGGCUAUUGGCUGGAGCGUAAGGAAACCACCUCUAAGCGCUGGAACAGGGUGACGCGCGACCCCAUCCGGGCCAUGGCUUUCGGGGUGUCCCAUAAUGUGACUGGACUCAUUGAGGGGUCACAGUACCUCUUCCGGGUCACAGCUAUCAACGCAGCAGGAUGUGGACCUCCUAGCGCGUGCACAGACCCCAUCUUCGCCAGAGAUCCUAUCUCUGUCCCUGGACCUCCAACACCAAAGGUCACAGACUGGACCAAGUCAUCAGUGGAUCUAGUCUGGAUCCCACCUCUGAAGGAUGGUGGAUCUAAGAUCACGGGAUACAUUGUUGAAUACUCAGAGGAUGGAACAGACAAAUGGGUUAAAGCUAAAGACAAGGAACACAGAAGUACCAAGUUGGUCAUUACUGGAUUGAAGACCGGUGGAUUCUACAAGUUUAGAGUGACAGCGUUGAAUGCUGCAGGCCCCAGCGAACCCGGUGAAGUCCCAGACGCUAUUAAGGUUGAAGACAGGACAAUUGCUCCUGAGGUUGACCUUGAUGCCACAGUGAAGGAAAGGAUGGUGGUCCAUGCCGGUGGUGUGAUCCGCAUCCUGGCCUUUGUGUCUGGCCAGCCUGCUCCAAAGAUCACAUGGAGCCGUGAUGACGGUGCUCUACCACCAGAAAGUGCAGUUGAGACCACCGCCAUCAGCUCAUCGCUGGUCAUCAAGCCCUGCACCAGAAGACACCAAGGAGUCUAUACUCUGACUGCUGCUAACUCAGGAGGAGAAAAGAAGAGAUCUAUCAUUGUUGAUGUCCUGGAUGUCCCUGGUCCAGUUGGCGUACCCUUCACCUCCGAGAACCUCACUAGCGACUCCUGCAAGCUGAACUGGUUUUGUCCUGAGGAUGAUGGUGGUUCUGCCAUCACCAACUACAUCAUUGAGAAGCGCGAUGCGGAGAGGAAGGCCUGGACUGCCCUGUCCUACACAGUCACCAGACACACUGCUGUGGCCCACGGACUGCAGAAUGGAAAAGCUUACUUCUUUAGAAUCGCAGCUGAGAACUCCAUUGGAGUUGGACCUUUUGUUAACACCGCAUGUGAAAUCAUCAUAAAGGAUCCCAUCACCGUUCCAGACCGCCCAGAGGACCUUGAAGUAACAGCAGUUCAUAAAGACUAUAUCAGCUUGACAUGGAAACCUCCUGUGUCUGACGGAGGGUCAGAGGUCACCAAGUACAUCCUGGAGGCCCGUAUGAUCGGCAAGGACAAGUUCACACGUCUGACAAAGGAGAAACUGAUGGAGAGGAGAUUCACCUACGACGGUCUGAGAGAUGGGGACACCUAUGAGUUCAGAGUUAGCGCUGUGAAUGAAAUUGGGCCCAGCAAGCCAUCGUUCUGCACCAAACCAAUCACCUGCAAAGAUGAACUUGAACCACCAACCAUUGAGCUUGACUUCCGUGACAAGAUCAUCAUCCAUGUUGGGGAGAGCAUGGCUCUCCAGGGUCGCUACACCGGAAAGCCCUCUCCAUCUAUCAUGUGGUACAGAGAUGACGAAGAGCUGAAAGCAGAUCAGCACAUCAAGUUCAAAAACUCACUGACCACCAUGACUUUAGGCCUUAUGAAAGCCAAGCGCGAGCACAGCGGCAGAUACUGCGUGCUGGUUGAAAACAGCACCGGCUCUCGAAAGGGCAUUUGCAAUGUGACCGUUGUAGAUCGCCCAACACCACCAGUGGGUCCAGUCAUCUUUGAUGAAGUUCACAGAGAGUUUAUGGUGAUCUCUUGGAAACCUCCUAUUGAUUCUGGCGGAGUGGACGUGUCCAACUACAUCAUUGACCAGAGAGACGUCAAUAGUGACAUCUGGAGGAAUGUAACAUCUGCUUCGACGAAGUUGACGUGCAAAAUCCCCAGGUUGAUUGAGGGAAGAGAGUACAUCAUGAGAAUCUGUGCUGAGAACAUGUAUGGAAUCAGUGACCCACUGGAUUCAGAGGAGAUGAGAGCCAAAGAUCUCUUCAGAGUGCCUGAGGCACCAGAGAUGCCCAACGUGAGGGAGGUGUAUGCUGACAACUGCCUUGUGCUUUGGAGCAGACCUCGUGAUGGCGGCAAGCCCAUCACUAACUACAUAUUGGAGAAGAAGGAGCCAGCUGCAAAGAGAUGGUCUCGUGCCACCAGAGAACCCCUCUACCCAACUACUCAGUUCAGGGUGCUUGACCUUAUUGAAGGCUGUCAAUAUCAAUUCCGGGUUAUGGCAGAGAAUGAAAUUGGCACUGGUGACCCUAGUCCCCCAUCAAACACAAUUCUUGCCAAAGAUCCAAUUGUUCCUCCCAGCCCCCCUGUACUGCCAGAGGCAAUCGACAAGACCAAGGAUACUGUAAGCCUGAAAUGGCAGCUACCUCGCCAUGAUGGCAAAGGCAAAAUCUUUGGUUACCUUGUUGAGUACCAGAAGGUUGGUGCAGUAGAAUGGUCACAGGGCAAUGAGACUCCUGAAGAGUGCCCAGAAUGCAACUAUGUUCUAAAGGGACUGGAAGACGGAGCAGAGUACAACAUCAGGGUCUUCACUGUGAAUGCUGCUGGACGCUCUGAGCCUGCCCCUUGUAAGCAAACAGUGAAAGUACAUGACAGACUGGAGAAACCAGAGUUGCUGCUUGAUGCCAAUAUGUCCCGUGACCAUCUUGCGAUGGUAGGAACUAAUAUUACUCUCAGUUCAGUGAUCAAGGGCAUGCCACCUCCCACUGUAGCAUGGCAGAAGAACGGAGAAGAGGUUCCCGCAGAUCGUUGUACCAUUGCUGCCACUGCCAAUGGCAGCAAACUUGUUAUGCUCAACUGUGUCCGCUCAGACAGCGGCAACUACACACUCACUAUUGAAAAUGCAGCUGGAAAGAAGUCCGCUACAUGCACAGUGCUCACCUUAGAUAAACCCGGACCUCCUCGGGAUCUGAAAAUCUCUGAGAUCACCAGUGAGUCAGCCUACCUGACUUGGAAGGUUCCUGAGGAUGAUGGAGGGGCUGUCAUCUCUCACUACGUUGUGGAAAAGAAAGACGUGGCGGCUGAGAAAUGGGUGCCCGUCGCUGCAUCAAACAAGAAGCCUAGUCUGAUGGCUCUGUAUCUUAUGGAAGGAGUCCAGUAUCUGUUCCGUGUUGCUGCUGAGAACCAGUUUGGCAGAGGUUCCUACAUCAUGACUAAGACGCCGAUCAAGGCUGUUGAUCCUCUUUAUCCACCCGGUCCACCAAAGAAUCUACACCACAUCGACGUAGAUAAGACUGAAGUCUGGCUCCAAUGGGAUUGGCCAGACCGCGACGGAGGAAGUGAGAUCACUGGAUUCAUCGUUGAGCACCAGGAGGGAGAGGGAAAAGACUGGGUCACCUUCAAGACUGUCACCAAUCCUCAUAGCCAUGUCACUGGACUGGAGGAGGGAAAGACAUACAGGUUCCGUGUGAAGUCCCAGAAUGCUGUUGGCGUGAGCCGUCCUGACACCAGUGUCCCUGUAACCUGCCAGGAGAAACUCUUGCCACCAACUAUUUCAGUGGAUGUGAAGCUUAUUGAGGGUUUGAUUGUCAAGGCUGGAAGCACUAUCGUACUCCCAGCAGUCAUGAAAGGAAUUCCUACUCCCACAGCCAAGUGGGUGAGUGAUGGAAAGGAACUGGAAACAAAGGGCAAUGUCAAGAUUGACACUGAGGGCAUGAACACAUCUCUCACCAUCACUGGAUGUGUCAGAGGUGACACUGGAGAAUAUCUCCUCACCGUGGCAAACCCUGCUGGAAGCAAGACUGUUGCUCUGCACGUCACUGUGCUCGAUGUCCCAGGUGUCCCCAUUGGUCCGAUCAACAUCCUUGAAGUUACCCCUGACCACAUGGUCAUCAACUGGAGACCACCUAAAGAUGAUGGUGGCACUCCUUUGACGUGUUACAUUGUUGAAAAGAAGGAUACCAAAAAGGCAUGGGAACCAUGGUCAGUUGUGUGCUCAGGAUGCACUGGUACAAAGGCUAAAAUUUCUCGAUUGGAGAAAGGUCGUGAAUAUAUUCUGCGUGUCCGUGCAGAAAACAAGGUGGGCAUUGGUGCUGGACUUGAGAGUCCUCCCACUAUUGCCAAACAUAUGUUUGAUCCACCUGGCCCUCCAGGCCAGCCAACCUGCUCUGAUAUCACAGAGAAUGCUGUGACCAUAGAAUGGACUCUGCCUGAAUUUGAUGGUGGCAGUCCAGUCAGUGGCUAUGUAGUAGAGCGCAGAGAAAUGACAGGGAAAUGGAUCCGCGUCAACAAGACACCUGUAUUGGAUCUCCGAUACAGAGCAUCAGGUCUGUUUGAGAACAACAGCUACGAGUUCAGAAUCUUUGCUGAGAACGUUGCUGGCGUCAGCGAGCCCUCUCCUGUAUCAGAUCCAGUGAAGUGCACCCGUCCUAUUACCAAGCCAGGACCCCCAUUAAACCCUAAGCUGAGGGACUGGAGCAAGUCAUAUGCUGACUUGGUGUGGACCAAGCCAACAAGAGAUGGAGGCAGCCCCAUCUUAGGUUAUAUAGUUGAAUGUCAGAAAUCAGCCAGCGCCAAAUGGGAGAAAGUUCAUAAGGAUCUCAUCCCGAUGUGCGCAUUUAGAGCAAUGGGACUUACUGAGGGCAUGGAAUACAGGUUCCGCAUUAGCGCUUCCAAUAUUAUUGGAGAUGGAAAACCUACAGAGCUCUCAGAAACAGUCCUUGCCAAGGACAUUCUGGUUCCCCCAGAGCUGACAGUUGAUGUUGCUUGCCGUGACCUUCUGACAGUUAGGGUGGGACAGAGUAUCAAUCUUGUUACUAGAGUUAAAGGUAGACCAGAUCCUGAUAUCACUUGGUCUAAGGAUGCCAAGAUUCUAGGCAUAGACAGGCGUACUGAGAUGAACAACAACUUCCCUCUGGUUGAGCUGGUGAUUUCAGAUGCAGUAAGGCAAGAUUAUGGAAAGUAUGCUAUCCUUGCUAAAAACAGCAGUGGUCAAGCACAGGCUACCAUUAUUGUGAAUGUGCUUGACACUCCAGGCGUCUGUCAGAAUCUGAAGACCACUUACGUGACAAAAGAAUCCUGCAUGGUUUCCUGGGAGAACCCAGAGGAUAAUGGAGGAACUGAAAUAACACAGUACAUUAUUGAGAGCCGUCAACCUAGUCAAAGGAAUUGGACAGUGGUAUCAAAUGAUUGCACCAAACGCCUUAUGAAGGCACCACUCCAUGAGGGUUGUGAAUACUUCUUCCGUGUGAGUGCAGAGAACAAAAUUGGUGCUGGACCUUCAACAGAGACCAAAACAGCCAUCCUUGCUGUUGAUCCCAUUGAGAAGCCUGGUGACCCCAUUGACUUCAUUAUCUCUGAGAUCGGCAAGACAUUCGUCUUCCUGAAAUGGAAGAGACCAGACUAUGAUGGUGGCAGCCGUAACCUGGGCUACCAUGUUGAAAAGAAACCUAAAGUGGCAGAGGAAUGGGAGAGACUGCACAAGGGUGCGAUUAAGGAAACUUACUUUAUGGCAGACAAGUGCAUUGAAAACGAAAUUUACCAGUUCAGGGUACAGACAAAGAAUGAAGGAGGUGAGAGCAACUGGGUGACAACUGCUGAGGUUGAGGUUAAAGAACAGUUAGUGGUGCCAGAGAUCAAGAUGAAGUUGCAAUGGACUCUAGUGGUUAAUGCCGGUGACGCCAUUCCAAUUGAAGCUGAUGUCAAGGGAAAACCAGCUCCGGAAGUAAAGUGGACAAAGGAGAAAGACACAGGGGACAUCACCAAGAGCCCAAGGCUCCAAAUAGAAGCCGGUGUAGAAUUCUCUAAAUUCCUGUUGACAAACUCAAGACGUGGAGAUACUGGAAAAUAUAACAUCACUGCUACCAAUAGUGCUGGAACAGCCACUGGAUGGGCGAAUGUGUGUGUGCUUGAUAGACCUGGUCCUAUCAGCAACCUAGUUGUAAAUGGUGUUACAGUGGAUAGGUGCAUGUUGACAUGGGAUAUGCCAGAUGAUGAUGGUGGAUGUGAAAUUUAUAACUACAUCAUAGAAAAGUGUGAGAAGAAGAGAAUGGUGUGGUCCAUACAUUCUUCUGCUGUGAUCACCAACUCUGCUAAAGUAACCCGCCUUGUAGAAGGAAAUGAAUAUAUAUUCAGGGUGCGUGCAGAAAACAAGAUGGGGGCAGGUCCUGCAGUGGAGAGCGCACCUAUUGUGGCAAGGACCGAAUUCAGUAAACCUGGAAUUCCAGAAGCACCAGAAGUUAUCAAGAUCUCCAAGGAGGAGAUGACCGUUACAUGGAACCCUCCUGAGAAUAACGGUGGAAAGGAAAUCUCUGGUUACAUUCUGGAGAAAAAGGAAGAAUUCGGAGUACGAUGGUCUCCUUGCACAAAGCAUUCCAUUGAUUCGACCCAACUGACUGUCACUGGUUUGCUGCGUGAUCAUGAAUAUCAGUUCCGCGUCAGGGCUGAGAAUGAAAUAGGACUUGGUGAACCAAGCAAACCCUCAAGAUCACUCGCCGCCAGGGAUUCUCUUGAUGUCCCAGCCCCUCCAACAAAUCUGAAGGUUGGUGACAGUACAAGGACCUCUGUAGCACUGAAGUGGACAAAGCCUGUUUCUGAUGGUGGAGCUCCUAUCAUUGGUUAUGUGGUGGAAAUGAGGAUCAAGGGAAACAAGGAUGCGGCAUGGAAGAGGUGUAAUGUCGCAGCCCAGCUAAUUGUAUGUGAAUUCACUGUCUCCAGUCUGGAUGAUCAUGAAUGGUAUGAAUUCCGCGUUUCUGCUCAAAAUCAAUGCGGUAUGAGCUUAACGGCGGAUCUUACGAUGCCCGUGCAACCCAAGGAUAUCCUUGAGGCACCUGAAAUUGACAUGGAUGCUAGUCUGAAGGACGGUCUGACAGUCAGGGCCGGAUGUCCCAUCCGACUGGUGGCAACCAUCAAGGGAAGACCAGCUCCCAAAGUCUGCUGGAGAAGAAUGGGUGUCGAUAACGUUGUCAGGAAGGGCCAUGUGGACAUCAUUGACACAAUGACCUUCCUGGUUAUCCCUGAAAGUACACGGGAUGAUUCAGGCAAAUACUCCCUGACCCUGUCCAGCCCAGCUGGGGAGAAGGCAGUGUUUGUCAAUGUCAAAGUACUGGAUACCCCAGGGCCUGUAGUGGGUCUGGAUGCCACAGAUAUUAAACAGACGUCCGCCAAACUGGCAUGGUCACCCCCUGAGAACGAUGGUGGCAGUGCAGUCACUCAUUACAUUAUUGAGAAGCGUGAAAUCGAUCGCAAGACCUGGGGACCAGUCGCAAACAAUAUUGAACAGACUGAAACCAACGUCAAGAAACUUGUUUCAGGCACAGAGUAUUUCUUUAGAGUCACUGCUGUGAAUGAAUAUGGUCCUGGAGUUGCGAAGGUCUCGCCAAAGUCCUACAUGGCAUCUGAUCCUGUCAGCAAACCUGAACCAUGCCCGAAGAUUGAUGUAUUGGAAAUUACAAAGAACAGUGCACUUCUGGGAUGGCUGAAACCAUUGGGUGAUGGAGGAGCUAAGAUAGAUGGUUAUAUAGUUGAAUACAUGGGGCUCAUCCCACCCAAACCAGAACCAGAACCAGCAGAACCAGUAGAAGGAGAGGAAGCUGCUCAUCCUCCGGAACCUGUACCUGCACCUGUGGUUGUGGAAGAACCAGCGGAAGAGAAGCCAGAACCACAAUGGAUGGCAUACACAACUGUUAAAAAUUUAACCCUUUCAGUUAGCGGACUCAAGGAGGGUAUGAAGUAUAAAUUCCGGGUGGCCGCAAGAAAUAUCAUGGGUCGCAGUUCGUACACUGAAACUAGGGACGCUUAUGAGAUCAAGGAACAGAUGCUGGAACCCAAGAUUAUGAUGGCGGAGGCUGUGUCUGCCAAAGCAGGAGCUAAACUCAGAGUGGAAGCUCUUGUGUCUGGAAAGCCAGCACCAACCUGCACAUGGAUGCGAGGAGAUGACAAUGUUGUUUCCUCUAGUCGUCUUGCUGUGCACAAAUCUGCAAACAUGUGUGUGCUCAUCAUCAAAGAUGUGUCCAGAACCGACAGUGGAAUAUACAGUUUGGUUGCUGAGAACAGCUGUGCUAAAGUAGAUCAGCAUAUUAAAAUCAUCAUCAGAGAUAUCCCCGGAGCGCCUGAGCCUCCAUUUGAGAUCAGUGACAUUGACGCUGAUGCCUGCACACUCUCUUGGAAAGCACCAAUUGAAGAUGGCGGAAGCCAGAUUACAAACUACGUAGUGGAGAAGUGUGACGUGAUCAGAGGCGACUGGGUAAACGCUGUAUCGUCCUGUGGCAAGACUGGCUGCAGACUGGGAAAGCUCAUCCCUGGAAAGGAAUACAUCUUCCGUGUCCGUUCUGAGAAUCGCUAUGGAAUCUCCGACCCCCUAACAUCGGACAGGAUGAUUGCCAAAUUCCCCUUCGAUGUGCCCAGUGAGCCUUUAAACUGCCACAUCACCAAGGUCAACAAGGACUGUAUGUUUGUAGCCUGGGACAGACCUGAGAGUGAUGGUGGCAGCCCUAUUACUGGCUUCUACAUUGAACGCAAAGAGAGGAACAGUCUCCUUUGGGUCAAAGCUAACGACUCAGUUGUCAGAUCAAUGGAAUAUCCCUGUGCAGGCCUUAUUGAGGGCUUGGAAUACAACUUCAGAGUAUCUGCCAUCAAUCGUGCUGGACAGAGUAAGCCAAGCAAGAAGUCUGACUUCGUCACAGCAAGGACACCAGUUGACACACCAGGCAAACCAGAGGUUCUUGAUGUUACCAAGAAUGCAGUCACCUUGGUCUGGACUAGACCAAAGAAUGACGGUGGAAGCAAGAUAAUUGGAUAUUAUGUUGAGGCCCUGAGGCUCCCUGGAGACAAAUGGGUCCGUUGCAACACCAGCAGUCAGAAUGUACCCAGAGAAGAGUACACUGCAACUGGACUGGAGGAAGACAUGGAGUACCAGUUCAGAGUCAUCGCAAAGACCGCUGUCAACAUGAGCCGGGCAUCAGACAUCACAGACCCAGUUCUGGUCUCUGCAGAGAAGGUGCCACCAAGAGUAGAAAUUGGAAUCCCAAUGAAGAGGCUUAAGCCAGUGAAGGCUGGGGCAAAUGUACUUCUUGAGGCAGAGGUGUUUGGAAAACCGAUGCCCAAGGUUACAUGGAAGAGGGGAGAGGAAGUAUUGAGAGCUUCUGAGACAUUGAAGAUGUCCCAGUUGAGACAUCUCUUCAGCAUAGAGCUUCUUGGAGUAACAAAGGAACACACAGGAGAGUAUACUAUUUUGGCAGAAAAUGCAAGUGGAUCCAAAACUGGAGAAAUUAAGUUAACUGUUUUCGAUGUCCCCGGUCCACCAGUCUCUGUCAAGUUUGGUGACGUGUUUGCCAAUAGUGUCCAGAUUAGUUGGGAGGCGCCUCUUGCCGAUGGAGGCUCGGACAUCACAAACUACAUUGUUGACAAACGUGAGACCAGUAGAGCUGAAUGGGCUCAGGUCGCAGCCCAUAUUCAGGGUGAUGUGUUUGAACUCACCACAAAGAAACUGAUUGAGGGACGAGAGUACCAGUUCCGCGUCCGCGCAGAGAAUAGAUUUGGGGUUGGAGAAGCCAUUGUGACUGAUCCCGUCUAUGCCAGGAAUCCAUUCACCGUCCCUGGGGCAUGUGAGGCACCAGUCAUCACAAACAUCACCAAAGAGCACAUGACCGUUAGCUGGAAGGAACCUGCCGAUGAUGGCAAGUCAACCAUCUUAGGAUACAUAGUGGAGAAGAAGGGAACCAAGGAAGUCAACUGGACUAAACUGAACAGGAAAGCCUUGAUAGAGAGAACCCUGGAAGUUGCUGGUCUGUCAGAGGGAGCAGAGUAUGAAUUCAGAGUAAUUGCCCUGAACAACGCUGGCCUUGGCAAACCCAGUGAGCCAUCCACUGUGGCUUCAGCCCACGAUCCUAUCAAUCCUCCUGGACCCCCUGUGAACCCGAUGGUCACUGACGUCAGCCGCAGCACGAUUAGCCUGACCUGGACUAAACCAGCCAAUAACGGAGGCAGUGACAUCCUGGGAUACCUUGUUGAAUGCAAGAGAACAGACGCAACAGACUGGAUCAGAUGCAACGUGCCCAAGAACCUCCAAGACACAUUCUACCUUGUUCAGAACCUCAUUGAUAAAUCUGAAUAUCAACUGCGUGUGUCUGCCGUGAACAAAGUGGGCUUCAGUGAAACAUGCGAAGUGCCAGACAAACAUGUAGCAAAGGACAUUUUGGUUGCUCCUGAGGCAGAACUCAGUGCUGACCUGAAGGAGGUUCUGGAGCUCCGUGCUGGGUCCCAAAUGAGACUUUUCGCCACAAUAAAGGGUCGUCCCACUCCCAAGGUGAUCUGGGCAAAAAUGAACAGCAACAUCAAGGAAAGACAAGGCAUCGUUAUCAAGAGCACCGACACUGACACUGUGGUGUUAGUCCAGAGUUGCAACAGAUAUGAUGCGGGCAAAUAUAUCCUGAGUCUUGAAAGUCGCAGCGGAAUGAAGAUGUAUACAAUUGUUGUCAAGGUUUACGAUACCCCUGGGCCACCAGUCAAUCUCAUGGUAAAGGGGACAACAAAGGACAGUGCAAAGAUCCUUUGGGAUACUCCUCUUAUUGAUGGUGGAAGCGAAGUGACCAGUUACAUUAUUGAAAAGCGUGAUGCAGAGAGAAAAGCUUGGUCUCUAGUUAAAGAUAACUAUGCCAAAAACACUCUCAAGAUCCCUGAUUUGGAGGCUGGUAGAUCUUACUGUUUUAGAGUCAAGGCUGUGAAUGAAUAUGGUGUUGGCGAGGCAUGUGAAACAGCAGAUUCAGUUAGAGCGUCUGAGGAACCUGGGCCGGUCAUGGACUUCAAGCCCUUGUUGAUCACAAAGCAAGGAUGCACCCUUGGAUGGAAGAAACCUCUCAGUGAUGGCGGUAGCCGCAUCAUUGUGUAUGUGCUUGAGGUUAUGAAUGGAGAUGAUAACUGGAAGGAGCUAAUGAGUUCCAAGAACAUGCAGUACAGUGCCAAGGAUCUGGUGGAAGGAAAAGAAUAUAAGUACAGAGUCAAAGCAGUAAAUGACUCUGGUGACAGUCCGUACAAGGAGCUGGAUGUGGUGGCUAAAGACCAGAUCAUUCAUCCUGGAGUUGACUUGCGGGGCAUUCCCAAUCUGUGCUACAUUGCAAAGGAGGGAAGUAUAGUCCGCAUCAAGCUCCCACUCUACGGCAAACCUACUCCUAAAUGCUCCUGGAAGAAGGGCGAGGAUGAGGAUUUGACCGAUACUGGAAGAGUGUGUGCAGAAUCCACAGCAGUCAACACUACCCUCCUGAUCCGUGACUGCCAGAGGAGCGAUGCCUCUAAGUACACAGUCACACUGAAAAACAUUUCUGGAGUAAAGGAAUCCACCAUCUUCAUUAGGGUGGUUGGCAAACCAGGAAUGCCUGUCGCACCAAUGAAGUUUAAGGAUGUCACUGCAGAUGGGUGCACCCUGAGAUGGACUGCACCUAAGGAUGAUGGUGGAUCAGAGAUAACCAACUAUACUCUUGAGAAGAGGGAUUCUGUAACCAACAUGUGGGUUAGCAUUGCUACCGAUAUUGAAGCAGUUUCCAAUACUACCACCUUCAGAGUGACAGGUCUUCAUGAGGAGACGGAAUACAUCUUCAGAGUCUGUGCACAAAACAAGCAUGGUGCUAGUGAAGGACUCAAAUCCGAGCCUAUUGUUGCCAAGCAUCCAUUCAAUGUACCUGAGGCACCACCUGCACCUGUGAUCAUGAGUAUGCGUCAUGAUUCAUCAUUCUUGGCCUGGUCUGACCCAAGGAAGACCGGAGGCUCUCCAAUUACUGGCUACCAUGUUGAGUUCAAGGAGAGGAACAGCAUGCUGUGGAAGAGGUCAGGGGGAGCCAUUAAGAUGAAGGAACACAAGGUCACCGGCUUAACUGAAGGACUGGAAUAUGAAUUCAGAGUCAUGGCCACGAAUCUGGCCGGUGUUGGCAGAGCAAGUCCACCAACUGAGGCGCAUGUUGCCUUGGAUCCAAUUGAUGCCCCUGGAAAACCUGAUGUGAUCAGCAUCACAAGAAGUACUGUAACACUUCAGUGGACUGAGCCCAAGUACGAUGGUGGACACAGACUGACAGGCUACAUCGUGGAAAAACGUGAUUUGCCUUCCAAGAUCUGGCAAAAGGCUAACAAUGUGAAUGUUGUGGACACAGCAUACACUGUGAAAGAGCUGCAAGAGGGAUGCAAGUUUGAGUUCAGAAUCAGGGCAAAAAAUGCCGCUGGAGCAUUGAGCCCUCCCUCUGAACAAACAGAUACACUUGUGUGCAAGGAUGAAUACGAGGCACCAACCAUCACUAUUGAUUCCACUGUAAAGGAGGGACUCACAGUCAGAGCGGGUGACCACAUCGUCAUAACUGCAACAAGUAUUGUAGGCAAACCCCCACCAACAUCAGUGUGGUCUAAGGGUGGAAAAUACUUCAAGCCUUCAGAUAUCUGCCAGAUUGAGUCCACUGCAACGUCCUCGACAUUGACGGUCAAAUACGCCGGGAGAUCAGAUUCUGGAGAAUACACAAUUACAGCCAGCAAUCCAUUUGGUGUCACAGAAGAAGUUGUGAAAGUGAAGGUUUUGGAUGUACCCGCAGCUCCGGGUCCUAUUGAGGUCAGUGGAGUUUCGUCUGAGAAGGUCACACUGACAUGGACACCACCAGCUGAAGAUGGUGGAUGUCCAGUUAAAUAUUACACCCUGGAGAAGAGAGAAACAAGCCGCCUCCUUUGGACCAUUCUGUCAGAAAAAGUACUUGACUGCCACUAUAUUGCCAAGAAGCUAAUCCAGGGAAAUGAAUACAUCUUCCGUGUGAAGGCAGUUAAUCACUAUGGUCCUGGAGAAGCAGCAGUGUCUGGGCCAGCUAAGAUGGUGGACCAAUUUGGUCCCCCUGGUCCUCCAUCAAAACCAGAGAUUGAAGAGAUUGGAGGACACCAUGUCAAAAUCAACUGGAAAAGACCGAUUGAUGAUGGUGGUAGCGACAUCACAGGCUACAUGGUUGAAAAGAAAGAAAGAAAGGGCAUGAGAUGGGUUAGGGCAGCGAAGAAGUCCAUUGCUGAACUCUCAUAUGAAGUAACAGGACUCACAGAGAAAGUCGAAUAUGAAUUCAGGGUGGUUGCAGAGAACAAAGCAGGCUUCGGAGAGCCAAGUGAACCAUCAUUGUCUGUUACGACCAAAACUGUUAAAUAUGCACCUGGACCUCCAAUCAACCCAAGAAUUACAGAUACAACAAAGACUUCUGCAACAUUCUUCUGGGGGAAACCACUUGAAGAUGGUGGGCUUGAAGUCACAGGGUACUUUGUUGAGCAUAAAAAAGAUGGAGAAGAGGAAUGGUUCAAGGACACACCAACUGCUCCACUGAGAAUUACAGAAUUUGUUGUUCCUAACUUGAAAGUGGGAGCAAAAUACCACUUCAGAGUCAGUGCAAUGAAUGCAGAGGGAGUUGGUGAACCAGCUCAAACUGAAGAACUGGUUGAAAUUAUUGAACGUGAAGAAGAGCCAGACCUUGAACUGGAUGUUGAGCUGAGAAGAACCCUUGUUGUCAGGGCGGGAUGUUCCAUCCGCAUAUUUGUGCCCAUUAAAGGUCGCCCAGCUCCUGAAGUAGCUUGGACGAAGGGUGAAGACACACCACUCAAAGGACGUGCUAACAUUGACAGCACAGAGUCAUACACUAUGCUUGUCAUCCCAGACUGCACAAGAAAUGAUGCAGGAAGAUACAACUUGAUCCUUACGAAUGCUGCAGGAGAGAAGACUGCUCAUGUCAAUGUGAGAGUUCUGGAUUCACCUGGACCACCAAUUAAUCUGAAGCCAAAGCACAUUGACAAAGAGAGCAUCACUCUUCAAUGGGAACUGCCGCUUAUCGAUGGUGGUUCAAAGAUAACAAAUUAUAUAAUUGAAAAGAGAGAGUCAACACGCAAAGCAUAUUCCACCAUAAUAUCAGUGUGUCCAAAUAGCACAGUUAGAAUUCCUGAUCUAGCAGAAGGGUCAGAAUAUUACUUCAGAGUGUCGGCUGAAAAUGAGUACGGAAUUGGCGAGUCGGUUGAGACUACAGAUCCAAUUCGAGCAUCUCAAGCACCAACACCCCCUGAGAGCGUUUAUGCUACAGAUGUCACCAAGACCUCUGUCAGUCUUGCAUGGACAAAGCCAAAACAUGACGGUGGUAGUAGAGUUACUGGAUAUGUCCUUGAAGCUCAAAAGAAGGGAGGAGACCAGUGGUCCCAUGUGACAACUGUCAAGACAAUGGACUUCAUAGUGAAGAACCUGAAUGAAAAUGAACAGUAUAUAUUCCGUGUCAUGGCUGUAAACCACUCUGGAAGAAGUGGUCCUUGUGACAGCAAGCCUGUUACUAUCAAGGAAACAAUAACAAUGCCAGAAUUUGACCUGCGUGGAAUAUGCCAGAAAAUUGUCAUUGCCAGGGCAGGAGAUGAGAUUAAAGUUGAGAUACCAGUUAUGGGACGUCCAAAACCAACUGUUUCAUGGACGAAAGAUGGUCAGCACCUCAAGAUAACCCCAAGAAUAAUCACUGAACGUACUGCAACCACAAGUAUCCUGAAUAUAACAGAAUGCAUAAGGAGUGACACAGGACAUUAUGGCAUGACAGGGAAGAACAUAGUUGGCUCAGUGACAGAUACCAUCAUAGUAAAAGUGCACGAUGUCCCUGGACCUCCAAAGGGACCAAUAAAAAUAGAUGAAAUCUCCCGUACCUAUGCUGUCAUCUCUUGGGGAACGCCUGAGAAUGAUGGAGGUGUACCAAUCAACAAUUACAUUGUUGAAUUAAGGGAAACUACAGGAACGUCAUGGAUAGAAUUGACAUCAUCGGUAAUCCGUACAAUAUUUAAAGCUACUCGUCUGAAGACUGGUGCGGAAUACCAGUUCAGAGUCAAAGCUAAAAACAGAUAUGGUGCUGGUCAACCAAUCAUCUCAGAGUCAGUGGUUGCUGCAUAUCCAUUCAAACCCCCUGGGCCACCUAGUACUCCAAAGGUUGUGGCCUUUACCAAAGACACAAUGACAAUUGGCUGGAAUGAACCUGUUUAUGAUGGUGGAAGUGAAGUCAUUGGAUAUCACAUUGAGAGGAAAGAGAGAAGCAGCAUCCUUUGGCAAAAGAUCAGCAAAUCUACGGUGAAAGAUAAUCAAUUCAAAUCAAGUGGACUGGAAGAUGGAGUUGCAUAUGAAUUCCGCGUCACUGCUGAAAACAUGGCGGGAAUUGGUAAACCAAGCAAGGCUUCAGAAGCAAUGCUAGCCCUUGAUCCAGUGGAUCCACCAGGUCAACCAGAGCCAAUCUUUGUUUCCAAGAAUAUAGUAACAAUUCAAUGGACAAAGCCUGAAUAUGAUGGUGGGUUCAAGAUUACUGGCUACGUAGUGGAAAAGAGAGACUUACCAGCUGGUCGUUGGAUGAGGGCCAACUUCACAAACAUCAUUGAGACCACUUUCACUGUAAGUGGGUUAACUCAGAAUGAGGCCUAUGAAUUCCGUGUACUUGCCAAAAAUGCAGCUGGUUCAGUGAGUGAACCAUCUGAGCCAUCGGAUCCCAUCACCUGCACAGAUGAUAUUGUGGAACCACGAAUCAUGGUUGAUGCCAAAUUCAAGGAUGUGAUUCUACUGAAAGCAGGGGAAAACUUCAAACUUGAGGCAGAUGUUGCAGGCCAACCACUACCAUCCAUGGUGUGGACCAAGGGUGGAAAGGACAUUGAAAAUACGAUGAAAUUGACAAUUAAAAUGACUGACUUAACAACAACUCUGAUUAACAAAGACUCGUUAAGAAGAGAUGGAGGUGAAUUUGUUCUGACUGCCACAAAUGUUGGAGGGUUUGCCAAGCAUAUCUUUAAUGUCAAAGUCCUUGACAGGCCAGGUCCACCUGGAGGACCCCUGGUGGUGUCAGAUAUCACAUCUGACAACUGUAUUUUGGAAUGGGCUCCACCCGCAGAUGAUGGUGGUGCAGAGAUUGACCAUUACGUGAUUGAAAAGCGUGAAUCAAGCAGGCUUGCAUGGACAAAUUCGGCCUCAGGCUUAACUGAUACCCAAUUUAAGGUGAACAAGUUACUCAAAGGAAAUGAGUACAUAUUCAGAGUAAUGGCAGUCAACAAAUAUGGAGUCGGAGAGCCUCUAGAAUCUGCUCCAACUAUUGCAAACAAUCCAUGGGUGCCAGCAGAUCCUCCAAAGGAUCCUGAAGUAACAAUAAUCACUAAGGAUUCAAUGAUUCUUAUGUGGAAGGCUCCUGAGUAUGAUGGUGGAACUCCAAUCACAAACUAUAAUAUUGAAAGGAAAGACAAGAUUGGUCUUCGCUGGGUAAAAUGCAACAAGAAGAAAGUAAAAGACUUGCAGUUCAAGGUAACUGGGCUUCUAGUAACACAUGAAUAUGAAUUCAGAAUUCUUGCAGAGAAUGCAGCUGGAUUAAGCUUACCAAGCAAUUCAAGUCCUUUCUACAAGGCUACUGACACCCUCUACGAACCAGGCCCUCCAGGAAACCCAAGAGUCGUGGACACAAACAAGUCGUCCAUUACGAUUGCAUGGAACAAGCCAAAUUAUGAUGGUGGUUCUGAAAUCACAGGAUACAUUGUGGAGACCUGCAUUCCUGGGGAGGAGGAAUGGACAAUUGUUACUCCGCCAGGAGGACUAAUGGGUACAUCGUUUACCCUUAUGAACUUAGAGGAGGACAAAGAGUACAUGAUUCAAGUUUCUGCCGUAAACAGUGAGGGUAUUGGAGAGGAAGCAACUAUUCCUGGCACACCGAGAGCUCAAGACAGGCUGCUUCCACCGGAAUUUGACCUGGAUGCAGAUCUAAAGAAGGCUGUGAAUAUCAGAGCCUGUAACACAUUGAGACUUUUUGUACCUAUCAGAGGAAGACCAUCACCCGAGGCAAAAUGGACCAAAGAAGAUGGUGAACCUAUUACGAGAGCAACCAUUGAAAGCACAACUUCUUACACAUCACUGGUGGUGGAAAAUGUCAACCGAUUUGACAGUGGCAAGUAUGUGCUCACAAUAGAAAACAGUUCUGGAUCCAAUACAGCUGCUGUGAAUGUCAGAGUGCUAGAUACCCCAGGUGCCCCGCAAAAUCUCAAGAUCAACAGCGUCACUAAAGAAUCUGUCACUCUUAUCUGGGAUGCUCCAGUAAAUGACGGUGGAGCAAAGAUUAAGAACUACAUUGUUGAAAAACGUGAAUCAACAAGGAAAGCAUAUGCCACUGUAAAUUCUAACUGUCAUAAGAACACCUGGAAAGUUGACCAGCUGCAGGAGGGGUGUAACUACUACUUCAGAGUUUUAGCUGAAAAUGAAUAUGGAAUUGGCCUACCAAUUGAAACCCGUGAAUCAGUUAAAGUUUCUGAAAAACCACAGCCUCCUGCCAAAAUCACCCUCGCCGAUGUUACCAAGACUAGUGCCACCCUGUCUUGGGAGAAACCAGAGCAUGACGGAGGAAGUAGAGUGGUAUGCUAUGUUAUUGAGAUGCUGAGCAAAGGUGCCGAGAAAUGGGUCCAGUCUUCCAUUGUCAAAACAUUAGAAGCAGUUGUCCCUGGACUGACACCAGGUGAAGAGUACAUGUUCCGUGUAGCAGCAAGAAAUGAAAAAGGAACAAGUGAUCCACGACAAAUUGGUGUGCCAGUGAUUGCUAAAGAUCUUGUGAUUGUCCCAUCAGCUAAAAUGUUGUUCAACACAUUCAGUGUUCUAGCAGGAGAGGAUUUGACAGUACAGAUUCCGUUUAUUGCUCGUCCCCGAGCAACUAUUUCAUUCAUAAAGGACAAUCUACCUAUGAAGCGUACCACCAGAGUUAACUUUGGAGGAUCAGAUAAACUGAUCAAUCUUCAAAUCAAAGAGGCAUGCAGAGAAGAUGUUGGUCAGUACCGAAUCAUACUCGCAAACACCGCUGGGGAUACAUCUUUAUACAUCUCAGUAGUUGUUCUUGACAAACCUGGACCACCAAAGGGCCCAAUUAAAGUUGAGGCUGUUACCACUGACAGUGUGCUUUUCUCCUGGACUCCUCCAGAGUAUGAUGGUGGUGCAACAAUCAACAGCUACCUUGUAGAAAAGAGAGACACGUCCACACAAACUUGGUUGGUCGUGUCUCCAAAUCAUGCAAGAACAACGAUUAAAGCUUCGAGGCUGAAAAACGGUUCAGAGUACCAGUUCAGGGUGACAGCUCAGAACAGGUAUGGAAAGGGCCCAUCUCUGACCUCAGGGUCUGUUGUUGCUGAGUAUCCAUUCAAAUUACCAGGCCCUCCAGGAACACCAUCUGUACAGUCUUCCACAAAGGAUAGCAUGGUAGUUGUGUGGAAUGAGCCUGUUAAUGAUGGUGGAAGCACUGUGCUGGGAUAUCAUCUUGAGCGCAAAGAGAGAAACAGUAUUCUCUGGGUGAAGCUCAAUAAGUCUCUCAUCCAGGAUACAUCUUACAAGACCACUGGUCUGGAACCAGGACAGGAAUAUGAAUUCAGAGUUUACGCUGAAAACAUUGUGGGAAUUGGAAAAGUUAGCAAACUUUCCGAAGGUCACAUUUCUAGGGAUCCUUGCGAUCCUCCUGGAGAUCCUGAGGCUACUAAGAUAACAAAGGAUUCUGUAACAAUCACAUGGACAAAGCCAGAGUAUGAUGGUGGUGCCAAUGUCACCGGCUAUAUUGUAGAGAAGAAAGAGUUGCCAGAGGGCCGCUGGAACAAAACCAACUUCACAAAUAUCAUUGAAACCGAGUAUGUGGCAACCAGCCUUGUGGAGAACCAGAAAUAUGAGUUCCGUGUUAUUGCAAGAAACGCAGCAGGUGUUUUCAGCCUUCCCUCAUACAGCACUGGACCAAUUACUGCUAAAGAUGAAAUCGACCCUCCACGUAUUAGCAUUGACCCACAGUUCACACAAACUGUUUAUGUUAAUGCUGGAGAUGGCUUCAAAAUCGAUGCCGAUGUUCAUGGUAGUCCAAUACCCGAAAUCCUCUGGAUGAAGAGUGGCCACGAGGCACCCCUUGCAAACACUAUCACCAGAGACAUAAAAAAUACAGACAGCACCACUUUGUUGACUGUCAAAGAGGCUAAACUUGAAGAUGGAGGCAAGUACACUUUACUUCUAAAAAAUCCAGGAGGCGAGAAGUCAGUGAAGAUCAAUGUGGUUGUUCUGGAUAAACCUGGGGCACCACAAGGUCCUAUCUCUGUCACUGGCAUCACAAAUGAUCAAUGUUGCCUUGCUUGGAAAUCCCCACUCUAUGAUGGCGGCAGUAAAAUCACUCAUUACAUUGUAGAAAGAAGGGAGACAAGCAGAUUAAUUUGGACUGUUGUUGAUAAUAAGUGUGAGUCAAAUUAUCUGAAGGUUACAAAACUCUUGGAGGGAAAUGAGUACAUUUUCAAAGUCCAGGCAGUAAACAAAUUUGGACUUAGUACGGGUCUGGAAUCAAUUGCUGUGACUGUCAAAGACCCAUUCGUUCCCCCAGAUUCACCAAGUAGGUUGGAGGUUUCCGAUGUCAAAAAGGAUUCAAUGGUGAUUACCUGGGAGGCUCCUGGAUAUGAUGGUGGCAGUAAUAUUAUUGGAUACAUUAUUGAGAAGCACGAUAAGGAGGGUGUGAGAUGGACCAGAUGCAAUAGGAAGACAGUUACUGACUUAACCUACAAAGUCACCGGACUUAUGGAAAGUCAUAUUUAUGAAUUUAGAGUUCUGGCUGAGAAUGUCUCUGGAGUUGGAGAGCCAAGCUCCCCAACAGUUUUCUAUAAGGCUUUGGAUCCAAUCUUCAGACCAGGUGCACCAAUUAAUCCUAAAGUAACUGACAUAAGCAAAACUUCAGUUUUCCUGUCAUGGGGAAAACCUAUAUAUGACGGAGGAUGUGAGAUUCAAGGAUACAUUGUGGAGAAAUGCGAAGUGCCAUCUCCUGCAUCUCUCACUAAGCAACCCAUCGUUGUGGAACCGGCCACUAAGGCACCAGCUGCUGAGGGAGAGGAAGCACCCGCUGAAAAAGGAGCAGCUGAGGCAACACCUGCUGAGGCAACACCCGCCGAAGCAGCACCUGCACCUGCAGACGCAGCACCUUCCAAGGCAGAACCCGCAGAAAAAGGAAGUGCAGAAGGAGCUACAGAGGAAGAACCUGCUGAGGUGUGGACAAUCUGUACUCCACCAAGUGGCAUCAAACAAACAAGAUUUGAAGUUAGAAAAUUGGAGGAAAUGCAUUUGUACAAGUUCAGAGUUUGUGCUGUCAACAAGCUUGGUGUUGGAGACCAUUCAGAUGUCUCUGGAAUCAUUCUUGUCGAGGAGAGGAUUGAGGAACCAGAUCUGGACAUUGACCCAGACCUGAGAAAGCUUGUGAACAUUAAGGCUGGAUGUUCCCUCAGACUGUUCAUACCUAUCAGAGGGCGACCUCAACCUGAAGUCAAAUGGGGAAAGGAUGAAGGUCCUAUUAAGGAGAAUGCACAAGUUGAAGUGACAAGUAGUUACACGUCCCUUGUGAUUGAUAAUGUCAACAGAUUUGACAGUGGAAAAUACACUGUUUCUGCAGAGAACGCCAGUGGUGAAAAAUCUGCUUUAAUUACCGUUAGAGUUCUUGACACACCUAGUGCCCCAGUCAACCUCAAAGUGAAAGAUAUCACUGGUGAAUCAGUGACACUUACAUGGGAUGCCCCUGUGUUGGAUGGAGGAGCUAAAAUCAGAAACUAUAUUGUUGAGAAGCGGGAAAGCACCAGGAAAGCCUAUGCAGCUGUGGUGACAAACUGCCACAAAUUAUCAUACAAGGUUGAGAACCUUCAAGAGGGUUGCAAUUAUUAUUUCCGAGUCCUUGCUGAAAACGAACAUGGUGUUGGCUUGCCUACAGCAACCGUUGAUCCCAUCAAAGCCUCAGAAGUACCCCAAAUCCCACGAAAACUGAGUGUUGUUGACCAAACCAAGACAAGCAUCUCUCUUGCCUGGGAGAAGCCUGAGCAUGAUGGUGGAAGUAGAAUCAUUCAUUACCUGCUAGAGAUACAACUUAAAGGCUCUGAGAAAUGGUCAGGUGUUGCAACUGUCAGAGCAAUGGAGUCUGUUGUCAACAAUCUAAAUCCGGGUGAAGAAUAUAUUUUCAGAGUGUUUGCUAUCAAUGACAAAGGAAAGAGUGACCCAAGAGAACUUGCACUUCCAGUGACAGCAAAGGACCUUGUUAUCGAGCCUGAUGUUAGACCUGCAUUUAGCAAUUACAGUGUUCGGGUUGGUAAAGACUUCAAGGUUGAAAUCCCGAUAGCAGGACGUCCUAAACCAGCAGUUAAAUGGACAAAGGAUGGAUCAAUCCUACUCCACACCUCAAGGGUUAAAAUCACUAACACACCAGAUAGCACAACUCUAAGUAUCACAGAGGCUACAGGAGAAGAUGGCGGAAUGUAUGGCAUUAAUGUUACUAAUGUAGUUGGGGAAAAGAACGCAACAAUUGAAAUCAUUGCUCUUGAUAAACCUGGCCCACCAAGUGGACCUGUAAAGUUUGAUGAAGUUACUAUUAACACUGCAACUAUUUCUUGGGGUCCACCAAAGCAUUCUGGUGGCUGCCAGAUUUCAAAUUACAUUGUUCAGAAAAGAGACACAACCACCACAACUUGGGAGAAUGUUGCUGCCUCCGUGGCAAGAACUACGCUCAAGGUGCAAAGGCUGAAAACUGGGGCUGAAUAUCAAUUCAGAAUCAUUGCUCAAAAUCGAUAUGGCAAGAGUUACGGUUUGGACUCACAUCCUUUGACUAUAAAGUACCCUUACAAAGAACCUGGCCCACCCGGCACUCCAUUCAUUGCAUCUCUCUCCAAGGAAUAUAUGGUUGUGGAGUGGCAUGAACCAGUCGCAGAUGGAGGUAGUUCUGUUCUAGGCUAUCACCUUGAAAGAAAAGAGAGAAACAGCAUCCUCUGGACUAAGCUUAACAAAUCACUCGUUAAAGACACCAUUUACAAAACCGGUCCCUUAGAGGAGGCUGUUGAAUAUGAAUUCAGAGUUUAUGCUGAAAAUAUUGUUGGUAUUGGCAGAUGCAGCAAAAUCUCAGAGGGUUGUGUUGCACGUGAUCCUUGUGAUCCUCCUGGCACCCCAGAGGCUAUCAUUGUAAACAAAGAGUCCAUCACCAUUGAAUGGACAAAGCCAGAAUAUGAUGGAGGAAGUGUGAUUACUGGUUAUGUUGUUGAGAAACGUGACCUUCCAGAGGGACGCUGGAUGAAGGCAAACUUUACCAACGUUAUUGAGACCAGGUUUACUGCUACUGGACUAACUGCUGAUGCACAGUAUGACUUCAGAGUCAUUGCUAAGAAUGCAGUUGGAACAUUCAGCAAGCCAUCUUAUAACAGUGGACCUAUAACAGCAAACGAUGAGGUGGAAGCGCCAAGAUAUUCUAUUGAUCCUGCGUUCACCAAAACGAUCAUUAUCAAUGCAGGAGACACAUUCAAACUUGAUGCUGAUGUACAUGGAAAGCCAGUACCCACAAUCCAGUGGUUCAAGGAUGAUGUGGAAAUUGAAAAGAAUACAAUGAGAUUGGAGGUCAAAAAUACAGAAAGCGUCGCAAUGAUAGUUGUGAAGGAUUCUGUCAGAGUUGACGGUGGAAAUUACAAACUUGUCCUGACAAAUGUUGCUGGAUCAGAGUCAGUUCCAUUCAAGGUGAAUGUACUAGACAGACCAGGACCACCUGUAGGUUCCCUCCAUGUCACUGGAGUCGCUUGUGACAAAUGUACUCUGUCAUGGCGUGCUCCACUACAUGAUGGAGGCAGCAACAUCACACACUACCUCAUUGAGAGGCGUGAAACCAGUCGUCUUGCUUGGACUAUGGUUUCUAACAGCUGUGAGACCACAGUGUAUAAAGUAACUAGUCUCCUGGAGGGCAAUGAGUAUAUUUUCCGUGUCAUGGCUAUCAACAGUUAUGGCAUUGGUGAACAUGUGGAGUCUUCAGCAGUAAUAAUGAAAAAUCCAUUUGUUGUCCCUGGUGCACCACAUGUUAAUGAUGUAACGAACAUUGCCCGGGAUUCCAUGACUGUCUGCUAUUCUGCACCAGAGACUGAUGGGGGAAGUAACAUUACUACUUACAUCAUUGAGAAGAAAGACAGAGCUGGAGUUAAAUGGACCAAAUGCAACAGGCAAAAGGUCACAGACCUAUCUUUCAGAGUAACAGGUCUGACAUCAGAUCAUGAAUAUGAGUUUAGAGUAUCUGCUGAAAAUGCAGCUGGUGUUGGUGAGCCAAGUCUACCAACAUCAUACUUUAAGGCCAGUGAUCCCAAGUACAAACCUGGGGCACCCACACAUGCACAUGUGAUUGAUACCACAAAGAGCUCAAUCACAGUCGCAUGGGGAAAGCCUCUCAAUGAUGGUGGCAGUCCUAUCCAGGGAUACAUUGUAGAGAUUUGCAAAGCUGAGGAGGAGGAAUGGACAAUGUGCACACCACCAACAGGCCUGCGGGUCAAUAAAUUUGAAAUCACAAAACUUACUGAGGGUCAGGAAUAUCACAUCCAGGUCUGUGCUAUCAAUAAACUGGGUGUUGGUGAACUAGCUGCUGUAUCUGGAACAUCUAAACCAGAGGAGAAGGUAGAGGAUCCAGAAAUUCAACUGGACUCGGAAUUGAGGAAAGGAAUUGUGGUGCGUGCUGGAGGAUCUGUGAGAAUCAAUGUACCAUUCAAAGGCAGACCAACGCCAGAGAUUAAGUGGUGUAAGCUGAAGAAGGUUGAAGAAGUGGAAGAAGAACAAGAAUUGCAAGAGAAAGCAGUGGUUGAUAAAGGUCUCAACUAUACUCAGCUUUCCAUUGACUCUUGUGACAGAAGUGAUUCUGGAAAGUACAAUGUGACUGUGAAGAACAGCAGUGGUACCGUUUCUGAAUUUGUAACUGUGAAAGUGCUAGAUACACCAGGUGCCCCUCUGAAUCUCAAACUGACAGAGAUCAAGAAAGACUCCAUAACUCUUGUUUGGGAUGCCCCUCUUACUGAUGGUGGAGCGAAAAUCAAGAAUUAUGUUGUUGACAAACGUGAAUCAAUCAGGAAAGCUUUUGCAAAUGUAACAACCAAGGUCAACAAAACAACCUACAAGGUUGAAAACCUUGUUGAGGGGGCUAUGUAUUACUUCAGAGUUAUGGCUGAGAACGAAUAUGGAGUUGGAUCGUCGACUGAAACAAAGCUUGCAACAAAGGCCUCUGAGGUGCCUCUUCCAGUCGGAAAGAUCUUCUUGACUGAUGUUACUAAAGUCAGCGCGUCGUUCAGAUGGGAAAAACCAGAGCAUGAUGGUGGAAGCAGAAUUACUGGUUACCUAGUUGAGAUGCAGCAAAAGGGAGGGGACAAAUGGGGUGUUGCAACAUCCACAAAGGGUGAUUGUCAUGGCACAGUCACUGGACUUACUGCUGGACAGGAGUAUCUGAUCCGUAUCGUAGCUUACAAUGAGAAGGGAAAGAGUGAGCCUAAAGCACUGGCUAUGCCAGUUGUUGCUAAUGACAUGACUAUUGAACCAAGCUUAAAACUCAUGUUCAACACCUACACUGUAAAAGCUGGUGACGAUCUGAUAGUAGAAAUCCCAGUGUUUGGUAGGCCGAAACCCCAAAUUGUUUGGAAGAAAGAGGGUCUGCCAUUGAAAAUGACAACAAGAGUGAAUGUGAUAAACACAGCAACAACUGCUACCAUUAAAAUUACUGAGGCAUGUAAGGAUGACUUUGGAAAGUAUACCAUUAUGGCAACUAACACAGCUGGCUUAUUCUCUGAAGACAUAGGAAUCACAAUCCUUGACAAACCUGGUCCUCCAACCGGACCCAUUAAAGUCCUUGAAGUAAGCAAUAACUCUGUCAGUCUUUCAUGGGGAGCCCCGGAGUACACAGGCGGAUGUCAAGUAAAGCAUUACAAUGUGGAAAGACGAGAUACAACACAAACAGCAUGGCAAAGUGUGAAUGCACAGCUAGCUAGAACAGCUAUCAAAAUAACCAAGCUGAAAACUGGCGCAGAGUACUGUUUCAGAAUCUGUGCUGAGAAUAGAUAUGGAAAGGGCGCUCCUUUGGACACAAAAUCAAUUGUGGUGCAAUAUCCAUACAAAUCCCCAGGACCACCUGGAACUCCAUACAUCAAAUCUGCAACAAAGGAUCAAAUGAUUAUUGAAUGGAAUGAGCCAGUCAAUGAUGGUGGUAGUACGGUUAUUGGAUACCAUCUUGAAUCUAAAGAAAGAACCAGCAUUAUGUGGACGAAACUCAACAAAGCCCUCAUCGCUGAUACCUCUUUCAAGAUAUGUAAUCUUGAGGAGGACAUUGGAUAUGAAUACAGGGUCUAUGCUGAAAACAUUGUUGGCAUUGGCAGAGCAUCCAAAAUAUCAGAAUCAUUCGUUGCUCGAGAUCCAGUUGAUCUACCAGGUACCCCUGAGGCUACUGUUAUCUCCAAGAAUCACAUUGUGAUUCAAUGGACUAAGCCACUGUAUGAUGGAGGCAGUAAGAUCACUGGAUAUAUUGUGGAGCGGAGAGAUCUAGCCAACAUUGAGGGUCGCUGGAUGAGAGCCAACUUCACAAAUGUAAUUGAGACAGAAUUUGCCAUCUCUGGCUUGACAGAAAAUGAAAAAUAUGAGUUCAGAGUGAUUGCAAGAAAUGCCGCUGGUAUUUUCAGUGAGCCUUCUGACAGCACUGGACCCAUUACUGCCACAGAUGAGAUUGAAGCACCAAGAGCCUCAAUGGAUCCUAAAUACAAGGAUGUCAUUGUUGUUAAUGCUGGGGACAACUUAGUUUUGGAUGCUGACAUCUAUGGCAAACCCGCUCCUGAGGUCUUAUGGUUGAAGGAAGGAAAGCAAAUGGACAAAGCUCUUCGAAUUGAAGUGAAAACUACACAGAAACGUGCAGCUAUGCAUAUCAAGGACUGCACAAGGUUAGAUAGUGGAAACUAUGACCUCAGUCUCACCAAUAUCGGUGGGGUAAAGACAAUCCCAAUCACUGUGAAGGUCCUUGAUAAACCAGGUGCACCCACUGGACCACUGAGAGUCACUGGACUGACUGCCGACAGAUGCUUCCUAUCUUGGACUGAUCCCUCUCUGGAUGGUGGUGCAGCUAUAAGUCACUAUAUUCUGGAAAAGAGAGAGACCAGUCGGUUAUCCUGGACUGUGGUUAACGCAAAUAUUCAAGCUACAAAUUUCAAAGUGAUCAACCUACUGGAAUUGAAUGAAUAUAUCUUCAGGGUUAGGGCUGUGAACAAAUAUGGCAUUGGUGAUCCUUUGGAGUGUGAGGCAGUAACUGCACGCAAUCCAUACAAGCCUCCAAGUGCACCCGGAACACCUGAAGCAAGUAAAAUAACAAAGGAUUCUAUGGUCCUAUCAUGGUCAAAGCCAGAGAACAAUGGUGGAGCAGAAAUCGACUGCUACCAUCUUGAGAAACGUGACAAGGAUGGUGUAAGGUGGACCAAAUGCAACCGGCAGCCAUUGACUGAUCUACACUUCAAAGUCACUGGGCUUUUGGAUGGUCAUUUCUAUGAAUAUCGUGUUUCUGCAGAGAAUGAAGCUGGAGUGGGAGAUCUGAGCGAACUCUCCCUGUUCUACAGAGCAUGCAAUGCUACAACAGCACCUGGACCACCACACCAUCCUAAGGUGACAGAUCACACCAGCUCGACUGUGUCCUUGACUUGGGGCAAACCCGCUUCUGACGGUGGAGCAUACAUCAAAGGGUACAUUGUUGAAAUGAGAGAGGUGACAGAUGAGGAGAGGAAAGCAAUGGAAGAGGAAAAGAAAAGGAAAGAAGCAGCAGCAGCAGAAGAAGAGUAUUCGGAAGAAGAGGAGGAAGUGGAAACUGCAGCAGUAGAAGAGGUGAAAGAACCUCCUAAGGAGUAUGAAUGGACCAUAUGUACACCUCCAACUGGCAUCCAGGCGACACACCUCACUAUUAAGGACUUGAAGGCAGGACUAGAAUACAAAUUCCGCGUCUGUGCUAUCAAUUCAGAGGGAGUUGGUGAGCCUGCAGAUAUACAUGGCACUGUGAUUGCUGCAGAAAGAGUUGAGGCACCAGAGAUUGAACUGGAUGCCAACCUCAGGAAGGUUGUCUCUGUCCGUGCAGGUGGAUCUCUGCGUCUGUUUGUCACAAUCAGAGGAAGACCUGAACCUGAAGUUAAAUGGGCAAAGUUGGACGGCGAGCUGACAGAACGUGUCAUGAUAGAAUCCACAAGCUCAUAUACUAUGCUUGUAAUUGACAAUGUAAACCGAUUCGACAGUGGCAAAUACACAUUGAACCUUGAGAAUAACACUGGUGAAAAAUCUGCACUUAUCAACGUCAGAGUGUUGGACACACCAAGUGCUCCACAGGCCUUUGCAGUCAAAGAUAUCAAAAAAGAUUCUGUAAAUCUUGUUUGGGAAACACCACUCACAGACGGUGGAUCAAAAAUAACCAAUUACAUUGUGGAGAAGCGAGAAUCCACCAGAAAGGCGUACACUGCCGUGACAACUAACUGCUUAUCUAAUUCCUUCAAGAUUGAUGAGUUGCCAGAGGGAUGCAUUUUCUACUUCCGUGUAUGUGCUGUAAAUGAGUAUGGCAUUGGGUUGAUGGCUGAAACCAAAAACCCAAUUAAAGUUUCUGAAGUGCCUAUGCCACCACGAAAUGUCAGAGUUACAGAUCUCACGAAAAACAGUGUAUCACUUGCCUGGGAAAAGCCAACUCAUGAUGGUGGAAGCAAAGUAAUGUGCUACAACGUUGAGGUGCAAGGUAAGGAUGACAAGGGUACCCAGAAGUGGAAUCCUUCAUGCACAGUCAAAAUCCUGGAAACAACUAUUGCAAACCUAGUAGCAGGUGACGCAUAUUCAUUCAGAGUCAUUGCAAUCAACGAGAAGGGAAAGAGUGUACCAAAGGAACUUGGUCUACCUGUGACAACAAAAGAUAUUGCUAUUGAACCCUCAAUUGAGGUGUUAUUCAACACUUACAGUGUGAAGGCUGGAGGUGAUCUUACAGUUGAAAUCCCAGUUAGGGGCCGACCUAAACCUGUUAUUGCAUGGAAACAUCAUGGCCUUCCUUUGAAGCAAACAAGCUCAUUGACAAUUCUGAAUACCAAGACCUCAUCCAAAAUUAUUAUAAAGGAGGCGGGCAGAGAACAUGUCGGAAAAUAUGAAAUCACUGCCGCAAACCCAGGUGGAUUGAAAAUAGCAGAGAUUGGAAUUAUUGUCCUUGACAAACCUGGUCCACCAACUGCUAUCAAACCAACUGCUGUAACUUCAGACAGUAUUUCAUUGUCAUGGGCUCCACCAGAGUAUGAUGGUGGUUGCUGCAUCAACAACUACAUUGUAGAGAAGAGAGAUACAAACGCAACAGAUUGGCAAAUGGUCUCAGCAAAUGUUGCAACAACAGCAAUUAAAGCCUCCCGAUUGACAAAGGGUGCUGAAUACCAGUUCCGUAUCUAUGCUGUAAAUCGUUAUGGAAAGAGUCAACAUACAGAUUCCCGUGGAAUUACAGCCCAGUAUAACUUCAAGCUACCUGGCCCACCAUCGACUCCUAAAGUGGUACAUGCAACCAAGAUUUACAUGCUUGUCACAUGGAAUGAGCCAGUCAACGACGGAGGCAGCACAGUUCUUGGAUAUCAUUUGGAGCGAAAGGAGAGAACCAGCAUCAUCUGGAACAAGAUGAACAGAGGUCUCAUCAAAGAUACAGAAUACAAAGUGACUGGCAUUGAAGAGGGCAUGGGGUAUGAAUACCGCGUUUACGCUGAAAACAUUGCUGGAAUUGGAAAAUGCAGCAAAGCUAGUGAAGCUGUUUCUGCAAGAGAUCCAUGCGAUCCCCCUGGCGAGCCAACAGUGACAGCUAUCACAAGAACAUCGGUAUCCCUCGCUUGGACGAAGCCAGAGUACGAUGGUGGAGCCAAGGUUACUGGUUACAUUAUUGAACGCAGAGAUCUCCCAGAAGGCCGCUGGAUGAGGUGUAACUUCACCAACGUGGUGGAAACCUACUAUGACGUCACAGGCCUUACCAAGGACCAGCAGUAUGACUUCCGUGUCAUUGCAAAGAAUGCUGCUGGAUGUUUCAGUGACCCAUCUGAUUCCACUGGUUCAAUCACAGUCAAGGAUGAUGUGGAUCCACCACGUAUCAUGAUGGACGUGAAGUACAGAGCUGUUGUAGUUGUGAAAGCUGGAGAUGUUCUUAAAAUCAAUGCAGAUAUCGCUGGUCGUCCACUGCCAGUAGCAUCAUGGAAAAAAGAUGGCAAAGAGAUCGAGCUCAGGGCCAGAAUUCAGAUUCUUGCAACAGAUACCAGCACCUCAGUAAUUGUGAAGGACUGCAUAAGGCGUGAUUCUGGACAAUAUACUUUGACUCUGCAAAAUGUUGCCGGAACAGUAUCUACACCAGUGGACGUUGUGAUCCUGGAUAAGCCAGGACCUCCCGCUGGCCCCCUGGCAACUACAGGCAUUACAGCAGAAGAUGUCACCUUAGCAUGGGGUCCUCCUCAAGAAGCAGGCGGCGCAGAUAUCACACACUAUGUUGUUGAGAAACGUGAAACAAGCCGUCUUGCUUGGACAGUGGUGAAUGCAGAUCUGAACAAGACACAUUUCAAGGUCACAAAUCUCCUCAAGGGUAAUGAAUACAUCUUCAGGGUCAUGGCCGUCAAUAAGUAUGGACUUGGCGAAACCCUUGAGAGUGAGGUCGUCAGAGUGGCUGAUCCAUUCACAAAACCAUCUGCUCCCACAAAUUGUGAGAUCACGGAGGUAUCCAGUGAGGAGAUGAAACUUGUCUGGCAGAAACCUGUUUCAGAUGGAGGCAGUGAAAUUACUGGAUAUGUAAUUGAAAGGCGCGACACGGCAGGUAUACUCUGGGUCCGUGUGAACAGAGAGCUUGUGACUGAAUUGACAACCAUAGCAACUAAACUACGAAAAGGAUAUGAAUAUGUGUUCCGUGUGUUUGCUGAAAACGCUGCUGGUUUGAGUCCUCCAAGUGAAGCAUGCCCAUCAUUUAGGGCUGAAGAUGAACAGGUCGAGCCAGACCCACCAAGUAAACCAAAGGUUGUUGAUUCAACCAAGAGUUCAAUCUCCAUCAUUUGGAACAAGCCACUAGAAGAUGGUGGAGCUCCAAUCCUUGGAUACUGUGUGGAGUAUAAGAAACUUAAGGACGAGGAAUGGACAGUGGCCAUUCAGAACAUAAAGAGCAUGGAGUUCACCGUCUCUGGACUUACAGCAGAUGAAGAAUAUGAGUUUGCUGUUAAGGCAAUAAACAAGAUUGGUGAAAGCGAGCAAAGUCCAAUUUCUGAGCCUAUCGCAGCAAUGGAUAGAACUGUGGAGCCUAUGUUUGAUGUUGACAUAGAAAUGCGCAAGACAUUGAUUGUCAAGCAUGGCAACUCAUUCACUCUGACUGUACCUUAUAAGGGAAAACCUGCACCAUCAGUAGAAUGGAGCAAGGAGGAAGUAGACCUCAAGGCAAGAGCAACCAUUGAAACAAAUCACAGCUGCACUUCACUAACAAUUGAAACGGCAACAAGAAAUGACUCUGGGCAGUACAAUGUAACAUUAGAGAAUGGCAUUGGAGACCCAGUAACAUUACCAAUAGUUGUAAAGGUUCUUGACUCUCCUGGACCACCACUUAAUGUAGUUGUUAAGGAUGUCACCAAAGACACUGCUACCGUUACAUGGGCAGCUCCAGAAAAUGAUGGAGGUGAUGCUGUGAAGGCCUACCAUGUUGAGAAACGUGAAGCCAGCAAAAAGGCAUGGGUGGGUGUGACCAACAACUGCCACGCGUUGUCCUACAAAGUGGAAGAUUUACAAGAGGGAGCCUUCUAUUACUUCAGAGUCAUGGGAGAAAACGAAUUUGGAGUGGGUGUUGCUGCUAUCCCCAAGAAUGGAACAAAGAUUACAGAAAAACCAAGUCCACCUCAAAAGCUUGGGGCUAUUGCAGUAACCAAGGACAGUGUUACAAUCGGAUGGAUUAGACCAGAACACGAUGGUGGAAGCAGAGUAACUCAGUACUUCAUUGAAGCACUUGAGAAAGGACAACCCAAAUGGUCGAAGGUUACUCUUGUGAACACAACUUCCUUCCAAAUAAAAAACUUGAAGGAAAAUGCUGAAUACUUCUUUAGAGUUAGUGCUCAGAAUCAUGCUGGACUUGGCGAACCCAAAGAGAUGAUCGUUCCUGUUGUAGUGAAAGAUCAACUGGAGGCCCCAGAUUUUGACAUGAAAAACUACCCCAGCAAUACUGUCUAUGUGAGAUCAGGAUCAAAUCUGACCUUUGAGCUUCCUAUGACCAGCAAACCUUUGGCAAAGGUUAUUCUGUCAAGAAACACUGUUAUUCUGAAACCGUCCAAGAGAUUGGUCACUCAAGUUACUGCUGAAAGCCUGAUCAUCAAACUGAAUGAGAGCAUUGCAAGUGAUGCUGGCAGAUAUGACAUCAGCGCCUCCAAUACAAGUGGUAUCACCAAGAUGUUCAUCAACAUCGUUGUGUUGGAUAGACCUGGUCCUCCAACUGGUCCUAUUGAGGUUGGCGAAGUGACUGAAUCCACAGUGGCUCUCAAAUGGGCUCCUCCUGUGUAUGAUGGUGGAAGCCCAGUUACCAACUACGUUGUACUGAGACGUGAAACAAGCACACCUGCUUGGACUGAAGUGUCUUCUCAGGUUGCGAGAAGCGCCAUAAAGGCCGGCAAGCUUACCAAAGGAGAGGAAUAUCAGUUCAGAAUCAAGGCAGAGAAUCGCUUUGGUAUCAGUGACCACAUUGACACCCCACCAAUCACAGUGAAACUUCCAUACACAUUCCCUGGUCCUCCAUCAACACCAUGGGUAACCAUGGUUUCAAGAGAGAGCAUUACAGUCAAUUGGAACGAGCCUGUCACAGAUGGAGGAAACACUGUCACGGGCUACCACCUGCAGAUGAAAGAGAGAAGCAGUAUUCUGUGGCAAAAGGUCAACAAAGUAGCAAUCAUUGGAACACAGCUGAGAGUAACAAACAUCUGCCCUGGCCUCAUCUACGAAUUCAAGGUGAUAGCAGAAAAUGCAGCUGGUAUCGGAAAAAUCAGCAAAACAUCAGAAGAGGUGCUCGCCAUUGAUAACUGCGAGCCCCCGGCAGCUGUAAGAGUCUCAGAGAUCACAAAGAACUCCAUCAGUCUGGCCUGGGUUAGGCCGCCUUAUGAUGGUGGCAGCAAGAUCAUUGGAUACAUGGUGGAGAGGAAGGACUGCCCAGAUGGCAGAUGGACAAGGGCAAACUUCACUAACGUGAUUGAGAUGAACUUCACAAUGUCAGGCUUGACCCAGAAUGAAUCCUAUGAGUUCAGAGUUUACGCAAAGAACGCAAUCGGUUCUAUCAGCAAUCCAUCUGAUGUCGUUGGUCCAAUCACUUGUGUCGAUUCAUGUGGUGCCCCGGCGAUCGAUCUUCCUCCAGAGUAUUUAGAUGUUGUGAAAUACAAAGCCGGAUCCAUGGUUAAGAUCAGAGUGGGGAUUCUUGCUAAGCCUCUGCCAACAAUUGAGUGGUACAAGGAUGGAAAAGAAAUGGUGUCAAGCACUACACUCUCCAUCGAGAGCACUACUGAUUCCUCUAGUCUUCUCAUCAAGGACGCAACUCGUAGCCACACUGGCACAUAUGAAAUAAAAAUCAAAAACGCUCUGGGUUCGGCAUCUGCCACCAUCAGGAUAGAAGUUCUAGACAAACCUGGACCACCUCCUGGCUUGAUUCAGUUUAUGCUAGUCACAGCAGACAAGAUAAUUCUUAAGUGGGAGCCAAUCACUGAUGAGGGUGGUGCUAAGGUCAGCCAUUACGUUGUGGAGAAACGUGAAACCAGCAGAGUGGUAUGGUCUACCGUGUCUGAGAGACUAGAAGAGUGCUACAUAGGUGUCAUGAAGUUGGUACGAGGAAAUGAGUACAUUUUCCGUGUGAGGGGUGUCAACAAGUUCGGAAAUGGAGAGCCCUUGGACUCUGAGCCUGUUGUUGCCAAAAAUUUAUUUGUUACCCCAGGACAGCCUGCCACACCAGAGGUAACAACUACAACCAAAUCAACAAUGGUAGUUGUAUGGGACAAACCAGGUGUGGAUGGCGGUAGUCAAGUAACUGGCUACUACCUUGAGAGACGUGACAAGAAGAGCCUUCGCUGGAUAAAGGUUUUGAAAGAUCCGAUUAACAACAACACUACGACUAUCUUUAACCUAACAGAAGGCAAUGAAUAUCAAUACCGUGUGUGUGCCAUCAACAAAGCCGGAGAGGGCCCCUUCUCAGAUGUGUCUGACUACUACAAAGCAGCUGAUCCAGUUGAACCACCAUAUGAACCUACCAAGCUCAAAGUGGUUGACUCAACCAAGACAUCUAUCACCCUUGGAUGGGCCAAGCCAGAGUGGGACGGAGGCAGUGAGAUCCUCAGCUACGUUGUUGAACAGCUGACGGACGUGGAGGGUCUACGACGCAAACCACCCAAAGAAGAAUCAUCUGAAUCAGAAGGAGAAGAAGAGGAGGAAGAAGAAGCAGACAAUGGAGAAUGGGUUGUAAUCAGCCAGAAGGGAGAAGUGAGGACAGCAGAGUACGUUGUGUCCGGCCUAACACCAGAUGUUGACUACUACUUCCGUGUAUCUGCAGUCAACAUCGCAGGGCGUGGAGAGGCCAUUAAGAUCAAAGAGCCUGUUCAUGCUAAGGAUAUUCUGGAGGAAGCUAUCUUCGAUCCAGAUGUUGCCAUGAGAACACACUAUAUCGUAAAAGCCAAGCAGGAUGUGGAGAUCACAGUGCCCCUCAAGGGCAGACCUGCACCUAGUGCUACUUGGAUGUUCGGAGACGAGAACAUCGACAAUAAUAAAAAAUAUGAAAUCCACCACACAGAUACUACAUCAACCCUUGUUAUUCCAGAAGUCAGCCGUAAUGACACUGGUAGGUACACUGUGAAGAUUGAAAACGGUGUAGGAGAGCCAAAGUCAAUGACACUGUCUGUGAAGGUUCAAGACUCACCUGCUGUCUGCACGAACCUGGUAUUGAAGGAUGUCACUCGUGGUAAAGUAACCAUGUGCUGGGAAGAACCUGAACUUGAUGGUGGUGCUGAUAUUACCAAUUACAUCAUUGAAAAGAGAGACUCAUCCAAGAGAUCCUACUCUAGUGUGACAACCAAAUGCACAGAACAAUUUUAUACCAUUGAAGAUCUCUCAGAGAAAACAUCCUUCUUCUUCCGUGUAUCAGCAGAGAAUGAAUUUGGAAUAAGUGAUCCUUGCAGCACAGUUGAACCAGUAAAAGCUACAGAAACUCCUGGUCCAGUCAAAGAAGUUGCUAUGAAGGAUGCCUCAAAGACCUCUGUAACACUGCAGUGGGUGAAGCCUGAUUAUGAUGGUGGAAGCAUCAUAUCUGACUACGUCAUUGAGAAGAGACUCAAGGAUGAAGAGGACUGGGCAGCUGCCGGCUGCAGCAAACAAUGUGAACACGAAGUACCAAAACUCAAAGAAACCUCACAAAUGAAUUUCAGAGUUGCCGCCAGAAAUGAAAAGGGGAAGGGUGACUUCACUGAAAUUGGACCAAUUGAAGUGAAGGACUUUGUCAUCCCACCAGAGGCCAACCUGGAUGAGUAUCCAGGUGGGGAAAUCAGUGUCCGUGUGGGCCAUAAUGUACACAUUGAGUUGCCCUAUAAGGGUAAACCCAAACCUGCCACGUAUUGGCUUAAGGACAAUAUGCCACUGAAGGAGAGCGAACUAGUACGCUUCAGGAAAACAGACAGCAAAGUUGUUCUCAUGAUCAAGAAUGUGAGACCAGAGCAUGGUGGGAAAUACACACUUACUCUUGAUAACAGGGUGUACAGGAAAUCCUUCAACGUUUUUGUCAUAACUCGCGGACCACCAUCAAAGCCUGUCGCACCCAUCAACUUUGAUGAGGUCAGAGCAGACAGUGUCACAAUAUCCUGGGAGGAGCCAAAUGAUUACGGAGGUGGAGAAAUCACUUGCUACUCUGUAGAGAAGCGCGAUACAUCUCAGAAUGACUGGAAGAUGGCAUGCUCUAGUGUCACUGACACAACAUUCAAGGUGCCCAACUUGAUCAAGGGAAUAGGGUACCAGUUCAGAGUGCGUGCUGAGAACAUAUAUGGAGUCAGUGAGCCACUGGUGUCACCAAGCGUUGUCGCUAAACAUCAGUUCAGGCCUGCAGGUCCACCAGGAAAGCCUGUUGUGUACAACGUCACCAACGACGGAAUGACCAUUCAGUGGGAGCUGCCCGUCUUCAAUGGUGGCUGUCCAGUCAAGGGCUACCAUGUUGAGAAGAAGGAGAAGAACAGUGUCAUGUGGCAGAAGGUCAACACUGUGGCUAUCCCUGGAACAGACUAUAGAAUCCUUGGCCUUAUUGAAGGACUGGAAUAUCAAUUCAGAGUCUACGCUCAGAAUGAUGCCGGAUUCAGCCGCAAGAGUGACGAAAGCAACACCACCAUGGCAGUUUCUCCAGUUGAUCCACCUGGUCAACCUGACUACACUGAUGUGACCAGCAAUUCUGUUGCACUGAAAUGGGAUGCACCCAAACGUGAUGGAGGCAGCAAGAUUGUGGCUUACAAUGUUGAAAAACGCCAAGGACAGGGCCGCUGGCUGAAGAGCAACUUCACUGAUGUCCACGACACCCAGUUUACUGUCACUGGUCUUGCUUGCAAUGAACGCUAUGAGUUCAGAAUUAUUGCAAGAAAUGCUAUUGGCGUAGUGAGUCCCCCAUCUAACUCAUCUGGACACAUCGUGGUCAGAGAUGAAAGUGCUUCUCCAAACAUUGAGUUUGGCCCGGAGUAUUUUGAGGGACUUACAAUCAAGGCAGGAGACAAUAUGAGACUAAAGGUAUCGAUCAGUGGACGACCACAGCCCAAGGUUGUGUGGUUCAGAGACGGCGUGCAAAUCACCAAGUCGAUGAUGGACACCACCACAGUUGCUGGAUCAAGCAUGCUCUUUGUACGUGAUGCUGACCGCAGUCACAAAGGAACUUACACAGUGGAAGCCACCAAUAGCCAAGGAACCAAGAAGGAGGACAUCAUUGUCCAAGUCCAUGAUACUCCUGGAGAGCCGGUGGGACCUAUCAUUUUCAGUGAUAUCUCUGAAGGAAAAGUGACCCUCACAUGGAAUCCACCGGAGAACGACGGCUGCUCUGACAUCUCUCACUACAUUGUUGAGAAGCGUGAGACCUCUAAGAUCUCAUGGGCACUUGUCUCGGAUUGCUGUAAAGAAACAGUAUACCACGCCACCAAGCUGAUGAAGACCAAUGAGUACCAGUUCCGUGUUUCUGCUGUCAACAGGUUUGGUACCGGCCGACCAUUGGAUUCAAGUCCCAUCAUUGCACAAAUGCAAUACACUACUCCUGAUGCACCUGGCACACCUGAUUCCACUGCAGUUUCUGGAGACAGUAUCACACUGGCAUGGGAAGCAUCCACAUCUGAUGGAGGCAAUCCUAUUCAGUACUACAUUGUUGAAAAACGUGAGAAGAAGACUGUCCGCUGGGACAAGGUGAGGUCAAAGAAGCCCAUUGUGGAGCCUGCUCACCGGGUGGAUCAUCUCACUGAAGAUAUGGAGUAUGAGUUCCGUGUGAUGGCAGUAAACAACGCCGGUAUUGGAGCACCCAGUAACAUCUCAAUGGCCAUUAAAGCCAGUGAGCCAAAAGAUAUUGCAUGCGCUUCAUCUGUGGUUCAUGUAACCGACUCUACAGAUACAACUAUCAGUUUGGAAUGGACAAAGCCUAAAGACGAUGGUGGCAGUUCCAUCCAUGGAUACGUCAUUGAGUUGCACAAGGUAUCUAAGGAAGAACUAAAAGAAAUACUAGCUAAACCUAAGAAGGUGGUAGACAGCUCAGAAGAGGAGGAGGAGGAGGAGGAGGAGGAAGAGAAAGAAGAGGAUACCAGAGAAUGGAUCAGAAUCAAUGAGGAUCUGGUCAAUGAUACAAAAUACAUUGCAACUGGUUUGGAAACUGGUUCAUACUACUUGCUUCGUGUUUCUGCCCAGAAUAGUAUUGGAAAAGGAGAGGAGCAAGAGAUUCCUGAGCCAGUACAGGCUGUGGACAGACACGUAAAACCUGACGUUGAUAUUGACGCUACCUUCAAACAUACACACAUUGUGAAGAAGGGAGGCACCGUCUGUCUCCGUAUCGCCUACAAAGGAAAACCAAUUCCUUCAGUUAAAUGGAGUAAAGAAGAUGAAGAAGAACUUGGUGUCAUGACAGAUAUUACUACUACAGAGACCUACACUGCUCUGACGAUAGAAAAGUGUACCAGAUACAAUUCUGGAAGAUACACUCUUACUCUGGAGAACAGCAGUGGCGUAAGGGAAGUUGAUUUCAUUGUAAAGGUGUUGGAUACACCUGGACCUCCAGGACCUAUUGCCUUUGCAGAAGUGUCCAGAGGAGCACUGACACUGGUUUGGGAACCUCCAGCUAAUGAAGGUGGAGCUCACGUUCAACAUUACAUUGUAGAGAGGCGUGAGGCAAGUCGUCGUACCUGGAACCAAUCCGGUGGCAAGGUCACUGCGCUAUCCUUACAUAUCCAGGAUCUUCUGGAAGGUGUUCCCUACUUUUUCAGAGUUUCAGGAGAGAACCAGUACGGUAUUGGUGAACCUUUUGAGACGAUAGAUCCCAUUAUUGCUACUGCAGAGCCUUCUUCACCAAUGAGAUUGGAUGUUGUGGACGUCACAGACACUACAGCAACACUCUCCUGGGUCAAACCCGAGCACGACGGUGGUAGUCGUAUCACAGGCUACAUCAUUGAGCAUAAGGCAAAGACCACAGAUAAAUGGGUCGUUGGUGGUGAGACCAAGAACGAGAGCAUCACUCUAGAAUUAUGUAGGACUGCAGAGUAUGAGUUCCGCGUUAAGGCAAAGAACGAUGCAGGCAACAGCUUACCAAGAGAAGCACUAUCCUCAGUGUUAAUCAAAGAGCCACAGAUAGAACCAACUGCAGAUCUCAGUGAAAUAUCUAACCAGGAGGUCAUCUGUAAAGUAGGUAAUACCUUUGCCAUCGAUGUUCCCAUCACUGGUAGACCAGCACCGAAGGUAAUCUGGAAACUGGAGGAGAUGAGGCUGAAGGACAGUGAAAGGGUUGCAAUCAAGACGGUCAAAAACAGGACAACUCUGUCUAUCAGAGACGCCAUGAGGGGCGAUGGUGGCAGAUACUUCCUCAGUCUUGAAAAUUCUGCUGGAUCCAAGACGUUCUUUGUUACUGUCAAUGUCAUUGGAAGACCUGGUCCCCCCCUUGGACCCGUUGAAGUUUCAUCCAUAACAUCAGAAUCAUGUGAGAUUGCUUGGGAAGCACCAGAGGAUGACGGUGGAACAGAUAUCACCAACUACAUCGUUGAGAAGCGUGAAUCUGGCUCCACUGCCUGGACACUCAUCAACUCCAGUGUGAAACGCACCAACCUCAGUGUGGGACAUCUGACAAAGUACAUGCAAUACACCUUUCGCGUCAGUGCUGAGAACAGAUUUGGCACAAGCAAAUCAACUGAAUCUGAGACCAUUGUCGCUGAGAAUCCAUUCGGUCCUUCUGGUGCACCAACCAGACCUUCUGUAUACAACGUGGCUUCCACCACCUGCCACAUUCGCUGGGAGGAGCCAUACCACGAUGGCGGCAGCAAGGUGACUGGAUACUGGAUUGAAAAGAAAGAACGAAACAACAUCCUUUGGGUGAGGGAGAACAAGAUCCCAUGCUUUGAAUGUGACUACAGAGUGGAGGGACUUAUUGAAGGCCUUUCGUACCAGUUCCGUGUCUUUGCAAUGAACAGCGGUGGCCUCGGCAAAGCUAGCGAGGCAUCCAAGCCUAUGGUGGCUCAAAAUCCAGUUGAUCCUCCUGGUAGACCAGAAGUAACUGAGGUAGGCAGAUCUACAGUGUCCAUCAAAUGGUCUACACCACUUGACGAUGGUGGCUUCCCAAUUGUGGGUUACAUUGUUGAGCGCAAGCCAUACACCAUCACUGGCGAAGGUCGCUGGCUGAAGUGUAACUACACCAAUGUCACAGAAAAUAACUUCUCAAUCACUGCACUUGGUGAAGGAGAGGUCUACGAGUUCCGAGUCAUUGCCAAGAACUCCAACCAAGUUUUCAGUAUGCCUUCAGAGUCAACCGGCGCAGUCACAUGCAAAGCAGAAUACACUCCUCCAAAGGCAGACCUUGACAGCAAACUUCUGGUUGACACGGUUACAAUCAGAGCCGGCUCAGACCUUGUUCUGGAUGCUGCUGUUGGUGGUAAACCUGACCCCAAAGUGUUCUGGGCCAAGGGAGAUAAGGAACUGGAGCUGUGUGAAAAGUACUCCCUGCAGUACACCAGCACACGUGCCAUGGCCAUUAUCAAAUUCUGUGACAGAGAUGAUACCGGGAAGUACGUUCUCACUGUAAAGAACGCCAGUGGCAUCAAGUCAGCCGAAGUUAACGUGCAAGUACUUGAUACACCUGGUGCUCCUGACGGCAAAAUCACCAUCAGCCAUAUUUCUGAAGAGAAAUGCACUGUGUCUUGGAAACCCUCUCUGGAGAGUGGUGGUGACCCGGUGACACAUUACAUUGUUGAGAGACGCGACACCAACCGACUCAACUGGGUGAUCAUGGAAGCUGAGUGUAAGGAACACACCUGUGAGAUCACCAGACUGUUCAAAAACACUGAGUACCUCUUCCGCGUGAGAGGUGUCAACAAGUAUGGAUCCGGCGUUCCACUGCAAUCUGGUCCUAUCAUCGCCAGAAACAUGUUCACUGUCCCAUCUGCUCCUGGCACACCAGAGAUUCUUGCUGUAGGAAAAGAUUUUGCUAGCAUUGAAUGGUUAAAACCAGAGAGCGACGGUGGCAGUCCUAUAACUGGCUAUCUGAUUGAGAAACAUGAAAAGAAGAGUGCCAGAUGGAUCAAGGUGAACAGAGAUGCCACACUUAUGGACACAAGCUUCAAGAUAACUGGCCUCGUGGAGGGCAACAUCUACCAGUUCCGUGUAUCAGCUGUCAACAAGGCUGGUGAGAGUGAACCCAGUGAGCUGUCUCUCUAUGCUGUCUGCAGAACGCCAACAAGUACACCUCCACCUCCCACAAUUCCACGUAUUAUUGAUACUACCAAGGACAGUGUCAGCCUUGCUUGGACCAGACCCUUGGAGGACGGAGGUUCUGAUAUCAUCGGAUACGUUCUGGAGAAGCAAGAACAGGAGGAGGGAGCUGAGAAGCCGCCUGAGCCAAAACCUGAGAAGGUACCUGAGAAAGUCGUUUCGAAGGGAGCCAGUCUAGGAGCCAAGAAAACAGUUGUGUUUGUGGAGGAAGAGUCGGAGGAGGAAGGCGAUGAGGAAGAAGAGGAGGAGGAGGAAGAGGAAGGUACAGGUGUGUGGGUUAAGGCCCAUGAGAAGAACCUCAGACUCACAGAACACGUUGUGACUGGCCUUACAACUGGAAAGAUGUACCGCUUCAGAGUGGCUGCAGUUAACUUCAAUGGAGUCGGUGAAUUUAGUAGAGCCUGCGCAGCAGUCGAGGUUAUCGAGAAAAUUGAAACUCCUGAUAUUGAGCUUCAUGAUGAUAUGACCAAGACCAUCUGCCUGAGAGCCGGAGGUUCUCUUCGUCUCUUUGCCACAGUCAUUGGACGACCAAUCCCUGCAGUUACCUGGAGCAAACCUGGUGUCGACCUCAACAACCGUGGCUUCAUUGAAGUCACUAAAACUUCCACACAAAUCAUUAUUGACAAAGUGCACCGCUAUGAUGCUGGCAAAUAUACAAUUGAGGCAAAGAAUGAAUCUGGCGAAAAGACAGCUACCAUUAUUGUCAAGGUCUAUGAUACUCCUGGUCCAACUGGCCCAAUUAAGGUCAAGGAACUUGAGAAGGACUCCAUUACCAUUGCAUGGGAUCCUCCUACUGUUGAUGGUGGAGCACCAGUGAAUAAUUACAUCAUUGAGAGACGCGAAGCAUCAAUGAGAGCUUACAAAACUGUGACAUCCAAAUGCAGCAAGACAUCAUACAAAAUCGACGGACUCUUCGAGGGAAUGCUGUAUUACUUCAGAGUCCUCCCAGAAAACCUGUACGGUGUGGGAGAGCCAUGUGAAACCCCUGAUGUCAUUUUGGUGUGCGAGGUGCCUUUGCCCCCUGCGACACUGGAGGUUCUGGAUAUCACCAAGACCACAGUAACACUUGGAUGGGAGAAACCAGAGCAUGACGGUGGAAGUAGACUCACAGGCUACAUCAUUGAAGCUUGUAAAUUUGGCACAGACAAAUGGAUGAAGGUGACAACAGUGAAGACGACUGACUUUGAGUUCACUAUGACUUCUUUGACUGAGAAAGAUCAGUUUAUGUUCAGAGUCAGAGCUGUUAACAGCAGGGGAGCCAGUGUACCAAAGGAGCUUGUUGGAGCCGUAACAGUCCAAGAACAAAGAGUUCUGCCGAAGGUUGAUCUGUCUAGCAUCCCACAGAAGUUUGUCAAUGUGUUGGCUGGUAAACCACUUGAGCUGCACUUGCCAAUAGUCGGUAGACCCCCACCAGUUUGCUCAUGGUACUUCAGUGGUCAGAAGCUGAAGAUCACUGAGCGUACGAAGAUUCAGACCACUGGAAAGUUCUCUAAGCUAACUGUGCUUGAUACUUCCAUCGAUGACAGCGGUAACUACACUCUUGAAGUGAAGAACGUCACAGGAGAGACAUCUGAGAUCAUUAAAGUGAUCAUUCUUGACAAACCUGAUGAGCCUAAAGGACCGGCCAGGUUUGAUGGGGUUGAUGCCACCUCAGUGACCAUCAGCUGGGAUCCUCCAGAGAGAAACGGAGGUGCCCCUGUCAGCGGCUAUGUUGUUGAGCAGCGUGAAGCCCACCGUCCUGGAUGGCUGCCAGUAUCUGAGUCUGUCAGUAGACCAACAUUCACCUUCGUCAAACUGACAGAAGGAGAUGAAUACAUGUUCCGUGUCGCAGCAGUCAAUCGCUACGGUGUUGGUAACUGGCUGCAGUCUGAAGUUGUGAUGUGCAAGAGCGCAACGAACAUCCCUGGACCUCCAGGCAGACCAGCAGUAUUUGACAUGUCUCGUGAUGGCAUGACCAUUGCAUGGCUGGAACCAGAGGAUGAUGGUGGAUCUGAGGUGUCUGGAUACAUCAUUGAGCGCAAGGAGGUCAGAUCUGACAGAUGGGUGCGUUCUAACAAGAACCCAGUCACCAUGACCAGAUACAGAUCAACAGGUCUGAUAGAAGGCCUUGAGUAUGAACAUAGAGUAACGGCAAUCAACGCUAGAGGUGUUGGCAAACCAAGUGUUGUCUCCUUAACAGCAGUGGCAACUGAUCCCGUUGAUCCACCUGGCUCACCCCAGAACCCAAGAGUCACAGACACCACAAAAUCAUCCGUGUCCCUGGCCUGGAGUCCUCCUGAUGAGGAAGGUGGAUGUAAGGUCUCAGGUUAUCUGAUUGAGAUGCAGAAAGUAGGCUCAGUCACCUGGAUCAAAUGUAACACAACACCUUCUCUGAUCUGUGAAUACACACUCACCAAAAUGCCCCAAGGAGAGGAGUUCAAGUUCCGUGUGAUGGCUUGCAACGCCGGUGGACCCGGAGAACCCGCUGAGGUCCCUGGAACAGUCACUGUGAAGGAAAUGCUUGAAAAACCUGAUCAUGAGCUGGAAGCCAAGUACAAGGAUAUCUUUGUCGUCAGAUAUGGCAGUGUUGUCAAACUCUCAGUGCCCAUCAAGGGUAAACCAGUUCCUACAUGCAAGUGGACAAAGGAAGGCGCUGAUGUGCCUGAGAGAGCAAUGAUCGCUUCCAAUGACGACUGCACUGAGCUGGUAAUCAAGGGUGCAGAAAGAGACGACUCUGGCACUUAUGACCUACUGCUUGAGAACAAGUGUGGCAAGAAGAACGUUCACAUCAAGGUGAAGGUUAUUGGCCGUCCAACUGCUCCAGAGGGACCACUGGGAUUCGAAGACGUCCAGGCACAAUCUGUUAAGUUGACAUGGAAGGCUCCUUCAGAUGAUGGUGGCUCUGAAAUCCUUGGAUACAUUGUUGAGAGACAGCAGGUUCCAAAGACAGCCUGGUACACCGUAGAAACCAGGGUGGUGGACACAUCUUUCAUUGUGAAGGGACUCGAGGAGGGACAAGAGUAUCACUUCAAGGUGACAGCUGAAAAUACAUUCGGUAUCAGUGGAUCGCUGAAGUCAACAGAACCCCUCAUACCGAAGACUCCUCUCUGUCCCCCAGAGACAUCAAGCAUCCCACCAGAGGUUAUGGAUGUGACUAAGAGCUCUGCCUCUCUGUCUUGGUCAAGACCUAAGGAUGACGGUGGCUCUGCCAUUACCGGAUACUAUGUUGAGUACAAAGCAGUAUCCUCUGAGACAUGGGUUCGUCAUGAGAAGAAGGUCGUUUCAACCCAGUUUACCAUCCCUGGACUCACUGCUGAUGCUGAAUACCAGUUCCGUGUUAUUGCUCAAAAUUAUAUUGGAGACAGCGAACCAGGACCUGCAUCCGAACCAGUCACAUGCAAAGAUCCAUUCGACAAACCAAGCCAACCAGGCGAGAUUGACACAGUAACUGUCACAAAGGACGCAGUCGCCAUCAAGUGGGCGGCGCCAGAAUGCGAUGGUGGAAAGGAGGUCCUUGGUUACUGGGUUGAAUACAGGAAGUCUGCAGAGGCUACCUGGAAGAAAUGCAACAAGACACGCACCAAGGAGAAAAAGUUCACCAUAACUGGUCUGGCCGAAGCCACUGAGUAUGAGUUCAGAGUGAUGGCUGAGAAUGAGACCGGAAUCAGCAGGCCACGCAGAACAGCCACAUGCAUCAAGACCAAACUGAGCACUGGAACUCAACCAAGCCUGAGGAAAGAAAUGGAUGAAGUUACGACUAAAUUAUACCAACCAGGAAUUAUGAAAUGCCAGAUUAUUGGUAGACCUCUUCCCGAUAUCAAAUGGUAUAAAUCUGGCAAGGAGAUAAUCGAGUCUCGUAAAUAUGAGAUGAGCUCUGAUGGCCGUAACCAUUCACUGACCAUUAUGACAGACCAACAAGAGGAUGAAGGAGAAUACACAUGCAAGGCUAUCAAUGAUGCAGGUGAAGCAGAGACCAGUGGCAUUCUCGUUUUGGAAACUGCUCCACAGUUCAAUCCUGACUUCCCAUUGAAGAAUACCUACUAUGCCGAAAGCGGCACUACUCUGCGUCUACAUGUUGCCUACAUUGGACGCCCUGAGCCUAAGAUCAUGUGGCUUUAUGGAGCUACAACUGUGGUGGCUUCUGAGAAUAUCAGCAUUGAAAACACAGAGCAUUACACUCACCUGGUGAUCAAGAAUGUGCAACGCAGGGUACAUGGAGGAAAAUACAGAGUCAGACUGCACAAUCACUUUGGCAGAGCUGAUACUCUCAUCAACGUUGAAAUCCAAGAUAAACCUGCAAUGCCUGAAGGUCCCAUUGUACUUGAUGCCCUGUUGAAGAACUCUGUGAUUAUUAGCUGGAAACCACCAAAGGAUGAUGGUGGAUCAAUGAUCACAAACUACAUCGUGGAGAAGCGUGAAGACAAGGAGGUUGAUGACUGGACACUCGUGUCCUCGUCCAUCACAGGCACAAACUGCCGCAUUGCCAACCUCGUAGUAAACGCUGGGUACUUCUUCCGUGUGUAUGCUCAAAAUCGUUAUGGCAACAGUGAGCCACUGGAGAUCCCUACUCCCAUCCUUAUCAAGAGUUCAAUGGAUAAACCUUCACCACCACUGAUGCCAGUGGUUUCUGGUGUGACCAACGUUUCCUGUGUGUUGUCCUGGAAGCCUCCACUCAUUGAUGGUGGCUCCAAGAUCAAGAGCUACUGCCUUGAGAAGAAGGAGAAGAAGGGCGAAUGGACACCUGUCACUACUGAUGAAAUCAAAUCCACAGUCUUUUCUGUCAAACGCCUCACUGAAGGAUGUGAAUAUAUCUUCAGAGUGAACUGUGAAAACCUUGGAGGAGUGAGUGAUUGGAGUGUGGAAUCUGAACCAGUCGUUCCAAAGACGCCUGUUGAUGUCCGUGCUCCCGCCUUCAAAGAAGAACUGAGGAAUAUGAGUGUCAAAUAUAAGAGCAACGCCACCUUUGUUUGCAAGAUCACAGGACAACCCAAGCCUGUAAUUAAAUGGUUCAGACGUGGCAAGGAGAUCCAAUCUGACGGAAAGAAACUGAAGAUUCAAGAGUUCAAGGGAGGCUAUCACCAACUGGUUAUCUCCGCUGCUGAUGAGGAAGACUCUACUGUCUACCAGAUCAGAGCAACCAACCAGGGCGGAUCCAUCUGCACCACUGUCUCUCUGGAUGUUGAAGUCCCUGCCAAGAUUAACCUGCCCAAGAAUCUGAAGGACAAAGAGGCUAUCCCUGCCCUCCGUGGAGAGAUUGUGAAUAUCAAGAUUCCAUUCAGUGGCAAACCUGAUCCUGUCAUCACCUGGCAGAAGGGACAAGACCUCAUUGAUAACAACGGAUACUACCAAGUCAUCGUCACAAGGUCAUUCACAUCGCUCGUGUUCCCCAACGGAGUUGAUAGGAAGGAUGCCGGUUUCUACAUCGUUUGUGCCAAGAACAGAUUUGGUAUUGACCAACAGACAGUUGAACUGGAUGUUGCCGAUGUGCCCGACCCACCACGUGGUAUCAAAGCAAGUGAUGUUUCUAGAGACUCAGUCACUCUGAGUUGGCAAGUACCUGCUAAUGAUGGUGGAAGCAGAGUAGCCAGCUAUGUUGUGGAGAAGUGUCCCACAACAUCUGACAGAUGGGAACGUGUUGCCCAGUCUCGUGAUACUCGCUACACCAUCAUCAACCUGUUCGGAGGAACCAGCUAUCAGUUCAGAGUCAUAGCCGAGAACAAAUUCGGUCAAAGUCAACCAUGUGAACCAAGUAGUCCCGUUACAACAAAGGAGGACAAAUCAAGAGUCCUUGGCUAUGACAGCGAGGUUAGUGACAGAGAUGUUCCCAAGCAAAAGGCUCCACAUUCAUGUGCCAAGAAUGUGCAUACCAAGUACAUGAUUGCUGAGGAGCUGGGCCGUGGCCAGUUUGGUAUCGUUCACCGUUGUGUUGAGACCAGCUCUAAGAGGACAUACAUGGCCAAAUUCGUCAAGGUGAGGGGUGCAGAUCAAGCAUUCAUCAAGAAAGAAAUUGCUACACUUAACCUGGCCAGACACAACAACUUCUUGUGUCUUCAUGAGUCCUUCGACAGCACUGAGGAAUUAGUCAUUAUCUAUGACUUCGUCUCAGGUCAAGACAUCUUUGAACGCCUCGGCACAGCCGACUUUGAGCUGAAUGAGCGUGAAAUCGUCAACUACAUCAGACAAGUAUGUGAAGCUCUUGAGUUCUUACACGACAAGAUGUAUGGCCACUUUGACAUCAGGCCUGAAAACAUUGUGUACACCACAAGAAAGGGCAGUAAAGUCAAGAUCAUUGAGCUAGGACAGGCAAGACACCUGACUCCUGGCGACCAGAUCAAGGUUCAGUAUACUACAGCUGAGUACGCUGCUCCUGAGAUCCACCAGAAUGACAUGGUCAGCAGUGUUACUGACAUGUGGCCAGUAGGUGUUCUAGUCUAUGUCCUUCUCAGUGGACUCAAUCCAUUUACUGCCGAGACUCAUCAGCAGAUGAUUGACAACAUCUCAAAUGCUGAAUACAGUUACGAUGACGAAACCUUCAAAGUACCUACUGUUGAAGCAUUAGACUUUAUCAACCGCCUUCUCACCAAGGAGCGCAAGCACCGUAUGACUGCUGCCCAAGCUUUAGAACAUCCUUGGCUAAAGAUGCAAGCAGAAGUACUCAGUGCCACAGCAAUAAUGACCACAAGGCAUAAGAGAUACUACCAGGCCAUGGCAAAGAAAGAAUGGGCCACUGUCGUUGCAGGAGCAAGAGUUGCCAGCGGCGGUGCAAUCAGAGCCCAGAGAGGUGUCACAGUUGCCAAAGUAAAGAUCGCACCAUUUGAACAUGGCCCAGUCGGUGGUCAAAUCAUUCAUACAGUGGUGGAUGUGGGAGCAGAUGUCAAAUUUGCUUGCAACAUUGAAAACUAUGACAGCGCCACAGAGGUAACAUGGUACUGCGGUGUGCGUCAACUAGAGGCAAGUGACAAGUAUGAAAUCGACUAUGAGGAUGGUCUAGCUGUUAUAUGUAUCAAGGGAGUCACGAAAGCAGAUGACGGCACCUAUAGAUGCAAGAUCAUCAACGAUUAUGGUGAGGACAGUGCCUACGGAGAGCUCUUUGUAAACGGAGUCAGAUCAUACCGCGAGUACUUCACAGCCCGUGUGGUGAGGAAAGUGAAACGUAGAGUGGACACAGCAAGACUGCUCCAGAAACCACCAGAGUUCACCCUGCCCUUGUUCAACCAUGCAGCUUACAUCGGAGAAGAUGUUCGAUUCGGUGUGACUAUCACUGUGCACCCUGAGCCUCGUGUUACAUGGUACAAAUCUGGCCAGAAGAUUGUUCCUGGUGAUGAUGAGAAAAAGUACACGUUCAUAACCGACAAGGGUCUUUAUCAAUUGGUGAUUCACUGUGUUGAUGCUGAUGACGAUGCGGAGUACUCAGUUGUGGCCCGUAAUAGAUUUGGUGAUGACAGCUGUAAGGCAAAACUGGCUGUGACACCUCGCCCAGCACCAGCAGACAAUACCUUGAGGCCCAUGUUCAAACGUCUCCUGGCAAACGUGGAGUGUAGGGAAGGCCAGAAUGCACGCUUUGAAAUCAGAGUGUCAGGACUCCCAACUCUGAAGUGGGAGAAAGAUGGCAUGCCAUUGGCAUUUGGUCCACAAAUUGAAGUGGUCCAUGAGGGCCUGGAUUACUUUGUCCUGCAUGUGAAAGAUACUCUACUUAACGAUUCUGGCUGUUACAGAGUUACUGCAACCAACUCAGCUGGAUCUGCCAGUUGUCAAGCCAUUCUCAAGGUGGACCGCAUCACCCAUGUGAAAAAGGUUUACGAGAGUGAAAGAGACAAAAAGAAACAAGCAGAGAAAGAACAAAUUGAGAAGAAGGUCAGAUUAUCUCAAAUCAUGUCUGGAACUGAUGUCAUGCCACUUCCUACUUUGGCACAACAAGCUUUGAGAGAAGCGACAUUGUUGUGCCAACCAGUAGAGGCAACCAAAAAGGACAAGACUGAAGCCGAAGAUAAGAAACGGGCAGAAGAAAGGAAAAAGAGAGCAGAGGAGAAGAGACUGCGUAUGCCUUAUGAUGUUCCCCAACCUCGUGAACGUGGCCCAACUGCUCUUUUGGAAGAUAUGGAAAUCAAACACUACAAACCUUGCUCUGACAUGAAAUGGUACAAGAAACUCCGCGAUCAAUAUGAGUUCCCUGAACCAAUGGACAAGAUUUCACAGAAGAGACUGAAACGCAUCCGUCUCUCCAGGUGGGAUCAGUUCUACGAAGUCCCUCUGCCAAGAAUCAAGGAAUCUUACAAGCCAAAGUGGCGUAUUCCACAAGUUUCACAGGAUGAUUUGGAGACUGUCAGACCUUCAAGGCAGCGCACUCCAUCUCCUGAAAUAGAAGCAUAUCACAGAAUCAGAAGAAGGUCUCUUGGUGAUCUCUCAGACGAGGAGCUUCUCCUGCCAAUUAAUGAAUAUCUGGCAAUGAAGAGAACUGAGGAGGAGAGACUUCAACUUGAGGAAGAACUAGAACUUGGCUACUCUGCAUCCCCACUAAGCCUUAGCCCUGUACGCUUUGAAUUAGGUGCACUGCGCCACACAUCACCAAGACGCACAGUCUAUGAAGGUGUGGGUGAGGGUGAAGAGGUUCCAUUAUAUGAAAACUAUCGUAUUCCUUCUAAGUAUGAGGCUGGUCCAAGCUAUGUUGACCUUCGCCUGCGCCAUGACAAGGCUACAUUCCGACCGCCAAGACAAAACCAGAGAGUGUUGGAGGAGAGGGAGGAUCGAGAGAUGCUGAGAAAUGUGAAAACGACUCAAAGAAUAACCGGUUACAAGAGUGAACUGAAACACAUGGAGUUUGAAGAAAAAACUAGAACCGUGAAGAAAGACAGAACUACAACUUCCCAUGUGUCAACAUAUAUAGCAACUAAAACUGAGGGGAGAAGGUCACCCACCCCCGAAAGAACCCGUCCGCGUUCCCCUAGUCCUCUUGCUACUGUCAGAUCAGCCUCCAGAUCCAAGGUGGAGACUGUACAGUUGGCAAAAGUUGACCACCUGGCAAGAUAUGAGUCAAGAAAAGCCGUUCUGAGAUCCGAGCGGACAUCAGUAGAAAGAAAGGAGGUUGUAAGUAUGCAGCCCUUCAGCCUCGACCAUACCCCACGAGUCACUGUGAGGAUGCGUUCCCAUCGUGUGCCAUACGGUCAGCACACCAAAUUUACACUGAACGUCCAAUCAAAGCCAACCGCUGAGGUGAAGUGGUACCAUAACGGACAACUGAUAACCGAGAGCAGGAGGUACCGUAUAUCCAACCUGAGCGGAGUUCUGUAUCUUCAAAUUCUUGACUGCACCACAGAAGACAGUGGCACUUACCGUGUUGUCUGUACUAAUGCAGUGGGAGAAUGCUCAGACUAUGCCACUCUGGAUGUCGCAGGCAUGGGAGAGUAUUCUAGCUAUAUGGCACCUCGCGAAGACGAGGAACCCCCAGCUCUUCCUGUGGCAACCAAGAUAGGUGCUUACCAAAUAUCCUCCAAGACGGUGAAGACUGUUGAAACACACGAAAUACACAUGGAGGAGUCCAGCACAUUUAAAGGAAAGAAGACUACUCUACCCGCAUCUAUCCUAACAAAACCACAGUCCCUCACCUUAAAUGAGGGAGAGACUGCAAGAUUUGCAUGUGAUGUUGACGGUGAACCAGUGGCAACUGUAACCUGGAUGCGUGAGGGACAAAUUAUCGGAUCUUCUGUUCGCCACCAUGUCACUACAGAACAGUACAAGUCUACUUUUGAAAUCACCUCUGUUGAGAUGUCAGAUGAAGGCAGCUACUCAAUCAUGGUGGAAAACUCUGAGGGCAGCCAAGAGGCGCACUUCAGUCUAACCAUCCGCCGAUCGGAAGCCAAAGAGGAGGUCUCUUCUACAGUGACAUACUCAUACGAAGAGCCUCCAAUGCAUUCCCCUAGUCCAGUCACGUCUCCACCAAGGAUGAAGUCUCCUGAAUCAAUCAGCUCUCCAAAGAGAGUUAAGUCCCCUACCAGCCCUACACCUAAGUCACCCACUGAGAAAGUCACCCUCAAAACCAAGCCCUCCAUCUCAUCUGGUCUUCAGGACAUGACCGCAUCUGCAGAUUCCAUCGUCAAGCUGACAGUGAAAAUGACUAGAGAUCCUAAAGCUGAGAUCUCAUGGAUGAAGGAUGGAAAGACUCUCAUUCACGGUGGAAAAUAUGAAAUUCAUGAAGAGCAUGAUUCGGCACACCUUGAAAUCUAUGAAUCUGAGGCCUCUGACAGUGGAGUUUACAAAUGCACAGUCACCAAUAGUGCUGGGUCAUCAUCCACAAGCUGCAUUGUCUCUAUUCAAGCCUCAAACAAAUCCAAAGCACUUGCAACAAAAACAGAAAUUUCAGAGCAAGUUAUGAAAAAGGAAAUUGUCUACGGAGAGGUUGAGUCUUACACAGAAAUCAAGGCAUCCCAUACUCAGAUGGCCAUGACUGAAGGCCAGUCUCUCACCCUGAGAGCCAACAUCCCCAGAGCUUCAGAUAUCAGAUGGAUCCUGAACGGAAUGGAACUGGCCAACUCAGAGGACUACAGAUAUGGUGUGUCUGGAAACAACCAUACUAUGACCAUCAAAAAGGUCAGCCAAUACGAGCAGGGGGUCAUCACAUGUGAAGCCAAAACCGAACAUGGCCUUGUCAAGUGCCAGUUCAACACUACUGUCACGGAAGCACGAUCAGAUGCACCAUCAUUCCUUGUGCAGCCACGCUCUCAGAAUGUCAAUGAAGGACAGAACGUCAAGUUCACAUGUGAGAUUGCAGGAGAGCCUGCCCCUGAAAUCGAGUGGUUUAAGGACAACAUAAUGGUAUCUAUGACCUCAAACACGAAACUGAGCCGUUCCAAAAAUGUAUACACUCUGGAGAUUAUUGAGGCCACAGUUGCAGACAGCGGCAAAUACACCAUCAAAGCCGAAAACAAAUAUGGACAGUGCUCUGCAACAUCAUCUCUCAACGUCAUCACUCUUGUUGAAGAACCUGCCAAAAUGGUUAUAAUGGAGCAAAGAGCUGCUGCUGCCAGCUUGCACAGUGACAGUUUCUCAGCCACAUCAGUCCAUAUGGCUGGAGCAUCAAUGACACAUGAAGGUUCUUUCCAAAGACAAUUUGAAAGCAUGUCUGCUGCUAGCAUGUCCGCCAUGACAUCUGAAUCAAUGGUAUCCAUGAGCUCCAGCAGUAUGAUGAAAAUGUCAAGUGAAAUAACGUCAAGUCAUGCUAGUUCAAUGUCAACUCAUGGAUCCUCAAUGACUGCUCUUACUCAUGGUGUUGGUAAAGCUCCCAAAAUCGAAUUUCUCCCAGAGGAUGUCAGCAUUGAGCCAGGAAGGCCUUUGAGUGUGUCCUGUGCUUUCUCUGGAGACCCAACACCUGAGAUUGAGUGGACCCGCACAGGGAAACAGUGUGAUGAAGACAGUGACCGGUUCCACAUCGAGACCACGGAGGACCUCACCACCCUUGUAAUCCCCUGUGUGAAGGAAGACGAUGCCGGAGCGUACACCCUCAAACUGUCCAACAAGCUUGGAUCUACCAUGGCAACUGUCAACAUUCAUAUUCGAUCCAUGUAAAAAACAACAACACGUAAACAUAUCAUUUCUAUCCCCCAUUUUCCCUCCUCCAGUACCUUUUUAUUUAUUGAAUUAGCAAAAAUAAUCUUUACUUGAUAAAGACCUGGAUUUCUGUUCUUGUAAAUAUGAACUAUUUUUAUACCAAACUUGACAUAAAUUUAUGCCAAACUAGACUAAAGUCUAAAGUUGUUAUAAAAUGUGCCAUAUUGGAUAAUUAUGACUAGGAUUUUUGAACCACUUUUCUGUGACAUGUACAUAAUGUAUAUAGCCGAAUUUAACGGUUAUGGAAAAUGUAUGAAUUGUUAUUUAUGACAAUAUUAACUGAAACAAAAGGAACUAAAUGUUUAACAGGAGAAAGUUUCACAUGAAACGAAUACCCUGAAAAACCUGAAACUAAACUCCGUGCCUCAACAAAAAGUUGAAGUCUUAAGAUUUCCUCAACAGGUAGAGAGGUUCCCUGUUGAAGUUUAUACUAAAUCAGAGAAAGACAAUGUUAUGCACCGUGCAUCUGUGCGUGCAAUAUUACAAAUACUCAUAUGAAUUGUAACAUGAUCAUAAGACCCUGAGUGCUGUUUGCAUAAACCCUCAUGUAAGUAGCACAACUAGGUCUUGUGUUCAGACUGACUAUGUCAUAACCACCAUUUUAAUGACAUGCUAAAAGUGCGAGCGGCCUGCACUUUGAGCUCUAUUUUUAUGUGCUCUGUUUCCGGCAAUGGACAGUUGAAUUGGCUUUUUAAAACGUAACAUCACCUGGCCAUUAAAAAACAAAAGUCAAUUCAAGUACUUCGUUGCAGAAACAGUGCCACCUCUUGGAGGAUUGUUAAGUAAUAUUUUGUGUGUGAGUGUGUUUUAGUUUUAGAAUUUCACCUUGCCAGUAGUCAGGGUAACCAUCAAGUGAAUGUACCAUGGUGAUACCAUCUACCGUGAAACAAAGAAAGCAAAAAGCAUGAAUAAUAAUGCCCUGCACUUUGAUUUAACUGAGUCUAUUGAUGUAGAAUUACUACUAUAUUCAUCCUCCUUGAGUUUUAUUUGACUGAUUUAAUAAAGCAUGAUUUCAGCACUA